AUCACCCCCCUUCCCCUGCUCUUUUUUUUUUUUCCUCUCUCCUCCUUUCCUGCUGAGAGGAGCCUUUCCACUGGUGUUCAAGCUCUGCUUUGCAAUAAACGUCUAUUCAUCCCAACGUCACAGCAACUUCCUAUUUAUUAUUAUUAUUAUUUUUUUUUAUAAUCUUUUUUUUUUUUUCAUUGAAAUCUAUUUUUUGCCUUCUACUCUGCACUCUGGAGUUAAAUCUCAUCUUACGCAGGCAGCAUCUCUUUAAGGUAGGGAAGGCAGCAGCAGCAUAGGCGCUGUCAAAAGGGGGGGUCAAUGGGGGCAAAGGGGGAGCCCAGGAGGGGGUAUGUUGUGAUUUGACUUGUGCACUGUUUCUAUGAGGGGGGGAGGUUAAAGGCUAUAGAAGGCCUUCAGUCUGACAGUAAGACUGCGAUUCUCAGGUUUCCUAAUGUCUCUAUUAAUAGAAUGCUGGUAAUCAGUGUUUUGCUAAACUAAAAAUAUUCACUCCUAGAUGCAAUAGCUCCUUGCACAUUUAUUGUCAGUGUCUGUAUGUAGGUACAUGUUUGUUUAUGUGAGGUAUAUCAUAUCUCUAUAUUUCAUUCUUGAUUUUUUUUUUUUCCAGCUGCACUUUGCUUUGCUCUGUUCUGCCACUUUAUGAUCAUAAAAUGUGUGUGUGUGUGUGUGUGUGUGUGUGUGUGUGUGUGUGUGUAAAAUAUAUAUAUAUGUGUGUGUGUGUGUUUUUAGCUUGCUACCAAGUUUUGCUCUUGAUUUUAUUGUUCUAUGUAUUUAUUUUAAUGUAUGAGAAAUGAAGUCAAUAUUAUAAAUAGUCUUGGUUUGAAGUUAGCAACUUACUGUCUAUUAAAUCAUUAACCUAAAUUAGGGCAGAUUUCAUAUUACUAUAAGUAACGUGAUUUUAUUUAAGUUUUAAAAUAUUUUAUUUGCGCCACGCAAAUUUACUUUUUUUUUGCCAAUAACAAUAUAUAUUUUUUUUGUAUUUAUUUUGAGAGUCUUGGUAACAAAUUAUUGAGUAAACAGUGGAUUGCUGUGUUUUCACAAUAUAUUUUAUUCCACAGAAACAAUAAGAAAAGCUUAGGCCGCAAUAAUUGCUACAUAUUUUUUUCAGUCCAGCAGUUUUUUGACACUGUCUAAUUUGAGUGUCUGAUGUUUUUAUAUCUAGUGUAUGCAAUCUGCACAUCGACCUGUACUUUGUAUUUACACUGUGGUUUUGGUGUUGGAGUUUGCAGAAAUUGCCCAUGUACUACUGGUAAUCUGCACUAAUAUUGUCAUUUCAUUUUGCAGUAGAUCCAGGCCCCCACAACAGUCAUGAUUUCAGGGUCCUGUCAUGCAGUCUUCAUUUUGUUCCCUGGUGUCCUGCAUUUGGGGACACCAGGGUACUGUAGUUUGGCAGCUAUGGCGAGUUUGUGAUUAGAUGUCCACGCUGUGAAGGGGUACUAGGACCUGUAGAGGGCUUCAGCAGAGCUCUCUGCAAGGUCCUGUAGGUUGGUGGAUGGCCAGGCAGGUCCUAUCAGUGGGCGGGAGUGGAUGGCAAUUAUGGGUGUGCUCAGUGAUGUGAGCUGUGUCACUGGCUGUACCCCAUCCAUGUGUAUCUGCAAUAUAUAUAUAUAUAUAUAUAUAUAUAUAUAUUUUAAUUAUUAUUAUUAUUAUUAUUAUUACAAAAACUGCAUAAAUUUACACUUUUAGAAAAUUAACCUUGUUACACCUCUCUGGCUGUCAAUCACACAACCUAUCCUGUUACUUCCUGGUCUGGUUAGCUCAGAGAAAGCUAAACUCAAGAGGCAGCAAUAGCUCAGCGCAUUUGCCUUGCAAAUACAUCUCAUUGAGCUGCAUUGAGAAGUCUGUGAUUGGACAGCCACAGGAAGUCUGGUCUGAGGAAAAGGGUGAGGGCUUGUAAAGGCUGCAGACCAGGGAACUUCAGCUUUUUCAAACGGUUUUAGAUAUACCCACAAAGUCGAAAAAAUGCAUCAAUAAAUGAAUGCAUGUCUUCCUUGGCUGUUUAUAUACUGAAUAUUUAUAUUUCUGUGUUCCUGUGGGCUUAGGUUCCUCCAAUAUAUUUUUCUCCUCAUAUUGCCACAUUACCACAGCAGUUUUGGACAUUUGUCUCACAUCAGAUAAAUACUCUUUUGCGUUGACAGUGCACAUUAUGUUGACAUGAAAUGUUCUUGUACGGUUUGACAACUUAUCCGGGUCCUGCCUCGAUCCCACAAGUGCACCGCUUGUAUUAGGUUUUCUCCUGCAAGAGAAUCCAGAUUGCUGUAUAGAGCGAAGCUGGACAUUCCGUGCAACUGUUAAUAUGCAGGGUAUUAAAAAGCUUUGCCUCAUCUGACGGGGGGCUAAUACACAUGCGCGGAGAGUGCAUGAGGCCCUAUCCAUAGGAAUGCAUACUUUCAAUUCAAUGCUUCUGUAUGGGGAUUUACUGACACUACGUGUCCUCGUGCAGAGAGUGAGGAUAUCCACCAUCAGUUAGGCGGCCAAAAGUCAGUUAGCCAUCAGACAGUGCCUCUAAUGGCAGUCUGAUUGUCAGCCGCUAGAGGCAGUCUUAGUCCUGUAAUGUAAUUGGGGGAUAGGGAUACUGCACCCAGACCACUUCAAUGACCUGAAGUGGUCUGGGUGACUAUAGUGUCUCUUUAAUUAGCUGAUCCAAGGAGGAAUUGAUUUGCCACUUAGGAAUCCAAAGUGGCAAAUCAAUUCCUCAAAUUGGGUUUAUCGACUUCUUUUGGAUCAGCAGAAGAAAUGUAGAUGUGUGACAGGUUAAACUUGAUGGACUUAAAGGGGCACUCUAACUACCAUAACUACUAAUAUUGUACUUUUUGGAGCAGUUUGGAGAAGACAUGAGCUGUCCUCUACAACCUUGGUGUGCCCCUCCUGGAGCCUCAAUCAUAAUGUACAAAGUAAGCAAUUCCUCCCCAACCUGCUUAUUAUUGCCAUCCAAAUUGGACAGAACUGAGAAUGAUUAAAUAAAAGUAUAAUCAUCACAUUAGAAGUGCUGCUUACAAGGGUACCGUUUCAGAGUGCCAAAAUGAACCCUGAUGUUGCUCAUAAACUGGGUUAACUAGAGAAGAUGUUGAGAUGUAGUAGUGAUUAUAGAUCUUUAAUAUUUUUUCUGUUUUACUUUUUCCCAGCUGAAUUGGAAAAGUUCAUCUAUUCACUAUUUUAUGCAGUUAGAGUUUCAUUUUGCUGCAAUAGUGAAUAAACCUAAUGCAAAGUAAAGAGUUGGAUAAGAAAUCCACCCCUGUUCGAAAUGUACAGUAUGUUUUGUGGAGGGGGCAUUAAUGCUUUUUGUUUAAAUUUUUUUUUUUUUUCUAUUGUUUGGUUUAUUCACUAAAGUGAGCAUUAGGAAUCCAAUUUAAUUUCAAAUUUAAAGUGUUUCUCCAACUAUUUUUAAACUUUCCAUAUUUGUUUUUGUUUUUAUUUUUAAAUUUAAAAAAACAUUAUUUUAUAAAAACAUGUAGAAUAUGGUCAAUACUUAUCUUAUCCAGCACUAGGCCAUGAUAAAUAUUGUUGGAUUGUUGGAUUUGGGUGCACUUGCAUUGAGUGAUCUGAUCCGCCAUCAGCUUCCUCUAGAUAGAUGGCUCUUCCCUGCUCCCUCACAGCCACCCACCUUCCACCUUGUGUGGGCUGUACAGAGGGUGGUGUAGAAAGCUGACAAGGGGAUGGGAAAAUCUAUUAAAUAUAAAGUAGGGCGAUUAGGAGGGCAUCAAGAAUGGAAGGUGAAUAUGUCAUUGAGGCACGCUCACAGCACAUAGUGUCACAGAACUAACAGUCCAGAACAGAGAGCCAUGUGUGCUGAAGGUGUAACUACAUUCCGGCCCAAAUUAGGUGAAACACUGCACAUACAGAUGACACCAUAACAACUUCUAAAAGCAUUUCAUGACAGUAUUUUAGACCUGGAUAUGUCUUAUGGGUGGGAUAAACUGCAAUUCACGUGGUAGAGGUUCUCGCUGUAUUUUGUAUUUUUUUUUUUUUUAUCCUUUUUUGACAAUUGGCCUCCAUAUAUUUUUAACUGCAAAGCAUAGAUAAAAAGAAAGCAAAACACAUGUUCAUUCAAUAAUGCAUACUUUGAAAUGGAAAAAAACAAACCAACAAACACAUAUUAAGUUACGGCUAUAUGGUUAAAGGGACUCUCCAGUGCUAGGAAAACACAUCCCAUGUUGUUGAAGGGGUUAAAACACCUUCAGUGACUUACCUGAAUCCAUCACCGAUGUCCCACUGUGCUGGGUCAGGCUCCGUCCACGCCCCUCCCCCGCCGAAUUCCGCCUGCGGGAGAGACCUAAUGCGCAUGUGCGCAUUAGACCUCCCCAUAGGAAAGCAUUAUUCAAUGCUUUUCUAUGGGGAUUCCGGCGAUGCUGGAGGUCCUCAUGCAUAGCGUGAUGAUGUCCAGCGUCGUUUAAAACACUUUUCAUGUUCUAAGGGGACUUAACCCAGCAAGGUAAUUAUUGCAGUUUAUAAAAACUGCAAUAAUUACACUUGCAGGGUUAAGGGUGAUGAGAGUUGGUACCCAGAUCACUCCAAUAGGCAGAAGUGGUCUGGGUGCCUGGAGUGUCCCUUUAAUUUCAUCUAAGACAAAAGAUCUUUAUUUUUCAUCCCUUAAUUACCUUGAUUACCUAUUCUUCGCUAUUUCUACUCGCCACUAGUCCUUCCCCUAAGAAAUAAGGUGAGGUUCUCUCUGUAAUGACACCAGUAAGCAAAAACUUCUUGGAGACCUGAACAGAGUGUAACUGUAGGGUAAGAUAUUGAGGUUUCUCUGAGCUCUUCCCUGUUCUUUGAGUUCUCAUAUGCUGUUUUUUUUUUUUUUUUUUGGUUUUAAUGAUCUAUGUACGGUUUCAUGUUGGGGAAGUGCAGAAUUUUGAAUAGUACACUUUCUCAUAACACGUUAUUUUUCCAGCUUGAACUUGUAUACCAAAGAGUUAAUCUAUGUUUAAUGUUUGACUUUUUUGAAGAAAUAAAUAUCUCUGUUUCAGAGUAUAUAACGUACUGACUCAUGACUUCUCCUUUAUGAAAUAUAGUUCCUCUUGAGCCUUGGCAACUGAAACCAUCUGUGUGAUUUUUAGCCUUUUUAUGGCUUUAUUUAUAGAUAUACUUAUGUUGCAAGCUGUUAUUUUGUCUCUUUAAAACAAAAUACAAUUCAUUGUAUAAUGACAGUAAUUAUUAGUUACAAAAUGAUUUUAGUCCCUUGGUUGUUUUCUUAAAAGGGAUUGAAAACUUUUUAUCUAACUGCAAGUGUUAAGAGACUUGCAUAUAAAUGUAAAGUUAUUCUCAUGCACCAGUCCCUUAAUUGUUGGGUGACACCCAUUUUUAUCCAUUAUGUUGAUCUGGGGUGCCCAAAAUAUAGAUCCUCACAUGGUGAAUGGCAAAUCAUGGAAGCUGUAUUUCUGAAACAUCUAGGGGUCUUUGUUUUUGGCACCUCUGAUUUAGAUAAUGCAUAAGAAUGCAUUAAGCACCAAAACAACUUUUAGCUUAAAGGAUUACUAUAGAGUCAGGAACACAAACAUGUAUUCCUGACCCUACAUUGAAAACCCACCAUUUAGGUGGCUUGCCACCCCCUCCAUUAGCCCCCCCAGAAUGGGUUAAAACGUACCUUAUUUCCAGCUCUCAACGGGUGCGCUGGCCCCGCCCCCUUGGUGACAUCAUCAAAAUUCACAUGGGGAAAGCAUUGGAUUGGCUAAAAUCGACAAGGGGCGGACCAAACACUGUUUUGGCCAAUCAGAACCUCCUCAUAGAGAAGCAUUGAAUCAAUGCAUGUCUAUGAGGAAAAUUCAGUGGGGACGCUGAACAGCAGAGCUGCUUACUGUGCAGCCCUGAGCCAGGAAGCCCCUCCAGUGGCCAUCUGAGGAGUGGCCACUUGGAGGUGUCCCGAGGGGCAAUGUAAACGCUGUCUUUUCUCUGAAAAGGCAGAGUUUGCAUGGAUAUGCCUGAAGGGAGCUAUUAUACUCACCAGAACAUUAAGCUGUAGUUGUUAUGGUGACUAUAGUGUCCCUUUUAUAAAGCAGUUUUAGUGUAUAGCUCAUCACCUCUGCAGUCUCACUGCUCAAUUCUUUGCCAUUUAAAUAACCUUGUUUAUGCAGCCCCAGCCACAUCUCCCCUGGCUGUGAACCUCACAGCCUCCAUGGGAAUAUAGGUUUUCUUUUAAUGUGCUUUUUUUUUUUUUCUCUCUCUCUUUGCAAAAGCUUGUCAAGUACAUGCCCCUUUAAGGCUACUGACAGCUCAUCAAAACAGGAACUAUCUGAGAUCUUUAAUUCAAUCUCCGCAUUUUCUUUACUUUUACAGGAUUAUCUAAAGUGUAGUUGACUUUGAGAGAUUUUUUUCAGUUAAGUUAUUUUGACCUCAAAUCGAAUCUGAGAUACAUAAUGUAUUCAAUGAGAUGUGCUCACCUCAACUCCAUUCCAGCCCUGCCGUAAUCUGAGCUUUGUGGGUGUUAGUCUUCUUGUAACACCCACCUCUGGUCCGCCUUCUGGCUUCUGAAGUCUUCAGGUCCGCCUUCUGUAGUCUUCUGUGAUUGACUGUCUGGUGGAAGAAAAACCUAUUUGAAUACAGAUUUUCUCCCAAUCUAUAUAUUUACUAGCAAAUCUGAAUUGUAUGUGCUUUAAACAGAGCUUAAGUUGUUAUGGGCAUUACAGGUACUCUUUAAAGGGACACUGUAGGCACCAACACAACUUUAGCAUAACAAAGCAGUUUUGGUGUAUAGAUCAUGCUCAACCAGUAACCUCCAUUCACAAAAGAGCUUUGUAUGUUUCUGUGACAACCUACUGGUUGGUUUGUUUUAAGAGGAACUCGGUUGCAGUUCACUUCAGGUGCAAACACAACCUUGUCUGGUGCCUGGAACCUGAAUAUCUAUUAGGGCACGAGUGCCUUUACUUACAGAGGAAUCAAAGAAGCUGACAGGAGGCGGAGUCAGGUGGUCUGAUGCUCAGGGCUGGCAGCAAUGGGGUGAGGUCAGGAGUCAAGCUGAAGGUCAGAAGCCCAGAGAUCUACAAAUAGAGAGUGGAACGUCAGAAGCCAAGGGUCGGAGACAAGUAGCGUGGUCAGGGUCAAAGCCAAAGAUCAGAAGCUGAGCAGUAUCUGGGAACCAGGAUCAUGACACACGGAUCAGGAACAAGAACAAUCAAGCACUCAUUUAGUUCAGUGCUUGUGUCACGUUUUGGGGUUAUGGAACCCAAAAUGCAGUACUUGAAAAAUAAGCAGAAAAUAACAAACAAAGUCCAAUGCAAACAGAGUCUGAUAAGGGGCAAGGUGAAGACAAGAUCAGGCAAUCCAAAGUCAAUAUUCAGACAUCAAGGUUCACAAACGAUAGACAAGCCAAAGAGCAAUUUCCAGGAGAGCAAGUAGAAUACAGUAAAGUAACAGGAAAGGUAGCACAGAACAACUAAGCAAUGAAGGCUCAGCUGUUCUGUGUUUAAAUGGGGUGCUAACUGUAAAACACACCUAUUUUGGUUACUCUCUGUAACAUCCUAUUGGUGUAUGUAGCUGUCUGUUACAGGGGUUGCCAUGGAAUGCAUUAGUUGCACUAAUUGGUUCCAGCCGCGUCUGCAGGUCCUGCAGCAUGGAAUGAUUGCGCACGUCUCCCAAGUGUCUACCCUUGCCUAUAAGACGUCACCCGAUCUAAGUUCUGAGGUCACUGCCCGCCACACGUAAUUCCGAAUGCGCGCGCUUGGGCAGCAGCUCGAUCGCCACUGGAGCAGCGGCGGGAUAAAGGUAAGUUGUGACAGCUUGGCUUUUUAUUGGAUAAGACAAUCACAUGGUCGGCUCCAAUCUCCCCUGCAGGUGGAACCCCAGUGCCAAUAAAGAUGGGGAGGAGAUUGGGUGCCAUCUUUUCUAUUCCACAUGUUCUACCUUCUGCCAGUCGAAGCCUUCCUCCCUCCCGACCUGAUUUUCCAUGAACACUUUGUGCAUGUCCAGAUGGCAUCUGCUGUAUUGCCGCUGUGGCUCCUAAACUGAGGCUGUGCCAGUGGCAGAUUUAGAGUCAGGAGGGGCAGAGGAAGCAACCAGCGCCAGAGCCCUCUGGGAGUUGCUUCCAGGAUACCACAGACUGCCCCAGAAUCGCAGUCAGAUCUCUCCUUCGGAAGCUGUUACCUCGCCUGAACUUAUGCUUUUACAAAAAUUCAUCCAGUCGCUGUUUAAAAAUAUGUACAAACUCUGAUAAAUCAACUCCGUAUUGUUCUUUGCAUGAGACUAAAUCUCUUUUUUUCCAGUCUAAAUGUGUGACCUUGUGUGAUAUAUUAUAUGUCACAAACUGUGUCCCCAAAAGACUAUUGUCGCAAACGGUGUCCCCAAAAGACUAUGCCCCUUUUACACUAGCUGUUCCAGCCCACUUGCUUGCCUGCCCUAUUUGCCCCUACAUGAGCUAUAAUCCCUGCCCCCCUCCGGUGCUACCUAAGCAGGGAUAUCCACUGGAGAGAGAUGCAAGCUAGCAGGCCCUCUGGAGCUAUGAGUUGGCUUCACAACCGCAGAGUCCCGCUGGCCACCUGGAAUCCGUGCCGACAAUAGGAGAAGGAGCUCUUAUUCAAACCUGGUUCGCGUCCUUUCUCCCAAUAGGCCGGCACGAGUUAAAGGGCUCCGCUCGGAACACCACUGAACGUUGAUUGGUUGCUGCGUGGUUUAGGCGUGAAGUUUGAAUCGACUGGCCUAAACUAAGUGAUUCUGUGGAACGAUUGGCGGCUAUGUACAGAGCCUCAAGCCCAGACUUUGUACAACGAUUUCUCGGGCUCUGUACAUCCGAUCGCUCUGCUAUUUGCAGGGACCAGGAGCUAUUUGGGGAUAUAUUAUGUGUGGGGUUAUUUUAUGUCUUUAAUAUGUUUUCAGGUAUUUUAAUGCUUUAUGUUCCUUAUGCACAGUCAAGUUGUGGGAGUGUUUCAGGGCAGGUUUUACUGUGUCCAUGUUUUGUAUAAAUUGGCUGCACAGUGUCCCAUUAAAGACAUUCCUGUAGUACCCUUCAUCAAGUCUCGGCUGAUGUUUGGGUAGCUAAGAGCUCUGAUCACUGUUUCACUUGGGAGUUGGAGAGACUUAUAACGGAAAUACUCAGCUAGAGUAUAGGGGAUCCGUUACAUUAUAUAUUUCCACAUAUUCUUUUUACUUUUUCUAGUAAAUAAACCAAAAUCCCAUUUAGAGACAAAAUUAUAUUUACAAGAGCCAUGUGCAAACCAUAUAAACAUUCCCUCAAGUGUUUAAAUAUCAAAAUCCAUAUAUAAUACAAAAUGCACACUAUAACAACCACCACGGUCAAGUACAAAAAACUUUAAAUGGUAGAAAAAUUCCAAUGCUUAACAAAAAAUAAUAAUAGACAAAGUAACAGAAAUAGAGGCAAACCGUAAUUCAAAAGUACUAUACCAAAAUCUUUCAAACCUCAAGGCAGAAACAUAAGUCACCAACUCCCUCAAAUGUUUCGGCACCAACUGGUUGCCUUUAUCAGGGGUACCUGUAUCCAUGUUCCCAUGUGUCUGCUUAUAAAGCCCUCAUACAGCUGAUGGCCAUCAGCACAAAAUUAUCACCACCCCCGGAAGUGACAUCAUCACUUCAGGUGCUGGUACAAUACCCCAAAUGCAUAUGCAAAAAAAUAUAAUGUAUAGUAUAUAUACAUACAGCUAAUUAUCAUAAUAGCAUUGUGUAUAUACAGAAAGAAGCAUUAGGCAAAGGCUAAUUAUUACGUCCGUGCAGAUUGCUACCGCACAUGCGCACUAUAUGGCAUGUAAUAUCAUAUAGCCAUCUUAAUCUCUGGCAAUGAAAUCGUCUUGCGUGCGGCCAAGGGCAUCCUAAAUUUUCAGUUUCGGCCCAGAAUUUUCAUUUCGGUGCAUCCCUACCUACUGCCAUGAUGACAAGGUAGGGGGGAAAGCUUAUAACACCAUCCUACUUGAUGGCUAUGUCCAAUAACGGAACUAUAAUGUCAAAAGUCUAUCGUUCAAAUAUGAACAAUCUUAAAAAAAUAAAAUGCAUAUAUACACAAACAAGAUGAUUCUAAAGAAGUAAAUCAUAAUACAGGAAAAUUGUAGUACUGGGUGUACCAUACUUCUAUAGUGCCACCAGUGUUUAUACAAUAACCACCAUCACCAACUAAUAAAAGCAAAACACACAAAAAAAAACACAAUCACCAAAAUAAUGUGAUAAAUUUAUUUAAAAAACACCCAGUGCUAUUAAUUUAUCGCAAAAGCAGACACAUGGAUACAGGUACCCUUGAUAAAGGCGAGCAGUUGGUGCCGAAACGUUGGGAGUUGGUGACUUGUGUUUCGGCCUUAAAGUUUGAAAGAUUUUGAAUUACUGUUUACUUUUUCUAGUGCCAUAAUAUCUAUCUUUAGAACAGGUGCCCAAAAUUGCAUGGCAUAUUCAAGGUGCUGACAAUUAUAUUUUCUUCCCGAGAAUAAAUGCCCCUUUUUAUGCUUGACAAUACCUUACUGGCUUUAGCAAAUGCUGAUUCACAUUGGACAUUUUUGCCUAGUUUGUUUAUAACAAUUCUCAAAUCCUUCUUAUAUGGAGUUUUCCAUAACACACGACCAUUUAUGGUUUAAGUUACUUUUGCAUAAUUUUGCUUUUAUCUACAUAAAAUUUAAUCUGCCAUUUCUACCCAGUCAUCUAAACAAUCUAAAUCCCUCUGAAACCAAGUAAAAUUAUGCUCACAUUGUACUACCUUUGUUUUCUGUCAUCUUUAAUGAUUGACACAUUAUCUUCAAUGCCUAUUUAAAGAUCAUCUACCUUUAGGUUGAAUAGAAAUGGUCACAGAACAAUAUUCUGAGGGACACCACUUAACACUUUUGUCAGCGUGAAGAUUUACCAUUAAUGACAACUUUAUGUACUCUGCCUUGAACCCAAUGUUCUACCAAAGGACAAGAAAUUUCAUCUAGACCAGGGGUUCCCGAUUAUUUUUUUCUUUGGAACCCUUUGACAUAGUAGUGUAUCAACAUUAUGGAACCCUGUCCCAGCUACACUGACACACAGAUACACACUAGCACAGACACAAAUACACAAACUGGCACAUACACACACAGAUUAACAUACGUUGGCAGAUACACACUGAUACAGAUACACACACAGAUACACACACCUUGGCAGAUGCACAUAUUCACACACAUUGGCAGAUACACACACUGACACAGGUGCACACAGAUACAUACACAGAUUCACAAACUAACACAGGUACACAGAUAUACACACAGAUAUACACACACAGAUUCACACACCAAAACCAUGCUGAUUUCUGCUAAUGACAUUGAAUUCAUGAAUAUUAUUUCUUUUAACCAUUUCAAUGCUUUCCUAGACACAGAUGAUAGCUCACAAGUCUAUAAGAUUCAGGUAGAUAUUGUGAACCCUUUUUGAAUAUAGGAACCAUAUCUGCCUUUCUCCAAAACUUGGAAUGAUUCCUGAGGAAAAAGAAUACUGAAAAAUUAAAAACAGUUUAGCUUAUUUCCACACUUCUUAAGUACUCAUGGGUGAAUACCAUCUGGUCCAUGGUUUUGUUUAUUUACUUCACUUGUUUCUUUACUUUACUUACUUCAGCACCUUGUUAUGAGUCAUCCAAUCCCAAUGUUUCUUUAAGUCUUUUUGGCACAAUUAUUUUAAUUUCUCUUGCCAUAGGUUCCUCUUUGAUAUAUACCAAAGAAAAAUAUUAUUAUUUAAAAUUUCUGACUUUUCCUGAUCUCCAUUUACUAACACAGUCAUCUCUGAUUUCAGUAAACUUACACUUUCUCUUUUGGUAUUUUGAGAAUGUAUGUACUUAAAUAAAUUUAGUCCUGUUCUCUUUGGCUAUGACUUUAAAAAAAAAAAAAAAAAAAAACAUUUCUAGUUUAGCACCUCUAAAUGCCUUUUUUACAGUGAUUAUUAACUUCCUUAUAAUUUAUAGAAGAUUCUCUGAGUUUAUCUGAUUUUUAAUUGCCAUUUUGUUGUUAUUUAUUUUUUGGCUUACCUUCCUAGCCGCAUUGCUUUCAGCUUGUUUCUUUUAUAUUUGUUACCCAAUAGUUUAUACGGAGAAGUGUACAUUUCUAAUAUUUAUUUGAAGAUAUUCAAUUUGAAGCUUCCAUUGUCUUAUUAAAAUUGGCCUUUUUAAAAGUAUUUGUCUUUAGCAUACCCAUGUGCAUUUGCUUGUUUUGAGUUUUUCAAAAGAUACCAUAUUGUGAUCACUAUACCCCAAGGGCUCCUAUGCUUCAAUGUUUGUUUGAUCUGCAUUGUUCGUUAUAAUUAGAUUCAAUGAAGCAUCUUUCUAGUUGGUGCGUCUACUAAUUGUGACAUGGAGUCAUUUAACAGGUUCAUAACCCUGAAUCCCCUACCAGAACCACAAGUCAUUCUAACCCAAUCUAGGCCUUGGUAAUUAAAAUCUCCAAUAAUUUAUAAGUAUUACCCAGAUGUGCAUCUUUCCCAAUUUGCAGCGGUCAUCCUCAUAAUAUUAGGUGUUUUGUAAUAAUUUUUAAUAUUUGAUUAACAUUAUUUUCUGUUAUCUCUUGUAUUAAAAAUUAGGCUUAAAUUCAAAGACGCCACGUAGAAGCACUUUCUCACGUUUAAUGGAAAAAUAUAUUAGCUAAAGGACUAUAUUUUAUUGUAUUAAUCUCACUUUAGAAAAGAAAGUGCAUCCAUUAAAAUGGUGAUUGUAUUUGCUUGGCAUUUGUACAUUUUUAAAGAGUUAGUCCAGAGGAAAUUAAGGCAAACAACACUAAUAACCAUAAUAGUGUCACUAAUGGAAAAUUGGUGCAUCAUUCUAAAAGUGGGGGCUGCCACUACAGAGACCAAUUGUAAACCAUUUGUCUUUGGUUUCCAUGGUGAUUGCUCCUCUUCUAUAACUUUGCCCAUUUUUAUAUAUGGGACUCUUGUUUAGAAGUUGAAUUAAGGACUGGCUGCCCAAAAGGCUGUCUGAUAAGCAUGAGACUUUUUGCCUGCCAUGUGUCGCGUCUUCAAAGCUGCGUACCCGUGCUGUGGGCAAGCACAUAAUAGAUUUUAUUCAAUUGCAUGAUAGCUAACGGGAAACAGUUGUAAUUUGUGCCUUUUAUCAUUUUCUUAUAUUAUAGUAACAGCUUCAAGCACUCCUGAUGUGUGAAUCUGUCUGUCUCUGUGCAUAUUUAUAGCAGCAUGUGCUGUCUACAUCAGUACUGUUUGCUGUGCGGUGACCUAGUACAGAAAUCAAUACAGAUAAUAGCAUCACUAACCAAAGCAACAUGAAAUCAUUCCAGCUUGUGCUCAGUGUGGUUUGGAACAGCGCAUCCCUGGUGGGGUAACCUUAUUUUUUAUUUUAUUUAUACAUACCCUUUUUGAUGUUUUAGGAAUCUGGAGAGAAAUGCAUACAAAAUGAAGUUUUUGAUCCCCUGUUGAUUAAGGCUGGUGUGUGUUUAUGGAACUGAAAACAUCCUUAUUAUCUGAUAUAUGUAAUCAUCAUCUUUUACUGCAGAUGAUCUUAUAUCUUAUUUAUCUAGCGCUGUCCACAUCAUUUUUUUUUUUUUUAAUUCUUUAUUUUGGUGGUGCAUAGCAAGCAUAUGAUUUGUACAGUACAGGUGUGUCCGACAUUGGCAGGAAAAAGUUUAACUCAGUACAGCAAUAGCAUAGCACCCUUUUUUUUAAAGAACAAAGUACAAUAACAGUAUAUGACAAUUCGAGCGCAUCUGAGUGGAGUUGUGGGUGUCGUGUGCCUCAAGGGGGUAAGCUCUCAGGUGCUCCCUUGCGAUUGGUAGGAGAUAUAUGCAAGAUUGUAUGUUGAGGGUGUUAUUGGCAUAUCUUGUGAAUGCCUGUCUGUAGCAAGAUGUGAGUUCCCCUGGUGUGUAUGUGUCGUUUGCCUAGUGAUUGAAUUGUUGGAAUGCGUGGGUGUGAUUCGCUAGGCGCUCUACCAUACUGCCUAUGGGGUGAUGUGCUACCUCCUCGUUAUGUGAUACCCCUGACCAAGGGUGCAGCGGGGGGGUUAUGAGUGUGCACAUGUUUUUAUUUUUACUCCAGUUCUAUCUGUACUAACUGUAGCAUAUAGUAACUAAAAUUUACAAAAUGUUGCAUUAAAUAACGUGCCUAUUAUUGUGUAGGUCCCUUUGUGAUGCCAAAAUAUGGACUCCGCAAGACCUCUGAGCAUAUCCUGUGAUAUCUGGCACCAAGACAUCCCUCGGUCAGGCGCAACUGAUCCAACAGGCACAGCCAAUGUUUGUUGUUUUGUCCUACCAAGUGUAAACGUGCAUUAUGUAUGGAACAUGCUACUUUUUAUUGUAAUAAAUGCUCAGAAAUUGCUUCUGCCAAUGUUGGAGAGCAAAUAGAAUAAUAAACAUGUUUUUAUUUGAGUAAAAAGUUUUUGUAAAAGUGGCCUACUAGGCACAAUGCACCCGAUCCUGUUCUUACUCACAUUGCGCCUGACCGAGGGCUAAGUUCUGCUAGUUGCGAGGUGGGCCGUCCAUUGAUCAGAUUUAAUGUUCGAGCACAUCCCACAGAUUCUCAAUCCAAUUGAGGUCUGGGCAACACUGAACUCUGUUAUGUUACUCAAACCAUUCCUGAAUAUUGUUUUCCAGUGUGGCAGGGUGCAUUACUCUGCUGAAAGAGGCCACUGACAUCAGGGAACACCAUUGUCAUGAAGGGGUGUACAUGGUCUGCAACAAUCUCUAGGUAGAUGGUACAUCUCAAAAUAAUGCAGGAUCCAAGGUUUGCCAGCACAACAUUGCCCAGAGCAUAACUCUGCCUCUGCUGACCUGCCUUCUUCCUAUAGUGCAUCCUGCUACCAUCUCCCCAGGUAAACAAUGCACACACACCCAGCUUUCCACCUGAUCUAAAUGAAAAUGUGAUUCAUCAGACCAGACAACCUUCUGACGCUCACAUCCCCAAUAAAAGCGCAUUCCAUGGUGGACAGGGGUCAUCAUGGUGCGCUAAUCGGUCUGGGGACAAGCAGCCCCAUAUGCAGCAAGCUGUGAUGCAUGUGUUCUGACAUUGUGCUAUCAUCAGCAUUAAGUUUUUCAGCAAUUUGAGCUGCAGUAGAUCUUCUUGCACCCAAUAUGCAUACAAUGCGGGUGUAUUUUGGUGAAAGCGGUUUUGGUGAGGGGGAAGGCAGCAAUUCAUGCUAGAAUCCAGGCACGACAAUGUACACCCUAAAGAUUUGCUGUUUUUGAACAGGUGCCAUUGUAGCCAUAUAACUAAUGUUAUUUUCUUCACCUGUCAGUGGUUUAAAUGUUGUGGCUGAUCAGUGUAUGGUAAUAGGCACAAAGCAUAGUGCAGAUUAAAGUUACAGUUUAUUACUAGUUUAAAGGAACACUAUAGGGUCGGGAACACAAAACUGUAUUCUUGACCCUGUAGUGUUAAAAACACAAUCUAGCCACGCAGAGGGUGGAGCCACUGAAUGUCAAUGCUUCACAAUGUACAGCACUGCCCCAAGAAGCACUCCUAGUAGCCACCUGAGGGUUGGCCGGUAAAUGUAUUCCUAGGGGUAAUGUAAACACUGCCUUUUCUCUGAAAAUACAUUGUUUACUGCAAAAAGCCUGAAGGGAUGAUUAUACUCACUAGGCUGUAGUUGUUCUCGUGACUGUAGUGGCCCUUUAAGAUGACCGUUUAUCUCUGUACUGUCUGUAUUUGGGUUAAAACUAGGUACUGAAUCUUGCUGGAGGGAGUAUGUCCACAGCAGCCAGCAGGCAACAGACCUUGAGUGCACCAAGAAGCCCCAUUCCCAAGCUGGAAGCGUAUUUCAAGGUUACCAUUUCAUUGAUACAGUUGCUGAGUUUGUUGCAAGUCCAAUGUAUGGAUUGAAUUGUGACUCAUAAUGGGAGCUGACUGUGUUGUCAUCUUAUUUUGUAGAUAACAUGGACAUUUAUUUUAUGUGCAGCUUAACCUUUUUAUUUUUUGAAUUUUAUUUUAAUUAUAUUUUCAUGUUUGCCUCCUUUCUUUCUCCCAAAUAAGCAAUUAAUAAAGUCUGUGUUUAUAUUGCCACAAAAAAAACCUGAUUCUAUAGAUAAAAAAGAAAAAUGCUGUAUAAUAUUUGCCUUUACUUUCAUGCAUUAAAACCAGGUUUCAGUUUACACUAAGAAAAUAAAUCAUCCGUUAUUUUACAUGAAACUAUAGUGGUUUUGUCUGUCCAUCUCACCAAGCUGAAAAUUAUUCACAGCCGGUCAGUGUAUAAUACAUCCAUCCACCUUUUGACUUUAAUGACCGUGAUGGGCGCAUCCCUUGCUUGUUAUUCUUAAUUAGAUUGUUUCUUGUCUUUUUACAUCUUCUCAUUAAUUCCUCCAAGAGAGAAUUUUCAGGUGUUUCACAUUUUUUGAUUGUGAUUUCUAUUGGUCAGUCUGUCUAUCCCUAGUCAAUGCCAUAGACUGCAAGAAUCAAUAUUAUUAUUAUUAUUAUUUAUAGAGCUCCAACAAAUUCUGCAGUGCUGUACAAUGGGAAAAGAUUGCUUAGUCUGCAGUAGUCAGUGCUUUUUAUUUUUGUUAUGUAAAAAAAAAAAAAAAUGUAUAGAUGUGUUUUGUUUUUAAAUUUUUUCUUUUUUUUUUUUUUAUAAAUAAACUUUAUAGAUAGUAAACUUGUUUGAGCAGGGCCUUCUUCUUAAUCUCUUGUGCUAUAUUGGUUAUAGUGUCAGGAAUGUGCUGUCCCUCCCCCAUCCUUGUUACGAGUCAGUUUUAGAACUAUUUGACAUAUUACGUGGCACUCUUAGCUCAGGAAAGAUAACUGAAGCUCCCGCCCACCUUAGGAAGUAGUAGAGGUAGGGAGCUUCCCUUUCUUUCCUAAGCUGAAUGUGCCAAUGAGCCAAGACCUGCACUGCAUUGUUGUAACCUCCGCCUUUUGCACCUGGCAAUCAUCAUAGAGAAAGUAUACAAAGCGGAGGAGGAAUAAAAAAUGUUUACAUUUUUCCAUCUCAUCUGCAGUGUUUGCCUUGUCUGAACUGGAUUAUGGCAUUUGCUAAAUCUUUAAUGUAAAUGUAAAAGAAAACUGCAUCUCUGCUAUUUUUAUUAGCAAAUUAUAUGGCUAUUUUUAUAGUUGUAUUCAAUGGUGUUCGUUUCAGAAAAAUUACAUUUCCCCUUUUAAACAUAAAACACUCUUCAGUUCCUGCUUCUCAUUAAAAUCAUGUUAAUACAGAUUGUACAGCGCUACGGAAUCUGAUGGCGCUAUAUAAAUAAUAAUAAUAUAACUCGCCAGGCCCUCUACCCCAAUGAAUAAAAAUGAGUUUUGUAGCUACUACCUAAAUCUAAUCUCCGCAUUGCUGAAACACUGUAUUUAAUGGUUAUAUACGACUGUCAAGACAGGAAGUGACUCUUUUGUGUGAAUUCACAUCCAAUUUGUCACCAGCUUGUGCCUGAGGCCUGUGACUUAGUUAAAAUAAAAGUGCUGUGGAAUAUGUUCACAUCUGGCCUGGGAAUUGUCAAGCGUUUGACCAGAGUCUAUUUACUCUAUUCUUAGGGUCUUUGGGAAAAUGGACAAAAUGUCAUGGACUUGCAAUCUGGUAUUGGAUUUUCACUUCAUGGCAAUUGGUCUAUUUUUGUUUAUUUUACUUUGGCAGUGUAAUUACAGAAUUCUGUUUCCACGCUGGCCACUCAAGGACAUUGUGCUGUCAAUAUAGCGUUUCCAUAUCGUCCAGUAGCUGAACGGUGCUUUUAAAACCAUUGUUAAUACCAAACACCCACUGAUAAAGUUAAUAUUUUAAAAUGGCUUGAUGGUUCACACAAUUGAACCAUCACAAAAAACUAAUCUGUUAUUAUUGCGGGCUAUUGUAAGCUUGAUUGGGCAGGGCCCUUUUCACCUACUGCUCCAUUUAAUUAUGUUUUAUUAGAAUGUUGUUGGUUUAGUGUCUGCCUUGUUUAUCAAUUGUACAGCACUACAAAACAUGUGGGAGGGGGAGGGGUGUGUGUGUGUGUGUGUGUCCUUAAGUUGUGGGAGUGGCUAUAGACCUAUAAAAGGGACUUCCCCCCCCCCCCCUUCCCCUACUUACCUUUGUUGGUCAGACUGUUCGAGGUCAGCAUUUGCAUGAGAUCUACUUUAAGGUCAUACAAGACGCCAUUUUGGUUUACUGCAAGCUGUGUCCAGGAAUCCUGCAGCAGGGCUUUCCGUUAAUCCAGUGGCUUUCUCUCCGGUCAGCAUCGCAUUUGGAUCUCAGUGACUCUCAAACCGUAAGUUGACCCACCUGUCGCGCCAGGAUUAGUUCCCACGGCGUUCAGCACAGCACGGGUCCUCACUUUACGGUUUCCUUUCGUUUUGCACGGUUAUUUCGUUACCUUAUACUCACCUAGCUCUUCAGGUAAAAUCUGUUGCAUAAAAAAUAGUAAAAUAGUGAGAGCACACUGUACAUGCAAUAAAUAAUAUUACCAGUACUUCACAAGGUAAAUAGCUGAAACAUAAAAAGGAGAGAGAAAAGCACAUAGGGUAAUAUUGUAUACACUUUGUAUAUUAACCGUAUAUAAUUGGUUGCACUCACGUGGUUCUGAGUCACUUUAAAAGCUGACUCAGACUAAGGGCUUAAAUCGGAGAAGAAAUCCUUAAUACUGGACCACUUGUGUUGAAAUAUACGUUGAGAUAAAGUUGUCUCUGGCAAUCUCUAGAUGUGUAAUAGAAAUUACUCCAGGAUACCCAAUCUCGAUCAAUCUUUUAAGACUUUUAUUCCAUAUUAAACAAAACAAUUAAAAUCAAUCACAAGUAUACUACAGUCCAUAGAAUUACCACGACGCGUUUCGGCAGAAGCCUUUUUCAAGUGGUAUUACAUGUUCAUCUCCGAGUUGCCCUUUUAUAUCGUAUAGCGUUGGCGCUCUUUCCCGCGCUCACCGGCCAUCUUCAUUUCCGUUUUCGUCAUUUGCCAUCGACGGACGUGUCCCGCACGUCUUGACGUCAUCUCCGCGUCCUAUACCGGAAGUACUCUCGCGGCCAUCUUUACUACACCAAUUGUUUAUGUUUGCCAGUUCUCUCUGGCAUAAUCACAACAUUUAAAACGUCCUUUAUAUAGAAUCCUUCCUCCUAACAGGUUAUCACUCUUACUACAGGAACAAAAUAAGAAACCUUAAUAUAUAUUUAACAGGAGGAAAUAACAAUUCUCAAUACAUAUUAUAUCAUAAGACCUAUAUGCAUAAAACAAUAAAAUCUAUAAUAGAUACACUCAUUAAAAAUGUUUAAAUUUAAAAAAUAUAUAUAUAUAUAACUCUUUUAGAACACAAUUAUAAAAGAGGGGAGAGAAAAAAAGAGUUUAUAUUAAAAAACUUUAAAAUAAAUUUAAAAUAAAUUUAAAAUAAUCUCUAUUAAUUAUAAGUAUGUAUUAACUUCAAAAUCUAUAUUUAAACCACAUGGAGAUAAAGUCUCCAUAUUAAAAAUCCAUUUCAUUUCAGUUUUGUUAAGGAGGUUUUCCAUAUUGCCUCCCCUCCAAUGGAUUUUAACAGCUUCUAUCCCCAUAAAAUCAAAUCCUUGUGUAUUUCCUCCAUGGAUUUCUAAAAAAUGUUUUGAUACAUUAUGCAAAGUAUAUUUCCUAUUAAUAUUAUAAAUAUGCUCUCUAAUACGUAUCUUAAGUUGUCUUGAAGUCCUUCCAAUAUAUUGAUAUCCACAAGGACAAGUAAUCAUAUAGAUAAUAUUCUUAGUGUUACAAGUUAUAAAAGAUUUUAUAUCAUAUAAUUUUUUGUUAUAAAAAGAGUGAAAUUGUUUGACAUUUUUAUUUUUGUGAUUUCUUGUCAUACAACCUUUACAAGUCCCACAAUAAUAAAAGCCAUUUUCUCUUUUAAACAUAGUUAAAGAUUGUGAACUCUUAUCUUUUUCUAAAAAACUUGAAGUUAAAACCUGUUUAAAACUUUUUGCUCCCCUAAAAAUGACUUUAGGUUUGGCUCCUAAAUACUUUUGAAUUUCCUGGUCUUGUUCUAAAAUAUGCCAAUUUUUCUUAAUAAUUUUUUGUAAUUGUUUACUAUUUGAGCUAUAAUUAAAAAUAAUAGGUAUAAUUGUGUCAUCUUCUUUUAUUUCUUUUUCUUUGUAUUUUAGAAUAUUUUCUCUGGUUUGCUGUCCUACUUCUUCUUUUAUUGCUUCUAAAGUAUUUUGGUUAUAACCUUUUUCUACUAGUUGGUUUAUUAAAAUCUGUGUCUGUUCCUCAUAUUGUUGAAUAUCUGUACAAUUACGUUUUAUUCUUAAAAAUUGUCCUUUAGGUAUAUUAAUUAGCCAAGGUUUAAAAUGACAACUUUUUAAAUUAAUAAAACUAUUUACAUCAACUAGUUUAAAAAAAGUUUUACUCUUAAUUUGAUUAUCUUCUAUAUAAAUACUAAGAUCCAAAAAAUUAACAUUUUGAGUACUCAUUUCAUAUACUAGAUUAAUAUUCCAACUGUUUUGAUUAAGAUCAUUUAAAAAAUUAGACAAAGAAUCUUGGGUACCUCUCCAUAUCAUAAAAAUGUCGUCAAUAUAACGUCUAUAGAGGACCAGACCUGCCCCAACUUCUGGCUUGGAAAAAACUUCCAGUUCCUCCCAAAAUGCCAUAAAAAGGUUCGCAUAGCUUGGGGCAAAUCUGGUCCCCAUAGUUGUUCCUUUGGUCUGUAAAUAAAAAUCAUUCUCGAACCAAAAGAAAUUGUUAAAAAGAAUCAUUUGUAUACCCUCUAUAAUAAAAUCUACCUGUCGAGGGUCCAAGUCAUUCUCUUUAUUUAAAAAAUGUCUCGCUGCUUCACAUCCUUUCUCAUGAUCUAUAAUAGUAUAUAAGCUGCUGACAUCGCAGGUAACCAAAAAUAGUCCUUCUUCCCAUUUAAAAUUAUUUAAAAUUUGUAAAAGUGACAUAGUGUCUUUUAAAUACGAAGGACAUUUUUUAACAGGAUUUUGAAGAAAUUGAUCUAAAAACUGGGAUAAGGGAGAUAAAAGGGAACCAAUUCCUGAGACUAUUGGUCUACCUGGGGGAUUAUGUAUGUCCUUGUGUACUUUAGGCAAAACAUAUAAUACAGGGAUCUUAGGAAAUUUUACAUCAAGAAAAUCAUAUUCCUUUUUGUUUAAUAUCUCCAUUUCCAAUCCUUGUACUAAAUAUUUAUUUAAUUUCUUUUUUAUAUCUUCCAUUGGAUUUUUAGGUAGUAGUGAAUAAGUUUCUUGAUCUUUUAAUUGAUCAAAAAUUACUUUCAAAUAUUCUUCUCUUUGCCAUAUCACUACCCCCCCCCCUUAUCUGCUGGUUUAAUGACAAUAGAGGUAUCUUUUUUUUUUUAUAUCCUGUAAUGCUUUUCUUUCAGAUAUAGUUAGGUUCUUUUGUCGUUCAUUUAUAGGUUCUAUUUUUCUAAGUUCUUUUGUACAAACUUUUUCAAAAAUUUUGAUGGCAUCUGAUUUAAGGUAACUUGGGAAGAAGGUAGACUUAUUUUUAAGAUUAGUAUGUUUAAAUUUUUCUUCUCUAUUUACAACUUCUUCCGAUACCUUACUAGGAAAUUUCUGGUUAAAAAACUUUUUUAAACAUAACUUACGUGUAAAUUUAUUAAUAUCUAGAAAAGUCUCAAAUUUAUCUAUUUCACAACUGGGAGCAAAUUUAAAACCUUUAUUUAAAACAUUUAUAUGUGAUUCAUUUAAAACUUUAUUAGAGAGAUUGAAGAUUCUUAUGUCCGUUGAAAUCUUUUUGCUAUUUCCUCCCUUCUCCUUUUGUCUUCCUUUUUGUUUUCUAUUUCCUCUUCUUGUCUCCCUCUUUUGGUAGGAGUCUGAGUCCUUCCUCUUAUUCUGCUCAUUGACUGUCCUAAGAAAAGAUCUUCUUCAUUUAAAUGCUGUAAAUGACUAAAUCUAUUUGAAGUAGGUAAUUCCUGAAUUUUAGGAGGAGAGGAAUAUCUGUGAUUUCUAUUAUAAGUGGUUCUAUUAUAAUUAUUUCUAUCUUGAUUAUUCCCUUUAAAGGAAUUUUUUCUCUCCUUUAUUUUCACUUGAGUCCAUUCUUCCCUUUUAUCAUACCCCCUUUUUUGUGGUAGUUGAUUAUAUACAGUAGAUCUUUCUCCAUAAGUUCUAAGAUUAUUUGGAGACGAUCUAAUUUCUUGUCUUCUAAAAUUCCCUUUGCUAUAAUCCUUUCUCACAUAUUUAGAAUUAUCUUUUUUCUUCUGUGGUUUUAUUUGACCAUUUAGAUAAUCUUCCUGAUCUCUUUUCAGUUUCUUUUUCUUAGUCUCAAUUACUUUUUUCUCAAUAUUUUUUAUUUUUUCGAUUAUUUUAUCCAUCAUAUUUCUAAAUUCCUCCGUUUCUACGAAGGGUUCUAACUCCUUUUGUAUAUCAUUUAUCUCUUCAUUCAUCUGAUAUAAACUAAGGGUACGUUGUUCAAUAAUAACACCCAUCAUAUGUCUAGCGAAUGAUUCCAAAGCUCCAUCCCAAGCUUUAUUGAAUCUUUCGCUUUCAUUUUCAGAGGUAGGAGAUUUAUGAAAUCUUAGGCCUCUAGGGGCUAUUUGUAAUUCUACAUAUUUUUCUAGUGUAAAAAUCUCCCAUUUAUAUUUCAUUUCUUUAAUCAAUAAUCUUUCCAAAUUAGAACAUAUUGUUCCUAAAUUUUCAUUAAUCUUAAUUGAUCUAUUCUCUAAUUGAUCAUUCAUUAAGUCAAAUCUUUGAUUCAUGUCUCCCUGCCAACUUUUACGUAAGUUAGAGAUUGACAUAAUAGUGUUUUACAGUAGAUCCCAAAUGAGUGAUACAAAACACAAUAUAGUAUAAAAGGUAUGGGAAAAACAGUAAUAAGUGGUGCUGCUAUCACUUCAGUGUGUAUCACUCAACCACACAAAAUCAGGUGCAUAAAAAAUAGUAAAAUAGUGAGAGCACACUGUACAUGCAAUAAAUAAUAUUACCAGUACUUCACAAGGUAAAUAGCUGAAACAUAAAAAGGAGAGAGAAAAGCACAUAGGGUAAUAUUGUAUACACUUUGUAUAUUAACCGUAUAUAAUUGGUUGCACUCACGUGGUUCUGAGUCACUUGAAAAGCUGACUCAGACUAAGGGCUUAAAUCGGAGAAGAAAUCCUUAAUACUGGACCACUUGUGUUGAAAUAUACGUUGAGAUAAAGUUGUCUCUGGCAAUCUCUAGAUGUGUAAUAGAAAUUACUCCAGGAUACCCAAUCUCGAUCAAUCUUUUAAGACUUUUAUUCCAUAUUAAACAAAACAAUUAAAAUCAAUCACAAGUAUACUACAGUCCAUAGAAUUACCACGACGCGUUUCGGCAGAAGCCUUUUUCAAGUGGUACUUCCGGUAUAGGACGCGGAGAUGACGUCAAGACGUGCGGGACACGUCCGUCGAUGGCAAAUGACGAAAACGGAAAUGAAGAUGGCCGGUGAGCGCGGGAAAGAGCGCCAACGCUAUACGAUAUAAAAGGGCAACUCGGAGAUGAACAUGUAAUACCACUUGAAAAAGGCUUCUGCCGAAACGCGUCGUGGUAAUUCUAUGGACUGUAGUAUACUUGUGAUUGAUUUUAAUUGUUUUGUUUAAUAUGGAAUAAAAGUCUUAAAAGAUUGAUCGAGAUUGGGUAUCCUGGAGUAAUUUCUAUUACACAUCUAGAGAUUGCCAGAGACAACUUUAUCUCAACGUAUAUUUCAACACAAGUGGUCCAGUAUUAAGGAUUUCUUCUCCGAUUUAAGCCCUUAGUCUGAGUCAGCUUUUAAAGUGACUCAGAACCACGUGAGUGCAACCAAUUAUAUACGGUUAAUAUACAAAGUGUAUACAAUAUUACCCUAUGUGCUUUUCUCUCUCCUUUUUAUGUUUCAGCUAUUUACCUUGUGAAGUACUGGUAAUAUUAUUUAUUGCAUGUACAGUGUGCUCUCACUAUUUUACUAUUUUUUAUGCACCUGAUUUUGUGUGGUUGAGUGAUACACACUGAAGUGAUAGCAGCACCACUUAUUACUGUUUUUCCCAUACCUUUUAUACUAUAUUGUGUUUUGUAUCACUCAUUUGGGAUCUACUGUAAAACACUAUUAUGUCAAUCUCUAACUUACGUAAAAGUUGGCAGGGAGACAUGAAUCAAAGAUUUGACUUAAUGAAUGAUCAAUUAGAGAAUAGAUCAAUUAAGAUUAAUGAAAAUUUAGGAACAAUAUGUUCUAAUUUGGAAAGAUUAUUGAUUAAAGAAAUGAAAUAUAAAUGGGAGAUUUUUACACUAGAAAAAUAUGUAGAAUUACAAAUAGCCCCUAGAGGCCUAAGAUUUCAUAAAUCUCCUACCUCUGAAAAUGAAAGCGAAAGAUUCAAUAAAGCUUGGGAUGGAGCUUUGGAAUCAUUCGCUAGACAUAUGAUGGGUGUUAUUAUUGAACAACGUACCCUUAGUUUAUAUCAGAUGAAUGAAGAGAUAAAUGAUAUACAAAAGGAGUUAGAACCCUUCGUAGAAACGGAGGAAUUUAGAAAUAUGAUGGAUAAAAUAAUCGAAAAAAUAAAAAAUAUUGAGAAAAAAGUAAUUGAGACUAAGAAAAAGAAACUGAAAAGAGAUCAGGAAGAUUAUCUAAAUGGUCAAAUAAAACCACAGAAGAAAAAAGAUAAUUCUAAAUAUGUGAGAAAGGAUUAUAGCAAAGGGAAUUUUAGAAGACAAGAAAUUAGAUCGUCUCCAAAUAAUCUUAGAACUUAUGGAGAAAGAUCUACUGUAUAUAAUCAACUACCACAAAAAAGGGGGUAUGAUAAAAGGGAAGAAUGGACUCAAGUGAAAAUAAAGGAGAGAAAAAAUUCCUUUAAAGGGAAUAAUCAAGAUAGAAAUAAUUAUAAUAGAACCACUUAUAAUAGAAAUCACAGAUAUUCCUCUCCUCCUAAAAUUCAGGAAUUACCUACUUCAAAUAGAUUUAGUCAUUUACAGCAUUUAAAUGAAGAAGAUCUUUUUUUAGGACAGUCAAUGAGCAGAAUAAGAGGAAGGACUCAGACUCCUACCAAAAGAGGGAGACAAGAAGAGGAAAUAGAAAACAAAAAGGAAGACAAAAGGAGAAGGGAGGAAAUAGCAAAAAGAUUUCAACGGACAUAAGAAUCUUCAAUCUCUCUAAUAAAGUUUUAAAUGAAUCACAUAUAAAUGUUUUAAAUAAAGGUUUUAAAUUUGCUCCCAGUUGUGAAAUAGAUAAAUUUGAGACUUUUCUAGAUAUUAAUAAAUUUACACGUAAGUUAUGUUUAAAAAAGUUUUUUAACCAGAAAUUUCCUAGUAAGGUAUCGGAAGAAGUUGUAAAUAGAGAAGAAAAAUUUAAACAUACUAAUCUUAAAAAUAAGUCUACCUUCUUCCCAAGUUACCUUAAAUCAGAUGCCAUCAAAAUUUUUGAAAAAGUUUGUACAAAAGAACUUAGAAAAAUAGAACCUAUAAAUGAACGACAAAAGAACCUAACUAUAUCUGAAAGAAAAGCAUUACAGGAUUUAAAAAAAGAUACCUCUAUUGUCAUUAAACCAGCAGAUAAGGGGGGGGGGGUAGUGAUAUGGCAAAGAGAAGAAUAUUUGAAAGUAAUUUUUGAUCAAUUAAAAGAUCAAGAAACUUAUUCACUACUACCUAAAAAUCCAAUGGAAGAUAUAAAAAAGAAAUUAAAUAAAUAUUUAGUACAAGGAUUGGAAAUGGAGAUAUUAAACAAAAAGGAAUAUGAUUUUCUUGAUGUAAAAUUUCCUAAGAUCCCUGUAUUAUAUGUUUUGCCUAAAGUACACAAGGACAUACAUAAUCCCCCAGGUAGACCAAUAGUCUCAGGAAUUGGUUCCCUUUUAUCUCCCUUAUCCCAGUUUUUAGAUCAAUUUCUUCAAAAUCCUGUUAAAAAAUGUCCUUCGUAUUUAAAAGACACUAUGUCACUUUUACAAAUUUUAAAUAAUUUUAAAUGGGAAGAAGGACUAUUUUUGGUUACCUGCGAUGUCAGCAGCUUAUAUACUAUUAUAGAUCAUGAGAAAGGAUGUGAAGCAGCGAGACAUUUUUUAAAUAAAGAGAAUGACUUGGACCCUCGACAGGUAGAUUUUAUUAUAGAGGGUAUACAAAUGAUUCUUUUUAACAAUUUCUUUUGGUUCGAGAAUGAUUUUUAUUUACAGACCAAAGGAACAACUAUGGGGACCAGAUUUGCCCCAAGCUAUGCGAACCUUUUUAUGGCAUUUUGGGAGGAACUGGAAGUUUUUUCCAAGCCAGAAGUUGGGGCAGGUCUGGUCCUCUAUAGACGUUAUAUUGACGACAUUUUUAUGAUAUGGAGAGGUACCCAAGAUUCUUUGUCUAAUUUUUUAAAUGAUCUUAAUCAAAACAGUUGGAAUAUUAAUCUAGUAUAUGAAAUGAGUACUCAAAAUGUUAAUUUUUUGGAUCUUAGUAUUUAUAUAGAAGAUAAUCAAAUUAAGAGUAAAACUUUUUUUAAACUAGUUGAUGUAAAUAGUUUUAUUAAUUUAAAAAGUUGUCAUUUUAAACCUUGGCUAAUUAAUAUACCUAAAGGACAAUUUUUAAGAAUAAAACGUAAUUGUACAGAUAUUCAACAAUAUGAGGAACAGACACAGAUUUUAAUAAACCAACUAGUAGAAAAAGGUUAUAACCAAAAUACUUUAGAAGCAAUAAAAGAAGAAGUAGGACAGCAAACCAGAGAAAAUAUUCUAAAAUACAAAGAAAAAGAAAUAAAAGAAGAUGACACAAUUAUACCUAUUAUUUUUAAUUAUAGCUCAAAUAGUAAACAAUUACAAAAAAUUAUUAAGAAAAAUUGGCAUAUUUUAGAACAAGACCAGGAAAUUCAAGAGUAUUUAGGAGCCAAACCUAAAGUCAUUUUUAGGGGAGCAAAAAGUUUUAAACAGGUUUUAACUUCAAGUUUUUUAGAAAAAGAUAAGAGUUCACAAUCUUUAACUAUGUUUAAAAGAGAAAAUGGCUUUUAUUAUUGUGGGACUUGUAAAGGUUGUAUGACAAGAAAUCACAAAAAUAAAAAUGUCAAACAAUUUCACUCUUUUUAUAACAAAAAAUUAUAUGAUAUAAAAUCUUUUAUAACUUGUAACACUAAGAAUAUUAUCUAUAUGAUUACUUGUCCUUGUGGAUAUCAAUAUAUUGGAAGGACUUCAAGACAACUUAAGAUACGUAUUAGAGAGCAUAUUUAUAAUAUUAAUAGGAAAUAUACUUUGCAUAAUGUAUCAAAACAUUUUUUAGAAAUCCAUGGAGGAAAUACACAAGGAUUUGAUUUUAUGGGGAUAGAAGCUGUUAAAAUCCAUUGGAGGGGAGGCAAUAUGGAAAACCUCCUUAACAAAACUGAAAUGAAAUGGAUUUUUAAUAUGGAGACUUUAUCUCCAUGUGGUUUAAAUAUAGAUUUUGAAGUUAAUACAUACUUAUAAUUAAUAGAGAUUAUUUUAAAUUUAUUUUAAAUUUAUUUUAAAGUUUUUUAAUAUAAACUCUUUUUUUCUCUCCCCUCUUUUAUAAUUGUGUUCUAAAAGAGUUAUAUAUAUAUAUAUUUUUUAAAUUUAAACAUUUUUAAUGAGUGUAUCUAUUAUAGAUUUUAUUGUUUUAUGCAUAUAGGUCUUAUGAUAUAAUAUGUAUUGAGAAUUGUUAUUUCCUCCUGUUAAAUAUAUAUUAAGGUUUCUUAUUUUGUUCCUGUAGUAAGAGUGAUAACCUGUUAGGAGGAAGGAUUCUAUAUAAAGGACGUUUUAAAUGUUGUGAUUAUGCCAGAGAGAACUGGCAAACAUAAACAAUUGGUGUAGUAAAGAUGGCCGCGAGAGUACUUCCGGUAUAGGACGCGGAGAUGACGUCAAGACGUGCGGGACACGUCCGUCGAUGGCAAAUGACGAAAACGGAAAUGAAGAUGGCCGGUGAGCGCGGGAAAGAGCGCCAACGCUAUACGAUAUAAAAGGGCAACUCGGAGAUGAACAUGUAAUACCACUUGAAAAAGGCUUCUGCCGAAACGCGUCGUGGUAAUUCUAUGGACUGUAGUAUACUUGUGAUUGAUUUUAAUUGUUUUGUUUAAUAUGGAAUAAAAGUCUUAAAAGAUUGAUCGAGAUUGGGUAUCCUGGAGUAAUUUCUAUUACACAUCUAGAGAUUGCCAGAGACAACUUUAUCUCAACGUAUAUUUCAACACAAGUGGUCCAGUAUUAAGGAUUUCUUCUCCGAUUUAAGCCCUUAGUCUGAGUCAGCUUUUAAAGUGACUCAGAACCACGUGAGUGCAACCAAUUAUAUACGGUUAAUAUACAAAGUGUAUACAAUAUUACCCUAUGUGCUUUUCUCUCUCCUUUUUAUGUUUCAGCUAUUUACCUUGUGAAGUACUGGUAAUAUUAUUUAUUGCAUGUACAGUGUGCUCUCACUAUUUUACUAUUUUUUAUGCACCUGAUUUUGUGUGGUUGAGUGAUACACACUGAAGUGAUAGCAGCACCACUUAUUACUGUUUUUCCCAUACCUUUUAUACUAUAUUAGGUAAAAUCUGUUGUUUAAAAUCUGUUUUGGUUAAAAUCUGUUGGGUUAAAAUCUGUUGGGUUAAAACUACAAAUGAAAUACAAAUUUUCGCCUACACACUGACCCCCUACCGGUCUUUAGGUGUACUACAGGCUUCUUAGACAUUAUCGCAUUUCAUGUACAAAUCAACGAACCACUGCAUUUGCGCCUACACACUGACCCCUACCGGUCAAUCUGUGUACUACAGGCUUCUCAGACAUUAUUGCAUUUCAUGUACAAACCAACGAACCACGGCAUUUCCGCCUACAUGCUGACCCCUACCGGUUAAUCGGUACACUACAGGCUUCUCAGACUUUAUUUCACUUCAUAAGCAAACAAACUAACUACAGCAUUUUCGCUUUUAUACUGACUCCUAUCUGUCAACGGUAUACUACAGGCUUUUCAGACAUAUGGUUAUUCCCCUCAUAACAUUCCCACUAUAAUUACAAAAUAACACUUCCUUACAACUCACGCUUGCUAUGAUAUAAUCAUUCCUGCAUACCUGCCUACAUAGGCAUUUAGUUACAUUUACUGACAAUACGCAUACAUUUACCCAGGAAUGCACAUACUAUUUAAAGCACUAUGCAGGAUUCCAGAGUCUAAUACGGAAUAUUUGCAUGUUUGCACGCUUAAAAUAUAAGUCCUUCCAAUUACUUAUUUUCACAUAUUAGGUUAUUCAGCUGCCAGUCAUGGUUCACUACAUUCAUGUUUCGAGGUACAGUUGUAUUCCAUAUCACACAUGAUAUAACACUCCCGACAAGUUAAUUUCUUUCAAACAGGGCCAUUACAAGCAUACAAUAAACAUUGGGACGGAGCACUUUUCUCGAUUAAACUUGCAUAACACACAUAUGGGUAUACGCUUUUAAAUGUCUAUAUUCAAUUUUCAUACAUUCUUUUACCCGUCCAGGAUACAGGUAUUAAUAACCCUUACGACCAGUAAGGGUAUCUAAUCAUACUACCAGGUGCAUACACCUGCUCAUGUGGUAUAUACAUACAUUUUCUGUGUCCCCUGUUCUGUGUAUAUCCUUAGCGUACUGGCAAUUAGGGACUAUAGGUUUCCAAUAGGUAUUCUCCUUUCUUGGCAUCUACGCCUGUCGUAUAGUGGUCCCGCGAGGCCAACACCCCGCCUCAACGCUCGGAGGCAAACACCCAUCGGGCCACUUGUGAGCUAGCCGCCUCGCAUGGUAUAUAGAGAGGGCCUCACCUGUCACUCCCUUCCCCCUUUUUUUCUGGUUACAGUCACCGAGAGGCCAACAUCCUGCCACUACGUUUGGUGGCCAUAAAAAUCCCCUCGUGCCAUUGCAUGGAUAGAACCUCUCAAGCCACUUGGCAACUAGCAGGACCUCACCUGUCACCAAACAAAGGAUUAAUUGUUUCGCCAUGCGGCUUUAGCUAGCAAGCCAGUACUAGCACACUGUGGGUUUAUAUAAUAAUGGCUAUCUUCGUGUUUUUUAGAAUGUAUCAAGCAGGUGGUAAGGAUUUCUCUCUACCUAUCACUCCAGCUAGAGUCAACACACUUUCACUUGGAGAAGAUGUUGCUAGUCCCACACGACAAUUUUGUCCCAACACAGUGGUCGAUCACGUUUCAGGCUCCAGGCUCUAGCACCUCAGGUAGUACAUAGAGAAUUACCAGAGACAAAUUGGGUCGUCUCAUUCUCUUUGGCAAAUCCCAGAUUGGCGACAAUUUCCAUUUUGGCACAUGUAGUUUCAGUGAGUGCAGACUGUUGCAAAUAUGUUCUCAAUAUGUCAGGGCACAUGCAAAAAAACAUGUGUCCCAAUAAAUGUACCCUGAACCUUACUUCACAUCUGUAAACAUUUUGCAUUUCCAGUCCUUUUUUAACUCAUCACCCUUCCAGACAUUUAGUUGAUUAACUAAUCUCCGAAUUUUAACCCCUUAAGGACACAUGACAUGUGUGACAUGUCAUGAUUCCCUUUUAUUCCAGAAGUUUGGUCCUUAAGGGGUUAAAGGCCUUCCAUACAGGUAUUGCCAUAUACUUUUGGGGGAAUCUAGAAUGACCUAACUUGCAGUCAUCACAGCAGCAUCCAACAGCUGGCAUUACACUCAUGGCCCAAGAAAUGGCAGAAAGAUUUCUACCUGGGCUUCUCCGAUCUACACCAUUUACAGCGUGGCGCAAUCCCAUUGGGGUUGUCACAGGGAAUCUUCCCUCACACUGUAACUAAUCAUAGACUUAUCUGCACCUCACGGCUCGGCUACCCCAAGUCUCAACUCCCUCAUACCUUCCGAGGACCUUUCAUUACAGUAUGCCACCAUUGUUCAUACCAUUACAGCUAUCACUCAAGCAAGGGGGGAAGCCUGGUUAAGUAAAACUGAUAUCACAAACUCAUUUCAGAUUGCCACCAUCCACCCCUACGCUGGCACUUACAGGGCAUUUAUGGGCAGCAGUUAUAUAUUUCUCCUCCCGCUUAACUUUCGGGUCAAGAUCAGCCCACAAUCUUCAAUAUAUUCGUUGAACUCUUUGGUUGUGGUUAAACAUAUCCAGAUGCCCAACACUCCCGAGAUGAUUUCUUGUUGGUCAAAGGGAACGCCUUUCCCUCUAAAAGCUUCAAGGAAGCCAUUAGUAUGUCUGAACACUUGGGUGUCCCAGUAUUCCCUAAGGUCACAGAAGACCCAGACACUAUCGUUACAUUCCUGGGCAUACAACUUGAUUCGGCAUCCAUGCCAACAAGUUACCACAUGAGAAAUAGGAACAGUCGCAACAACACCAAUUACCACCUCCUGCUUGGUACUUGCAACCGCAUGAAACUACAAUCCCUACCAGGUUCCUUAAAUUUUGCCAUGCGCAUCAUACCGCAGGCUGCGCUUUCAUCUAAGACCACUUUGCUUUUUCCACACUCCCACAUGAUGAUCAGGGGCUGUCCCUAGACAACCAAGCCACGGCAGACCUACACAUAUGGUGGACUUUCUUAACCACAAGUAAUAGUAAACUAUUGAGGCAGCUCCCGUGAAAGCAGCCAUGGCAGGGGGGUCAUUUAUGGUCAAGGUCAUGGAUUACAUGAACCUCGCCAACAUAGCUGGGCUCUGACUAAACUGGCAUUGUCCACCAGCACUCAACACGCUUGCUACAGGGUUUUCCACUUAUACAAUAUGUUUCAUGUCGGACCAUCACUUAGCUGGUUUGAGGCCUUCGCCUCUUUUUGCCACCUUAAGUUAAAAAUUCUCGCACAACACGGUUAAACUUAUUUCACGGGCAUUCAACACUAUAUACGUAUUUCUCCUUCCCAAACAACAAGGGCUCCUAUCCUCCUACCCCAUCCAUACCUUACUUAGAGACCUAGCCAAGCGGACGUUCCCGCUAAAACUAAAUACUGGCCAUAGACAUACAAUGUUCAAACCAUGUCAGAACCACUUGACCAUGCACCUUCUGAGCCACGCACCAAUGCAGUUAUCAAAACUGCUACCUAUCUAGCAUUUAACGGCUUUCUCAGGCCAAAAAAAUAACUCACUAUUAGCGGCCAACAUCAUAAACAAGAGUGCCUGUUGACCUCUUAUCUUCUAAAACAUACAGACCACUAUGUCCGGUCCCUUCCUAAAACUAAGACUAGUCAGAUGGGCGAGCCAGUGCAUAUAACCUACUACCCUACAAGCAGUGCUGGGUGCCCGGAUAAGGUACUGGUUACUUUCUUGGGCACGCAACCAUAUGCACCACUGAACCAUUACUGUCGCUGUAUGAUACUGUCCUUACCACAGGUAAGUUCAUGCACUAUGUCCACCUACUCAUUCACCAGGCUCGAACUAAACCCUUGCGACUACUCAGGGCACUCCUUUAGGAUAGGAGCAGCCUCCACGGCCUAUAGUCAAGAAAUCCCCGCACACGUUAAGACACGGGGCUGCUGGGAAUCAUAGGCUUAUGCGACUUACAUACCACAGCCGAUUCAGGAAUAAGGAAGCUUUCAUUAAAAUGUCUACCUGAUGGUUAACAAAUGCACUAUGAUCCUGUAUAAUGUUUUGCAUUAAUACGUCUCCUUUUUGCCCACUUUUUACCGGCCUACAGCAUACGUCGGUUUCGGCACACCUCAACCGAUUAUUCCUAAAGCUACAUCUCUACAACCCUUCUUAUUCUAUAUCAUAUGAGAAUGCCCCGAACACAUAAAUAAAUAUAUAUAUAUAUAUAUAUAUAUAUACUCCCCUAUAGAUGAAUCUUGUCAAUAUGUGUGUGUAUGUAUGUAUGUAUGUAUGUAUAUAUAUGGAUGUGUGUGUAUAAUAUAUAUACUUUGCAGUUUAAACACCAUUGUAAGCAACAGGUUGUAUGAAACAUUUAGAAACACUCAAACAGUAAUUGCUCUCUGCAUUUAAUAAUCCAUUGAUAAAUGGUCUUGUUUACUAGUGCAUUGUUUAAAGUCUCUAUACACUAGACUAAAUUAUUCAUUGAUAUUGAAUUGUGAAUGUGGAGUAACUGCAGGGCGCAGAUGCCGUGCAUCAAAUGUAGGUCAGAAAAUUAUGUUCAGUUAAUAUUUAUCCGUUGCUGAAUUGUUUUAAUGGAUCGUUCAGCAGCAAGUGGGUAAUAUGCCUUUUUGUUUUUGUUGAAGCAAAAUCUGUUUUUCUAAAUUGACUUAAAUAGUGUGGGAUUACUUUGCUUACGUUUUAGUGGAUUAUUGUUAAUUGUGUACUGUGCGGAUUAUAAAUGUCUCCAUUAAAAUCAGUGUGAAUAAUGAACAUGCAAUAUUGAAAUAUUGUCAUGCAAAGCACCGGAUUGACACACAGCGUUCUCCAUUUCACGUGACCAGUUAUUUGCAUAUGCAUUUUUAUCUUCCUAAAUCUGUAUUAUGGGUGAAUGGAUUUCCCCCACCAAUUCUUUAUUAUUAUUAUUAUUUAUAUAGAGCCAGUAAAUUCCGUAGCACUUUUAUCGUAUCGUGGCAAACAAAAUCUACAACAUUAUAUAAGAACUUUUUUUUUUUUUUCUCACUUUAAAUGUGAUCACUGCUGAAAGUCCGAUAAAAAGGAAGCUAAUGCACAAUUAUAGAUUUUUCUGAAAGAUUGCUAUAAGAUAUUUUACUGUAUUCCUAACGCUAUAGUAAGCCCCUGUCCCUAGCUUUAGAUACCUGCCCGCGAGCAAGAAAAGAUUUAAAUACCUUUGUAAACUGCGUUAAAGCACCACUAUAGUGCCAGGAAAACAUACUGUUUUUCCUGGCACUAUAGAGCCCUGAGGGUGCCUCCACCCUCAGGGCCCCCCUCCCGCCGGGCUCUAGGGGGUGGAAGGGUUUAAAUUUACCUCUUUUUCCAGCGCCGGGCAGGGGACUCUCCUCCUCCUCCUUCUCGUCGUCAUCGGCUGCGCAUGCGAGGCAGGAGCUGCGCAUGCGCGGCAGUAUCCGUGCGCACAUUCUGCCAGUCCAUAGGAAAGCAUUCACAAUGCUUUCCUAUGGAUGCUGGCGUCUUCUCACUGUGAAAAUCAUAGUGAGAAGCGCCUCUAGCGGCUGUCAAUGAAACAGCCACCAGAGGCUGGAUUAACCCUAUUAUAAACAUAGCAGUUUCUCUGAGACUGCAGUUUCUCUUUGAUUACUUUUAUACUAGGUGUUAUCCAAAAGGCAAUUUUUGUGACACUAAUUUAAAAAAAAAAAAAAUCGGACUGGCACGCUAAUGGACCUCAAAAACUUAUUUUUGCACAGUGCUGCUAAAUGGUUGCUUAAGCUUGGUUUAGGGCAUAUUGCAAAGCUGAGUACGUCUUCUCAAGUUAGUUUCAAUGAGAUUCAGCAAUCGAGACAGAAAUAGAGAGGUUGUUACACAGUAAGUCAAUAAACACCUAAUUUUGUGCAGAUGGACAACAUGUGGUGAAAAUGGAUGUAAUUUUACAGGCAAUGCAUUUAUGCCAGCUCAUUCUGGUUUGAAUCUGACUUUUUCACCAUUUUGUCCAUUUGGACAAAAUCCGGUGUUUAGCGAUUUACUGCAGCAACCUCUACAGAAUAUUUAUUUAUGUAGCACCUAUUUUUUUAAACAAAAUUGGGACCAAAUGCAUGUAGCAGGAUGCACAUUAUCUUAUUAUCGUUCACUUGCAUUUUGAUAGCGAACAACAAAUUGAAGCGUUAUUUGCAGGCAAAUAGUUUUAAAAUCUUUUUUAGUGCGAUGAUUAGCCAUGUGGUGGCUGGCCAUCACUUGCUAGAUAAGUGUUUGAAGCAAGAAGAUAUCAGAUAGUAAGUAUAAACACACUCUUCUGGAUUUAUCGGGCCCUCUGCACUAUCGGGGAAGAAAGGGAUAGGUAGUGUCUUUUAUUUGGAGAUAAGGUGGCCAGGAGCUUGAGAAUCUCUAGUUACCAGGGUGGAGGUGACCACGAUAAUGGCUCAAAUAUUGAGAUAGAGGCUAGACAAUGGUAUGUCCUCUUUCCCCCCCUCCCUCCCUCUCUUGUAUAUUAUAUUAAUAGCCACCACUGGCCAACCGUGUUUUCAUAAAUCACUGGAUUUGGUUACAGUAAUCCUUUCUAAGGUGGUCCACCACACUGCAAAUUUUAAAUAGAUAAACGAAACGCUAAAACUUACCUGUCCGAUACUCUUUGGAUGACGUCAUCCCCCGUUGCCAGUGUGGAGGGAGGUCAGGCUGAGGAGAGGACGAGGGUUGCAUGGAAGAGAAGGAAGGGGCAUGCUGCCAUUAUCAGUUUGGUUCCAGCAAUUUUACACAGAUCUGACUCUAGCCAACAAUUCUGCACAGAAUAGUUAUUAGCCGGCCAGAGCGUUGGUUCAGUCUGCUAAUGAGCAAGAGGUGCAGCAUUUCAAAGCAAAAUGCUCUAAAUACAGAAUCCAGGAAUCAUGACCACUUCAAAUCACUGAAGUGGUUCUAGUGCUUGGAGAAACCCCUUAACCAUAACCAUAAAUCAGUUGAGUAAUGCAUUCAUGAUAUCGAGGAUGAGUAAGGACUGCUAAGUGUUGUGUACUCCACUUGCCUAAUACAAAAUAAAUAAAAUUCACUUUUUACUAUGUAUACCCCCAAUGAAAACAUGCAUGCAUUUAUUUCAUUGUGGCUUAUCUGAAAACAACUUGCUAAUUCUGUAGAUCUCUUGUCUGAAGCCUUUGCAAUCUACCUCAUUUUAACCCCGACCAGAUUUUCUGUGGCUGUCCAUCACAGACUAUCACAGAAUUCCCAUUGCAGCUCAAUUCUUUGCAAGUCUUAGAGCAAUUGCUGCCUCUCGAGUUUAGCUCCACUGAGCUAAACAAACCAGGAAGUAACCGGGCCUGUUGUCUGAUUGGCCGCUAAAGGGGUAUAACAAGGUUAAUUCAUAAAUGUGCCAAUUUCUAUUGAAAUCUUCACUUUUUGUAAAAUGAAAAAAAUAGAAUACUCUGCACCCAACAGGCUGGAGUCCUCUAGUGAUAUAUUAUUGUGGUUUUUCUAGUGUUUGGAGUGUUUAUGCUCACUUUUAAAAGGUGUAUUUUGAUACACUUGCACAUUUUUCUUGUAUAUUUGUUUUGCAUUUGGCAGUCACUAUAUGUAUAUACCCUGGUUUCAUUUAGUUGCAGUAGGAUUGAUGACAAUGACAACGUGCUUCGUAUAAGCUUCCUUUUAUUAGGCUUUCAAGAGUGAUCACAUUUCAAGUGGGAUUCUAAUCAUUAACAGGAAUGUGUUAUUGGACUUGUUUAUGUAUUAAAAACUGAUGAGGCUUUUGAUCUGAUAAAGGUGCAGUUCCUCUUGUGCGAUUUUUAGUGUCUCUCUCUUCCACAUCAGACUCUAAACUUUACACUUCAAUAUGAUCAUCAGACUGUUCUUUCCCAUAACAUUGGAGGCUAUAAACUGGCAUUCUUAGAUGAUUUUCAUUUUUGUGCACUAUAUUUGUAUAUUGAGAAGUGUGUUUGUAGAAGUCACAGUAACAACAGUUUUACUAGCAGUCUUACUUUAAACCCCCCUAAGACACAACUUCCGUUUUCUUGCUUUGGACAUCGCCUGGUUGCCAUGCCCCUGUAGUUUUAACCUUUCAACUGAAAUAUUUGCAAGCCAAUUUUGUGUAUAGAUUAUGCCCUUGCAGUCUCGCUGCUCAAUUUUGGGACAUUUAGGAGUUAAAUCACUUUGUUUAUGCAGCUCUCGCCACACAUUUCCUCCCACUUUGACUCGCACAGACUCGCUCUGUUAAAGGGACACUAUAGUCACCAAAACAACUUUAGAUUAAUAAAGCAGUUUUUAAGUAUAGAUCAUGCCCCUGCAGUCUCUCUGCUCAAUUCUUGGCCAUCUAGGAGUUAAAUCACUUCUUUUAUACAGCCCUAGCCACACCUUCUUGCAUGUGACUUGCACAACCUUCCUAAACACUUCCUGUAAAGAGUCAUCUAGUGUUUAUACUUCCUGUAUUACAAAUUAUGUUUAAUUUAGAAUUUCUUAUCUCCCGCACUGUUAAUAGCUUGUUAGACCUUGCAGGAGCCGCCUGUAUGUGAUUUAAAGGGACACUGUAGGCACCCAGACCACUUCAGUUCAUUGAGGUGGUCUGGGUGCUGUGUCCCUUUUGCACCUAGUUCUGCAAUGUUAAACAUUGCAGUUCCAGAGGCCUGAAAUGUUUACAUUGCAGCACUAAGUCUGCCCUCAGUGGCUGCCUACUAGGCAGGGCUAUGGUACGUAAAUAUAAAGGGUUUUUAACCCUUUAUUUACCUUGGAGGGGAAUGCUAUGGAGGGAGGAGGCAGAGGGAUCGAUAGUGCCAGAAAUAUAACUUUGUGUUCCUGGCAGUACAGUAUCCCUUUAAAGUUCAAUUUACAGAGCAGGUGAUUUUAAAAAAACAAAAAACCACAACUUUUAAAGUAGGUUACAUCUGAUUAAAUUUAAACAAUUUUUUCAUGCAGUCUGUGGAAGUCAGGGGAGGUGUGGCUUGGGCUACAUGGGCAGAAACAAAAGUGAUUUGAUUCCUAAAUGGCAGAGAAUUGAGCAGUGAGACUGUAGGGACAUGAUCUAUACGCAAAUACUGCAUCUUUAAGCUAAAGUUGUUUUGGUUACUAUAGUGUACAUUUUAAUUGAACUUUAAUCACACACAGAAGGCUUGUGGCUAGGGAUGCAUUUUGGCAGCACAAUGCCUAUUUUGGGGACACCAGGGAACUCCAGAAGCACUUUUAAAUACGUCAUGACUUCUAUAGGAGUAAAACGUUUUGAAACCAUUACCCAUAAAGCCCAUCUCACAUUUAAAUUCCUACAUUUACUGUAGAUCACCAUUUUUUGUAUCUUCUGCAGUGAACUAAUACUAGAGGAAUAUAAUUUCACAGAUCCCCAUGUUUUAUCUGAUAAUAGUUACCUGUUGUUGCUGAACAUUUAUAUAUUGCAAUCAAAAUGGAAAUAACUGGUGUAACAUCGAGCCUGCAGAAUACAUUUGGAACAGGUGCAUUCUGUGUUCCUGAUUGAAAGCACUUUAUGCAGUCUAUGAACAUCUACAUGCUGUAGAAGCUAAGGGUUUUAAAUAAUUCUAAGCAUCAAAUCAAUGAUGCAGGAUUACACGGCUAUGUAUCCUAUAGAACUGAGCUGAGACCCUAUAUAGAUUAUGGUUUGUUUGUUUGUUUUCCCUUAAAUGUUUGCUUAUGUUUUUUAUUUUUAUUUAUAGGUCUUAUCAUUUUACAGACUUUUUGAAAUCUGAUGAGAACAGCUUAUACUUGACCCUUAUUUGGACUCCUUAUAAAUUCAGGUAUUUAAAAGAAAUGUAUAACUUCUGAGGAACCACCUUGGGUUAUCAUCAAAUUAUCAUUUUGUAUCAUAUGUUUUGACCAGUGGUAUGAAUGAGGGCACCAAAGUCUUUGAAUGCAGCGGAUAGAAUUGAGUGGAAAACACAGUCCUGCACGUCACACCACUUUUCAGAACAGAACACUUCGAUCAUCUCUCCCAAUUAAUGUUUUAGAUAAUUUUAUUUAUUUUAUUUAUUUUGUAUAGAUGUAUUUAUGCCAAAGUAGAUUUCAUGUAAGCAAAGGACUUGGACUAUCCAUUGUGCUCAGAAUAAGUUUGUUUCUUUACCAGAGGUUUUCUUUGUGGUUGACAUACUUGUGCAAUAAGUUUUCUAAAAGCGUGAAAGUAUUUUAUUAUCCAGUGGAUGUCAGAUAUUAAGUUUAUACUGCCUUAGCAUUUGUCACAAAUUUCUUCAGGAAUAUGUUAGGCCUGUACAAAUAAUUCCCUUACAGCUUUACGAGGGUUUGUAGAAUUCCUCAAUGCAAAAACCGCUGAUCGGCCCUAAUGAAUGUACAGCAAAUGCGGCACAAAUUUCAUCUUAUUUAGGACAAAAAGGUCAGACUGUUCCCCAGCCAACUAAUUUUUUUUUUUAACCUCUUUUACUUGUAGUGUAUGUGUAUAGGGAUAAUAUAAAUUUUAAAUUUUCGUAUAAUAUGAUUAACAUUUUUUUAUUUAUUAGGUAUUUUGUUCCAGUAAUUUUUCAGUGCGAUUUUGCAUAUUUUUUAGUAUCGAUAAGUGUGGAUAACAAAUCCUAAUGUUAGCCAUAACUUUUAUAUAGAUGCAUGUUUAAGGUGAAGGGACAUUUGGGAACGUCUACUAAUUAAUAACUUACUUUGGCUAAAACUUGCUUAAAGGGACACCAGGCACCCAGAUCACUUCAUCUCAUUGAAUUGGUGUAGGUAGAAUGUUCCUUUAUGCUUCACUUAACCCUUAACCUCCCUGGUGGUAAUCCCGAGCAUGGCUCGGGGUUAAUUUUCAAUACCAAAGGCGGUACUGUAGUAUCACUUACCUUGUCCCUACUAGCCCCUGGAGUAAAAACAAUGUACUGCUUUCACAUUAAAAAAUACUUACAUAAUCAGACCGCCAAGGAGGUUAAACCUGCAUUUUAAAAAAUUGCAUUUUUUGGGGGGAAACUGCAAUGUUUAAAUUGCAGGGUUAAGGCUGCUUAUAAUGUCUUCUAGACUGCCACUAAAGGUGUUUCCUUGAUUUACAUAGUUUUGAAUGAGGACGUUCAGUGUCUUCAAAAUCCCCAUAGGAAAGCAUCGAUUCGCACAGUAGGUUCCCGGAUCGCGCUGACGUCAGAGUUGGUAUGUGUAAACAGAGUUUUUUUUUUUUGUUUUUUUUUAGCUCUCUAUUCACUGGUUGGAGGGCCUGCUGGGGCAAAGGGACACUAUAUAAUGUUAGUAAUACACCUUUAAAAAAAUAAAAUAAAAAAAUUUAAAUUAUUUUAUUCCUAACACUAUAGUGUUCCUUUAACAUGCUCGGCCUUUGAGUACUCCAAGUGAUACACAAAUAGUCAUUUAUUUGGGGCACAACGGUUCUCUUCUUGAUUUGUUAUUAAUGAGAGUUUAUUGCUGAUAUCAAGACAAGCCUAUGAAUUUAUAAACAUCAAUCUUUUUUGGCACAUACUAAGGGAAAGCUGAGUGCCUAUGGUUGCUAAGAAUGGUUUAUGAAAAUUAAAGUGACACCAUUGCAUUAGGGAUACUGUUGCGGGACCUUUUCCAAGUGUCCUGUUCCCAGAUUCAAACAACACUCAGCCCUGGAGGCUCUCUGUCCUUACCAAGACUUUUCCCCUAUUUUCUUCUCCCUGCAAGCUGGAACCGGAGAUGCAGGGGUUAAAAUCUUCUUCCCCUCCAGUACAAGGAGACCCACAGUUUGGAGGUUUACACACUGGCAUCUCACCAGGCUGAGUCACACUCUUUAAUGAUUACAGCUUCCUUUAAGCACAGACCCCCGCAGGGGAGUCUCCAUUCCACAAAAUACACUUCCCUUAGUCCCAGGCAGGAGUAGGUUGGGUUACAGAUAGCCAUCUCCCACGUUAGAAGAUACCCAGCAGUACACAGGGAUACACUCUACAUCAUAUUACAUUCAGGGGGGGUUACACUUUAAGUGGCUGGUUUUGCCACAGAUAGGAAUUGCAAUGUAGUAAUAGCAAGAUGCAUACAGGGACAUUCUGUAAGUGGCUACUGUGAAGAAACCCCCUGUUUCCAUUGUUAUUUACCCAUUGCAUUCCCUUUUUAUCUCCAUUUCUGCCUAUUGCAUUCGGUAGAUGGAACUACCGAACAAAGACCACCCCUCCGGUUAAGGAGGAAACUACCGAAUGAGGUUUAAAUAUACUUGGUUUCCUUACAGCUACGUUUGCCACAGAUACAAACAUGUAUUCCUAAUGCUAUUGUGUUCUCCUUUUUAUUUAGAUACAGGCCUUCACUAAUUCUAAAUAAAAGCAGGAUUGAAGGGUAUUCGUUACCUUUUUUUUUUUUAUAGUCCCUGCUGCCACUCUAUUUGCCUCCCACGACGUCAUAUCAGCUGUUCUAAAUGUCCAAUCUAAUGCAUGCAUUUUUAAUCUCCAAUGCUCCUGUAGGCAAGGCCAGCACUGCGUUCCUUCAGUAAAUCGGAGGAUAGCUGUGAACCGAGUUUGACUCCAUUCUAACAGUGGAAGCUCCUCUAGUAGCGAUCAGGUAUCCAUCCACUAGUGGCAUAUUGAAUCCUAAAAUUUAAGCAUCUACGUACAUACUAAACUAAAGUUGGUGUGGGUGCCUUUAGGGGUCAUUUAAUCAUUGCAUGUUUAUAAAAUUCUAUUUCCAAAAUAAGGUCAGACCUAGGGCCAUGGGCCACUGUGAAAACAGAACAUCUUUCAGCAAAAGGAGUUGAAAUUUGGUUUAUUCAGUUAACUUGAAAUUGUGGCAAAUCACAAGCAAGCAAACAAAGAAAUUGCCAAUUUCCUGACCUAGAAAAUGGGGAAUGGAUAAAUAUUAUGAUGUUAUUUCACAUUGACAGAAAAGCCCAUGAGGAAAAUGAACCCCCUAAUUUAUUCAGUAGUAUAUUCGAAAUAAUUAGUAGACAACAUUUUAUUUAGCAAAAAAACAAACCCUGAUGCACUUGAGACAAGUUUUAAGAAUAGACGUGUUCCUGUAUGGCUAGAGAAUCCUAAUGACUAGACAAAUUAAUGUGACAUCUGUGCAUGAGCCGAGAUAUACUGUCUAGGUCCAUUAGUAAUGCAGUUUGAGACCAUUUGUCAGGAAUUUUCAAUCUCCGUGUGUGCAUGCAAGAAAUGAUCUUGUCUUGUGUAGAGGGAUAGGUUUUCUUUAUUAUGUUAGAUCUGGCCAUCUUCUGUAUUUACUGCUGUCAAAUUCUCUAUUUUUGGAGAGGCAUUUCUUUUUAAGCAGUAUCUACCUUUUUGCGUUCAUUCCUAAUGUUUAUAUCUCUUUGUGACACACUGAAUCCUAUCGUAAGUUGCUCCAUUUGGUGCUGGUCUAGCUCCAAGUAUCUCCUAUGAUGAGGGACAGUCCAUCUUUUGUAUACAAACCUCCCAGUCCCUGUUUAAAGGAACACUAUUGUGUCAGGGAUACAGACAUGUAUUACUAACACCAUAGUGUUGGAAUAAAUGUUUAGGUGUCCAGCUCUCCUCUCUGCGGAAAUAAAAGGUGAAUUUACUCACCUUUUCUCCUUCGCUUCAGUUGUCCCUGCCUCCACGGCUGAGAUCAUCAACCUAUAUAUCCUAUAGGAAAGCAUUUGGAGGCUAUUGCUCGUGCAAGUCAAUUAUGCAGCGCUGUGACAAACAGCAUCUCCUUAUAAAGAUGCAUUGAAUGGGAAGCAUUUGGCGCUGAGCGUAGGUGCUGUAGGUGAUGUUUGCGUUUCUGACCCUUUAGUGUUUCUUUAAGCUGUAGUGGUUCUGGUGAUUAUAGUGUCCUUUUUGAUGCUGUACUGUCUUGUUUCUAAAAGAUCUACAUCCUUAAAGUAUUUUAGUGUGUGUAUAGAUCACUGAACUCCAGAGCAGUAAACCUCAUUAUUGUUUUUAAAUGUCUGUACUUGCAUGUUAGCAAGUACAGUGUGUGCAUGCAAGGAAUGGUGUGAUUUGGCAUUUAAAAUGGGAUAUUCAACCCUAUUAAAUCACUAUUAUUCAUUUAUGAACUAAUUGCCCAAUGACUGCACAUAUCCAUGUAUGACUGAUAUUCAACCCUAUUAAAUCACUAUUAUUCAUUUAUGAACUAAUUGCCCAAUGACUGCACAUAUCCAUGUAUGACUGAUACAAGGUGUUGGCGAUUCUUUGUAUUUUUGUUUACAGCCACUUAACUGAAAUGAACUCCCUCUGAAACAAGAUGUUUCAGUCGCACAACCAUGUUCCUAUUUAAUUGAACACAAGAACAAAAAAUAAGUUAUGCAAUUCCUAAAAAGCAAACAAGGAUGUUGAGGCUAAUUUCUAUAUUAAAUGCAUUUGAAUUCUCCAUUGUGUAUUGAUUAAUUUAAUCUGACGAGACCAUCCUCUAUCUAGAGAUACUGAAUGGUGCUUGAGGUCCAGUAAGGUUACCCAGGCAUAAGACUGAGCAAAUGUUCUUUGUAUACUAACGUAUUAUGGCGUCUUCACGGACCAUUGUUUUAAAUCUUCCUAAUUCAUCCCUCACUGGCCUGGGACAGGAGGGAUAUAUAUGACUGCUGCAGGGAGGCAUGAUGCCUUUUUUACCACAAGGGCACAGCUUGUCAUCUUACGGAUUCAUGGCGAUAUUAUAAGCAACUGGAGUGUAACGGAUUCACAAGUUUUCUGCCAGUCAACAAGGCAUUCAUCCAUAUUCAGAGCUCGGCAAUGUACACACAUGCUUUUAGGGGUCCCUUUUAGCAUUCCCCAGAAGCAAGGAAUAAUCUCUCAGAACAGCGGAACAAGAGUCCUACAUUGUAACCGUCCCACAGCAUUGUGAUUGUUUGAGGGGUGUGGAAUUGGAACAACUAGGCUACCUAGAUUGGUGUGUUGUGUUGUGAUGGUCUGUUAUACGGUUACUAUUUUAAGCAACCCCAGAACAUAUAAAAGUAUUUUGCCAUUUCCUGUUGACCUUUUGAUUAGCAUAAUGAAAAAGGUAAAAAUAAAAUAAAAAAUAUGCUCUUUAUUUUAUUUAAUUGCCUUUUCUUUUUUUUCUUUUAUGGAUGCCAAAGAAGCCAGAUUCUGUAGUUCAGUUGUAUGUGUGUGUGGGUUUUUUUCUGUUUGCUUUUUAAACAUUUUUUAUUUUCUUAUCAUAUAAUUAUGUAUGUCGAUUUUUUUUUUUUUUUAUAUAUUUUUUUUUUUAAUGUUUAUUACUUUAAAGGGUGGAGCAUUUCCCUUACUUGAAUGGGAACAUUUAGAUAUUAUUUUGACAGAGGCACUUUGGGUGUUUUUAGAGCAGCUAAAUAAUAAUUUUAUAUUGAAAUGCGUUUAGAUUGUAUAUUUGGAUUGUUUUGUUAGUCUACAUCUGAGUGGUAGGGUGUAGCAGGAAAAUGCGGGACAACAAGAACAGUGAAAACACUACUUUAAAUCCUUAGUCAUACCUCGAUAAUAAAAUCUCUUGCAAGGAGUUCAGACUUCGAGACACACCUAUUUCUCGCUUAAAAUAUGCAUUGUUGCUGUUCAAUGAAACUGUAUUUUUUUCCUGUUCAAGACCAAAGUCUAAUGGCUUUACCUUUUGCUUAACUAAUCACGCCCUUUUCAUUUAUCUGUCUUGGAUAACGCGAAAAGACUGUAUCAAGAUGUUGUGUGAUAGUUAUAAAGGAAUUUGAGCCCCAAGGGCAUAUACAAGAGCCAACAAGAAUCACGCUGCUUAGAUAAUAUUACUUGUACAUAAUAAAGUAUACAUCUCCCCCCAUUCCCUCAGACCUUGCUUGAGUAAAAUUACUUUUAAUAAAGCAGAAAAAAUUAAUUGUAAGAUCUUUUCCAUAACAAGCUAGCUGUUACUAGUCCUUGUUUGUGUUUGGUAAUACGAUAAUGUUUUAGUAAAUUUUUAGUAGAUGCCCCGGUCGCAAAUCUUUGUGUUAAAAAUGGAAUGCCAAGUUAUCAAGCUAGCUCUUCUGAGAGCUCAUCCAUAUUUAGUUAAUUCAUCUCACACUGGAAGCAUUUGAAUUCUGUGUAUUGCCAGCUAGCCUUUUUAAAGUCAUGGUCUAUAGAAUGUGAAAACCAUAAGAAUGCCACGGUCCGGGGGGGGGAAAAAAUGGUCAUCCGACAAAUCAAGUUCUGAAUCCAGGGUUGGAAAUCCAUUUUCUAUCAGUCUAAAAUGUUUCAUUGAUCUAGAGGUAGCUUUCUGAAAUUCCCUCCCUCUUUGUAUUUCAUAAGAUAAGAUAUAUUAUUUACUAUUGUUCAAUUUGAUGAGAUAAGGCAUCUUGGCACACAGCCAUGUAUUUAAUAAAUCAUACAUGCAAGCCAUUUUAAUGGAAGCAAUUCAUUUUAAAUUUAAUCGGGUACAGUAACUGGUAUAUUCGAGCUGAUAGAAAUGAAAAUAUAUCAGCAGUUCCUUUGGUUUGGAUAGAGAAUUAAAGAUAUAAGGUUUGAAUAAAUAGAACAAUUAUCGAAAUCGAUAACUGGUCUGUCUCUAAUAUCUAGUAUAACACUCUAAUAGUAGGAAUCCAUGUUUGUGUUCCUGAGCAUUCCUUUAAAGGACCACUCUAGGCACCCAGACCACUUCAGCUUAAUGAAGUGGUCUGGGUGCCAGGUCCAGCUAGGGUAAACCCAUUUUUUAAAUAAAUAUAGCAGUUUCAGAGAAACUGCUAUGUUUAUGAAUGGGUUAAUCCUUCCUCCAAUUCCUCUAGUGGCUGUCUCAUUGACAGCCGCUAGAGGCGUUUGCGUGAUUCUCACUGUGAAAAUCACAGUGAGAACACGCAAGCGUCCAUAGGAAAGCAUUAUGAAUGCUUUCCUAUGAGACCGGCUGAAUGCGCGCGCAGCUCUUGCCGCACGUGCGCAUUCAGCAAAAUGGGAGGAACGGAGGAGGAGAGCUCCCCACCCAGCUCUGGAAAAAGGUAAGUUUUAACCCCUUUCCUCUCCCCAGAGCCGGGCGGGAGGGGGUCCCUGAGGGUGGGGGCACCCUCAGGGCACUAUAGUGCCAGGAAAACGAGUAUGUUUUCCUGGCACUAUAGUGGUCCUUUAACUUUCUCUGUUCCCUCUGUAUACCCCCGUCUCCUCCCUCACACUUUGAAACAGUUGUUAAUGCUUCAUGCCCACCGUGCCCAAGAAAUCACAAUGGUCAGAAAUAUUCUAUUCAGAUAAAAAAAUUAACUAAAUAAAAAAGAUGGUUCCAGCCGGAUCAUGUGCGUUAACUUACUUUGAGAAGUAUAAUCCAUAUAGAAAUACAUUUGCAUUAUGUGGGCAUUAAUAUGAAAUUGUAUAUUAAAGGAACACUACAGUGUUAGGAAUGCAAAGCUGCACCCCGAAUCAGUAAAGGUUUAAAAACCCUUAUUCCUGCACUGGCUUCGUUACCACAUCCUCCAAUGUCAUUGCGAGGGGGAACCUAAUGUGCGUAAAUGCGCAUUAAGCGAAGGGCAGAGCUUGCUAGCGGGACGAGAUGUACGCCAUAUCUGUCGGCUCCCGCUACUCUAUUAAUCUACUGCUAAAAAGCGAUAAUACUCUGUAUCUGUUCCUGCCGACUACCAUACCAUCAAGUUCAGAUCGGCACAAUAGCCUAAAUUGUUUAAUUUUAUAUUAUGUUCACGUUACCCAUUCUUUUAUGUCAAAUACUGAUAGGUCCUUUCAGCAAAAGAUCACUACCCCAUUCUAUAGAGACACAACACUCAAACCUUUAUGGACGUUACAGACAACCUGUACACAGCACACAUGAGCGUGCUUUUAUUCUACCUCUCUUCCCCCUCCACCCCCCCAGCUACCCCCUUGGUUAGGGGCAAUUCCUAACUGUGCAUGACCAAAUUAAUUUGCUUGAUACCAUUCUCUGUGCAACCCGUGAUUCUUUAUUGUGCAUGGCGCACCACUAAAUAUAACACGGUUCACAGACCCUACUCCAUACGAACAACUAUUGAAUGAGGAUGCACUCUGGAUCAAGUGCUCCCCAGCUAGCUCCCGAAUAGGAACCUAUAUACCUUCUAUGGAGCCUCUUGCACCACUCAGGCCACACUGGCCUUCCUCUCAUCUACAAUAAUUCUACACAUAGCUCACACUUCAUGUUCAGUACACUUUUUUCAACUGUGGAAAAAUUGGCUUAUGUCACUGACAUGUUAUUGUUAUUUAUGUUUAUUAACCCAAAAAGGGUGCAAAAUCAUCACAUGCCGAGUAUCAGUAACCACAGGUAUUGAAGCCUUUUGAUUAUUUCUGCAGUCUUGGCCACAUUGGCAUUCUUUAAAUGCACUACAAAAAGAAAGAGAUUAAAAACAAAAACAAAAACAAAACGUGCAUUAAGCCGUAAUUAUAGAAAAGCAUUGACUCCAUGCUUUCCUGCUAGGUUUUCAAGACGCUGGGUGUCCUCAAAGUGUGUAAAGUCACUGGUAAUGGUAAAAUAAAAAAGCAAAAAAAAUAAAUAUAAAUUAAUAAUAAAUGGGAAAAAAAACUACCCUGGUCCUGGUCAGCCCCAGAUGCGUCUAUCAGGAAAAUGCCAUCCACCUUCUGCUGACGUCGUAGCUGAUUCAGACUCUCUCUGCACUGUGACUGUGGGAGUCACGAAAAGCCACUGGUGGGGACCCUUAACUAACAGACUCCAGUAGGCAGCUGCCUCCUAUGUCUACAGAUAAACCUGGCCCUGAAUACACAGUGGCUUGGACUCCAUUUGACCUCUUGAAAGACCAGAAAACAGACCCACAUUGCAAGUUAUAUCUAAUGUCAUGACACUGUUGCACUUGCGAGAUCAUCGUGAUCCGUCAGCGGUUGUAAUUUAUCCUCUAAAUCUUGUAUGCGGCUCAUCCUGUUAUCCUCUACUUUCUUAAUGUCUGAACUAAUUGUCUUUGAUCAGUGAGUGCAUGUAAUCUCUGCCUUGUAAGUGAGGAUAGUAACCCGCUUACUGAUCGGAAAUUCCUCUCCUCUCCAUUGUAAGCACUGAUAAAAUGAAAGGCCUCUCUUUAUACUCUACAGCAUCACUGCUAACACAUAUAACAGGAGAAAGAAAUGCUUUGAGUGCAAGCUUUUAGAAAACUGAUGUAGUCUUUGCAUUUGCACAGUUAUGUCUUUGGUUUCAUUGUUUGUUUUGCUAUGUUGAGUAUCAUCUUUUUGGGUGUUUUUGGAAUCGAAGUCCUGAAGAGUGAGCUGGCCUUUUCUUUUCUUUUUGAGAAAGUCAUAAUUUGUUUAUUGCAUCAGUCAAAAAGUUGUAGAAAUUUGUUUUUCAUAAAGAGGCCAUUUGCCCCUGCAAUUCAGUGAUCUCACUGGUGAGGGGCAGUCCCGCGUGGCAAUAGAGUAUUUAAACUGAAAUUUCUACAGGUCUUCACAAUAGUAGACCUCUUAUAACAGACAAUGAAAAGACUGGUGUAUCUGUACCAAAGCUUUAUAUGGAUAAUAUUUGAAGUCUUGUGGUGUAUGGGCACAUAAUCUAGAGCUGACUCUUUCAUUUUCCAAUUUAUUUUGUACCAUUCAAACUUGGUAAGGAGAGUGUGAGCUUAUCAGGGUAUGUGUCAGACAGGAACAAAGAAUAUGAGAACUCUGAGAACGGACAAAAGUAGUGAAACUCAGUAGUUUGCCCUUGGCCAAAUCCCUGCUCCAAAUAAUUUUUGCUCACUUGUGCCAUUACAGAGAGAACAUAGCUGAAGCAUAUCACACUGGUCCCACCCAUACGGGCAGUUCAGAUCCGAAAUGCCAGCAAGUUUCCUCUGCAUGAGAGAUACAGCAACCCCCAGACAAUAGUUUCAUACUUCAUUGGGCCUCGUCAGUGAGGUGUAGUUGAUACCCCUCUAGGCAUAGUGAGCACGGGGUCCACGUUGGAUUACUCUCUGAAAGGGACACUAUAGUCACUAGAAAAUCUACAGCUUAUUGAAUUUGUUUUGGUGAGUAGAAUCAUUACCUUCAGGCUUUUUGCUGUUAACGCUGUUUUUUCAGAGAAAAUACAGUGUUUACAUUACAGCCUAGUAAUAACUUCACUGGCCACUCCUCAGAUAGCUGUUAGAGAUCCUUCCUGGGUCAUGGCUGCCUAAAAUGCAUCCAAACAUUCAGUGUCUCCUCCCUCCUCCCUGCAUGCAGACACUGAACUUUCCUCAUAGAGAUUCAUUGAUUCAAUUCAUCUCUAUGAGGAGAUGCUGAUUGGCCAGGGUGGUGUUUGAAUCAUGCUGGCUCUGCCCCUGAUCUGCCUCUUUGUCAGUCUCAGCCAAUCCUAUGGGAAAGCCGUGUGAUUGGGUCAGGCCACCACUUCUGAUGAUGUCAGAGGAAGUUCACAGGCAGAGGCAGCAGCUUCAGACUUGAAUACAAGUAAGAUUUUACUAUCUUUAGGGAUGCCAAGGGGGCUAGAUAGUGGUUUUAAUACGAUAGGUUCAGGAAUACAUGUUUGUGUUCCUGACCCUAUAGUGCUCCUUUAACUCGUGAACUGGUGAGCUGUCAGCCAGCAUUGAAUGCACUGAUAAACCUUCUCACAUAAUGCCAGUGAGCUAUCAAUUCAACUACAUUAAACCUGUUAAUAUGACUGUGCAUAAUGACCACAACCAGCUACUCCACAAUGAUUUUACUAUCUCAGAUUUUAACUCCUGUUUUGUAAGAAAAGGGACCAGAUGACAUAGGGCACAAGUCAUGACUGUCCUUAAAGAAUCAGGACACUUGGGAGCUAUGCUUAUUUACCAAUACAUGAGACCCCAAUAAAUAUAUAUAUAUAUAUAUAUAUAUAUAUUUUUUUUUUGUACAUGUUAGAUUGCUCACAUCUCUGUUUGAAUUUAGGCAAUUCAUUUACAAAGUUCUGUAACGAUGAAGUUUCCAUAAGGUUGAUGCAAAAAAAUAAUAAAAAAUAGUGAUUUCCAAAAUUGUUGAGCUGUGAGGAAUUUUCUUUGUAACGGGCUGUCAAAGAAGUAUUAAGUCUAAUACACCGAAAUUGUUUUUACAAAAGUAAAUGUCCUUUGGCGUAUAGCUCUUUUACAUAUAUUGCCAAAUCAACAUUGUGAUGACGGUAUAAGUACCAAGCAAAAAUAUGUAACUAACAAAGCAUUCAUAAUUGAAAAUAUAGAAAUAAGUGAUACAAGUUUUCAUAAAGUGUUACCUAAUGUUAAAGAACUAAUAUUUUUUAAAUGGUUUAGAUUAUAAUAGAUUUGGGUUUAUUUUUCAAGGGACUCUCCAGUGCCAGGAAAACAAUCCAUUUUUUUGGCACUGCAGAAUCCUGCAGUGCCCCUCUCCCUCCCACCCCCCAUCCCAUGUUGCUGAAAGGGUUAAAACCCGUUCAGUGGCUUACCUGAAUCCAGCGCCGAUGCCCCUCGGUGCUGGGUAAGGCUCCGUCCACGCUCUUCCCUUUCCAUAAUCCGGCGGGGGAGACCUAAUGCGCAUGCGCAUUAGACCUCCCUAUAGGAAAGCCUUAUUCAGUGCUUUCCUAUGGGGAUUCCGGCGACACUGGAGGUCCUCAUGCAUAGCGUGAAGACAUCCUGCGUUUUUAAAAAAACACUUUUCGUGUUUUAAAAACCCGUAAGUCCCUCUUGUGGAUGUCUAAUAGACAUCCACUAGAGGAGGACUUAACCCUAUAAGGUAAUUAUUUCAGUUUAUCAAAACUGCAAUAAUUACACUUGCAGGGUUAAGGGUGAUGGGCAGAAGUGGUCUGGGUGCCUGGAGUGUCCCUUUAACUGUAACAGACUGAGCAAUGUACACAAGUGUGCUUGGUGAAUUACAGCGACAUUGUCACGCCAUACUUUUUCCCAAUCAUUUUCUCUUCACUUCCUCUUUCCUGCUGCUUCUUUCGUUUUUUUUUUUCCCCUCAUCUAUUUCUAACUAAAAACAUAAAACUAAGCAAGGACUACCUUAUCAUAUGUAUUUUUCCUAUGCCUGACACAUUUAGACGACUGGCGAACCUACCGCCGUCUUCAAGCGUCAAUCCUCCCAACUGUGGCCAGUGGGGGCUGCAGGGAAUUGGGUCUUUCUAUGGAGGAUCUUGCGUGAUCCUCAAUUUACCUCAAUGCUGUAGUCUCUCCUGUGUGCGUGAGCUGAAGAGGACCAGCUGAAAGAAGAUGGCGCCACGACCGAAGGACAGGUUCAGGUAAGUAGACCACCACCCCGGCCACCAGACCCCCAGCAGCGAUGUCACCAUCAGGUAUCUUUGCAACUUCUGCCAAGUCCCCAAAUGCUGUCAGUGCCCCUUUAAGCGGUUAGUUUUCUGGUUUAUCGUCCUACCACCGCAUGGCUGAUGACAACGCUCUUUGCAAGUUGACUUAGUCAGUUUGCUGCAUCAUUAAGUACAUUUCUGUUUUCUACCUUCAAGUGAAAUCCUGCUGGAUUUGUAAUUUUUACAGCCUGCUGACGCUGGUAUAGUAUAAGACCUACUCUCCUUUAUUCUUCGCUGAAUUAACACUUCAUUAGAAGAGGUGUCAUUACAGCAGAAUCUUGUUAAAAAGCACUCAAUGGCACCUUUUUCUAAUGCUUACUAAUUGUUUUUAUUAUAGAUUCACCACACACACCACACCCCCAAAUGGCUGCUUAUAUCAUUUAUCUAUGCAUAUAUAUUUUGUGUAUUGCUAAGCAAAUACAAGUGAUGAAUUGAAAUAAAGUAAAAGUCACAAUCCAAAUAUAACACACACACACACACACACACACACACACACACACACACACACACACACACACACACACACACACACACACACACACACACACACACCAUCUUAGAUAAUCUUAGAGAGAUCCACACAUAGUGGUAUGAUACCACAAAAAGAUCUUCUUUUCCCAUAUUUCUGAAUGUUGGGUGACUAUUUUUGAAAUCCUGCCAUUAUAGCGAUGCCUUCUGUACACUGUGGAUUAAACUCCAAGAGAGGUCUAGGUUCUGUUGGUUCAGUCACCUUGAGCAAAUUUACUAAGCCACUGUCUAGCCUCUGUCUUCUAUGACCUUGUUUCUCCACCUGUGGUACACAUAAACCAGGUGAUCACCAAAAAUCAGGUGGUAUGCCAAAAGAUGGCCACGUUACCUAAGGCAGAGGAGGCAUUGCUUACCCGGAUGGCAGGUGACUACUCUGCCCAGUGUUGGGCAGGAAGCUGUAGCCGGAUGGCGAGGAAGCUGUAAUCUCUGUGCUCUUCCAGCACUGCUCCCAUGUGCGCCCUGUUGUGAUGCUGGGUGCCAGAUUAUGAUGUCACUACACACCAUGCAUCAGUAAACCGCUUGUGAGGGAGCAGAGUAAGAAGACCAUAAAGACAAGGCUGGAUUAACAUAGGGGCUGAUGCAGCUCCAGGCCCAGGCCCAGGCCCAUGGAAUGGUUAUUUAUUUUAAUUUUAUUUACUACUCUUCACAUACUCUUUCUUAAGUAUGGAAACUUAAGAGGGAUGUAGGGGAACAAAACUGGUGUUGACUGGCUGACAAUGAAAUUAGUUAGGAUGACUUUGCGCACAAUGCAAAUGCUCUUGGUUCUUCAGUCUUUCUAACACUGUGGCAUGUCCACUUUCUUCUACAAAUAAUAUAAACACAUUUUCUCUGUCCCAGCUGAAUAACAGGAGCUUCUGCCUGCUAGUAAGAAGGUUAGGAGAGGUGUGGACCAGUGAGUGCUAGGGGACAGUCCUUAGAAAGUGUGGCGCGAGGGUAUCAUCAUGCGCAUUUAUACCAUGCUCAGGGUGCUGUCUGCAUAGUACACAACUAUGGCCCAAUGGGCUCUUAGUUGGCCAUCCUACAUGAUUUGAAGACAGCCUAACAUGCAUUCUUUUUUUUUUAGUUUUUCUUUAUUUCGUGAAGACAAGGUUUUGGGGUACAGAAGAGAAAAAGGAAGCAUUCAGUUGUUACAUGUAGGGGUUUCAUAACAUUAUGUGCAUAUGCUUAUACCUUUAUCGCUACUUUAGUUCUAGUACAUUUCCUGUUGUAGUUAACAUUGGUUCUGCUGGAUGAUCUUGGUUUAGAUCAAGUCAGAUGGUGCUAUUGUCUCUAUCUAGAACCUUAUAGGAGGUUAGGGAGCAACUGAGGGUUAUUAACUAGUCGCAUGGCUAGGAAGCUGUAGAGGGAGGGGGGGCAGAGGUGAGGGUCUAACGGGGUCCUGCCUGGUAUGGUGGUUAUUCCUUGGUUCUUUGUGCUCUGUCGUGUAUACGGUGGUUCUCCGUUCUGCAUUAUUGUCUAGACCUCUAAGUGUCUAAUCUAGGAGAGCUUAAGUGGCCUUUUCCUCUGGGGGUCUUUUCCAGAACUCUGUCCAGGGCUCCCAUCUCUGGAGAUAUUUAUGUCGUUUCCCUAUUGAUGUCCAGUGGAUGUCCUCUAAUUCUCUGGUUCGUUCUACUCUUUGUACCCACUGCUCUUUGGAUGGUGUGCUGGUAUUCCGCCAGUUUAGCGGGAUGAGGGCAUUUGCUUCCCCCAGUAGGAGGUGUAGCAACUGUUGCUUGUGGAAUUCCGCAAAUGUGCGGGGCCAGCUUAUCAGAACCUGGGAAGGGGUUAGUCGAGACGGUGGUUUCAGUAUUUUAGUUAUUUCAGAGAGUAUGAGGAGCCAGAAACCUUGUAUGUCUCGGCAGCUCCACCAAAUAUGUUCUAUAUUCCCUAGACCGUUUGAACAUCUCCAGCAUAUGUUACUGAUUGAGGGCCAGAUUGAGUGUAGUCGGGUUGGGGUCCUGUACCACCUGGUGACUCUUUUAUAGAAGGUCUCCCUAUGUGCUACACUGGUUGGGGUUUUGAUUCCCAUUUCCAUGAUCCCUGACCAGUCUUUGUCAUAGAUAUGUAUAUGUUCCUGAACUGAACUCUGGAGGUUGCGGUAAAUUUUAGAUAAGGGGCGUCGAGGGUCGCCCCCUGGGCCACAGAGGUGCUCAAAGGGUGUGUCUGCUCUCUGUUUUCAGAGGGGAAUGACGGUUCUUUUUAAGAAGGUCUUAAGUUGUGUUCUGCCUAUCACCUAAAUGAGUGUGUCAUGCCUGUGUGGUCUAUAUAGGGCCCUGACAGUGGGUGGGUCUCCCCCGAUCAGUUCAGUUAUGUCUGGGGUGGGUGCUCCCAUGAGGCGAGUAAGGAGUGGUCCCCCUCCACCUCCCUUAAAGUCAGGAUUGUCUGCUAUAGGGAAGAACCUCGACAGUCCCGGUGACAGUCCCCAUUGGUCUUUAUAUCUUCUCCAUAGUGUGAGGACGUUGUAUAUGAGUGGGUGCAGUGUCGAAGUGAGCUUUGGGAGUUGGUAUGUUUGCCACGGCAGAGUAUGUAGGGGGACUGGUGUAAAGCUCUGUUCUAGUGUGUACCACGAUUUAUUCCUUUUGGUAUCUGUCCAUUCCUUUAGUCGAGUGAGCAAUACUGCAAUCUAGUAUUUGUAUAGGUGGGGCAGCCCUUGCCCCCCGCCUGAGGUGGAGGUUAGUGUGGUGAGGGCUAUCCUUACUGGUUUGUUGCCCCAGAUGUAUUUGGUGAAAAUUGUCCGCAUCUGUCUGAAGAAUGUCUUUGGGAGGGGGAUAGGUAGGACCUGGAAGAGGUAUAAUAUUUUCGUAAGAAUCAUCAUUUUCAAAAUGCUGAUCCGUCCCAUUAGGGAGAAAUAAGGUUGAUCCCACUUUUUGGAGGUCUCGUUUAAUAUUGUCUAUGGGGGGUAGUUUAGUUUGUAUAGGCUUUUGGGUGACGUGGUGAGUCGUAUCUCCAAAUAUGUCAGUCCUGUCCGAGUCCAAGGGAAAGUAUGUCUUUGUUGAAUUAGUGUUUGCAGGGUUGGAGGUACCGCAAUCCCCAGUAUUUCGCAUUUGUCUGCAUUUAUCCUAAAGUUCGAGAGGGAUCCAAAGGUGUUAAUCUCAGUGUUUAUGUGUGGUAGUGUUUUGGUUGGGUCUGUGAACGUGAAUAGGACAUCGUCCGCAAAAGCGGAUACCUUCACCUCUCCUCCCUGAUGUCGAUAUCCCUGUAUUUUAGUGUGAGACCUGAUUGUGUUCAGGAAAGGCUCCAUGGCCAAGACAAAUAACAGGGGCGAGAGGGGGCAGCCUUGUCGAGUGCCGUUGCUUAUUGGAAACGGUGCCGAUAAGUGGCCGUUUACUCUGACACUGGCUGCGGGUCCCCUAUAGAGAGUUUGUAUCCAGUUCCUCAGUCUUGGACCCAUCCCCAAGACCUCUAGGACCGUAAAUAAGUAGGACCAGUCCACCCUGUCGAAGGCUUUUUCAACGUCAAUAGCCAUCAGUAGAGUUGGUGUUUUAGUCACCAUUGCUCCAUAAAUGACCUUUAGAAUUUUCGUGGUAUUAUCUCUAGCCUCGCGGCCAGGUACAAAGCACGCCUGGUCAGGGUGGAUUAGUUUUGGUAAAAGAGGUUUGAGCCUAUUUGCAAUCAUUUUCGCCAUUAGUUUUAGAUCUAGAUUUAUUGGUGAUAUGGGUCUAUAACUACUUUGUGGGGUCUUUGCCUGGCUUAUGAAUGAUAGUGAUAGAUGCCCGCAGCGGGAGAGGAGUUUCAUGGGUUAGGCCAUUUAAUGUUUUAAGAAAGUGAAGGGACAGUUCUUGUGUGAGUGUUCGGUAGUAUCUCGCGGUCAGUCCGUUAGGGCCGGGGCUUUUACCUUUCGGCAGUGCCUUAAUUGGCGAGUAGUUCCGUAUGUGUAAACGGUUCGUCUAAUGUGUGUGUUUGGUCAUCUGGGAUCUUGCGUGGAAGGUUUGUCGAAAUAUAUUUCCUCAGGUUGUGGGCUAACAUGCAUUCUGGUCUUCCAAUUCUUUGGGCAGACACACACCCUUUUUUGGCCAGUCCCCACCCCGCCCACCAAUAUCCUGCUUCAGCGGACACUGCUUUUAAGGGGUAUAGAUUAACGUGAAAGGUGAAAGCGAGAGAUUAGCAUAGGGUAUGUGUUUGCUGAUAGCUGCAUCCUGUGAGCUUACUUCCAGCACCACUUCCACCAUAUACAUGACGCAUGGGAGGUAUGACGGUUUUAGUGUUCUCUGUCAAUAAGAUUCUGUAAUUAGGCCCAUCAUAAAUGUCAGCGCCAGGCCCAAUAAGCUAUUAAUCUGGCCCUGCAUGAAGAUGACAGCCGCCACACUACAAUCCAGGGAAAGGAUCCCCACUGGACCACAGGAAAAAGAUCCACUCCAGCUCUCCCAAAGGCUGGGUGAACUUUAAUAAAAAUAGUAAAAAAUAAUAAUUUGUGCGUUUGUGUCAGUCUGCCAGUGUGUGUCAAAUAACUUUCAUUUGUACGUGUAUUCCUGACACUAUAGUGUUAAAACCAUUAUUUAGUAGAAUACCUAUAAUUGGUGAUGCAAGGUUUUAAGACAACUAGCAUGCAGACCAGGCUCAUUGUGCAGUGGACACUUGAAUAGGCAAAAUUACCCUGUAGGCAAUUUAGAUACACACGAGUGCCCAAAACGUUUUUAUGUUGUCACCAGAAGAAGUAGAAAUCCAGAUGUUUCAGGAUGGGUUUAACCUUUCUCCUAACUGAUGCUGCCUCACGGAUCCAGCGCUGUUGAGAUGUAUGUAGAAAAGUGUUUUUUUUAUAGUAAUUUAACCAAAUUUUGAAGCAUUGCCCUGUGUUAAAUGAUUCUGCCAUGGUAAAACGUUACUGCUGUCUAGACACUGUAGAAUGAUGUUAAUUGGGUUUGUUGCAGGCUAAUCUGUAAUUUAAAAAAAAAAAAAUGUAUUCUCUUGAUUCAAGAAUCCUCACAAAUGUAAUUGGGUGCACUUUCUUUAAUUCCUCGAAAAUAAUUCCUUGUUAAUAAAUAAUACCUUGUUUUCAGGCCAUAGUUGGCAAUGGGAAUAGAUUAUCUUUGCCUUGACAGGACACUGUGUCAUUCAGUCAUGAUGUUUUCAUUGUGUUAUUUGCAUUUUAUUUUGUGUUAAAGGGAUACUUCACUGCCCAGAGGGGCUCUGUGUAAUUGUUGCCUCUUGAGUUUAGUUCCACUGAGCUAAAUAAAUUGGGAAGUAAGAGGACUGGCAGUCUGCCUGGCAGCUGGUGGGGGUGUAACCAGGUUGAUUUAGAGGAGUGCCAAUUUGUAUUGAAAUUUUAACUUUUUGUAAAAUGGAAAAAGGGGGCAAAUGUCAAACGAAUGUUCUUCAGGCGUCCAUUAGGGGUCAGUUGACAGAGGGGGAAGCUAUAGUACCAGGAAAACAAGUUUGUUUUCUUGGCACUAUAGUUUCCCUUUAACUGUGUCCAGUGAUUUUGUUAUAAAACUGUAAUAAUGGAGCAGAAAACCUUGUAGUUAUCUAAACUACCCUAGCCAAUAAUGUCUCUUAAGAAAUGAUUGGAUAGACUUUGUAGCAAUUUUCUUCUGAUUACGUCCGUUAACUUAAUUUCAUCUUCGCGUUCUCCAGAUCCAAUGCUAAACAGGAUGGUACAUGAGGAAAAAUGGCUAUUUAUAGAAUGAAUACAGAUUUGUGGAGAAAGCCUUGUCGUCUUGGCGGAAAUCCAAGGAAGAAGGGGAAAGGAGGAAAAAAAAAAAAAAAAAGAAAAUGCUCUGUAAACAUUUACUAUGUCUACAGAAAGCUUCAUAGAUCGACAGAUAAUGGAUGACCCCUGUAAGAAAAGGCAAUCAAGCACAUGACUAGCGUCGUGUGGAAUCAUUUCUUGCAUAAUUCUGCCCUUUGGGAAAUCAAUUGAAUUUUUAAAGGAAGCUCCGAAGAACAUUAACAGUAUCUAACAAUAUUAUCAGAAUAUAGAACGCCACAGCCAAACGAUUUUAUUUAUUUUUUGGUAUUUUUUUUUUUUUUUUUACAUAUGUCUAUCUCAUCUGACUGUACUGAACAUCUAAUUGCACUUCAGUAUCUACUUAUUUAUUUAUAUUUUAUAUGAACAUGUUGAUUUUAUUUUUUAACACUUACAUUUUUAAAUCGUUAUAUGUUUAAAACAUGCACACAAAUUCACCAAUUAAUCAGUUUAAAGGGGAAUUGUCACUUAUCUGGCAAUUGCAACUCUGAAUAAAACAUAAGUCAUCGGCAGUUAUGUUAACUUUUUUUUUAGUAGGUAAAAUUGAAACCUAGUUCAUUAUUUCUUGAUCUCGCUGUAUGCUUUCCCUAUGUUGCCUGCUAGGGUCAAAGUACAGAGUUUAUUAUGAUUGUCAGAUAAAUAAGAUGGAGACACCCAUUGUUUGGAUAAAGAGGUGUUGAUUUAAUUUUAUUUUUCACACCUCACAAAUACAUAUUUGUUUAAUAUAGGAGAUAAGAAAACAUAAUAGUAAAAAUCCUGGAAAAUUACAUUUUUACAUAAGUAAAGGAACACUAUAGCGUUAGAGCCCUAGCCCUGUUCCGCGUCGAAUAAAUGGUUAAUUAACCAUUUAUUUGCUUUAAUCCAGCGCCGGGCUCCCUCGGCACUGGUGACCUCUUCUCCUCCAUCUACGUCGUUUCCCGAGUGGAGCCGAAUACGCAUGCGUGGCCAGAGACGUGCGCUCAUUCAAACCCGCCCAUAGGAAAGCAUUACUCAAUGCUUUACUGUGGGGAUCGUUUUUGACGCUUUUUUUUACUCCGUAUAAAUCACAGAAGCGGCCUCGAGUGGCUGUCAGGGAGACGGCCACUAGAGGCUGGAUUAACCCUGCAGUGUAAACAUAGCAGUUUCAGCUGCUGCAGGGUUAAAACUAGGGGGACCUGGCACCCAGACCACUUCAUUGAGCUGAAGUCGUCUGGGUGCCUAUAGUGGUCCUUUAAUUGAUUUUUAAAAAGUUCUGUAUGUUUCCUCCUAUCUAAUGGUGACUUUUUAAGAUGAUCUAGUUUUGUUGCCGCUGUGCAUCCUUGAACUGCUGGCUUUAAAGGAUUUAGAUUGGUGCCCAGUUUUGCAAAGUCACAAUUUGUAGCAAAAAUCUAGUACAUUAAUUUAUGGGUUAUUAUUUAUUUAUUUUUAUUUGAAAACAUCAGUUGUGAAGGAUAUCGCAAUUUGGUUCAUUGAUAGCACAAAAAUAAGCUUGAGACUGUGAGAAUCAGGAUGGGGGGCAUGACCUGCGAGGGGUUGGCACCACUGACACAACUCACGUCAGUGGCGAAAAACCAUAAUAAGCAGCUCGACUGAAGGGGUAUUGCAGUCUGACUGUCCCCUACGUGCAGGACCAUGCAGAGAGAGCAUAUUAAAUGAUGUGCUUGCAUAGUGGUGCUUGAUGACCUUGGUUUCCCCAGAAACUAGGACAUUGAGAAAGGACCCCAAAAUCAGGCAGAAACUGGGAAUGUUGGGAGGCCUCCUGUUGCUGUUUGUCAUGCUGAUCCUAUAGCAAAGAAAGGGUUUGAUUGUAGACACUAAGGGGAAGAUUUAUCAAGGCAACUGGAUGCUAUUCAGAAUGCAAAGUGCUGAAUGUUGAAAGUCAUUCUAAACUGUUGAAAGUUAUCUUUAUUUAACACUUUGCCACAGAAUAGCCAGUUUUAAUUUGGUAACUUUUUUCCCUUAAAUCUGCAUCUCUAGCUCAAGCAGAAAUAUUAUCUGAGUCGGCAUACUAAUUCGAAUUCGAUAUGUAAAAAUCCUUCUUUGGGACAUUUUGUUUUGUAAUAUCUUUAUUCAAAAUACUGUAUUGUCUUUAAAACAGAAAACUUUGUAUCUCCAUCACAAGUGGCGUCUCUGACCAUAUGCAUAUAAGUGAUGUCAUCACCAUUUGUUUUGUUUGUAAGUUAAGUUGAGUUACACCACAUAAUUGCUCCCUACACGACUGUGUGUUUAAAGGUUAAUUGGGCUAUAAACCUCUUUAUCAGAACCAGUCUGUUGGAAUAUUUCAUGACCGAAAACAAUUCUCUAAUCUUCAGAGAUAGCCUUGCUUGUAUAGUGUUUUGCAUUUAAAGAGCAUGUUGAUUAAAAUGUUCAUGUUUCACAUCAUGUCUACAUGCUGAUGGUAGAAAAACACAUUUAACCCCUUAAGGGCCAAACUUCUGGAAUAAAAGGGAAUCAUGACAUGUCACACAUGUCAUUUGUCCUUAAGAGGUUAAAGGGACCUUUGAAUUGAUUCCUUGUGGCAUUACAAAACCAUGCACAUUUAUUAAAUACGUAAUAAUUAUUGGGAAAAAAUAUGUUCACUUAUGGAUUUCCAUAAGUUGAUGUAAAUCUUCAGCUUAUUCAGGAUAGAGGAAGUGGCUGAUUUUGGAAUUACUACUUGUGUUGUCUUAAUUGAAAACGCAUUUCAUCUCUCAGAAACCUCUGCACCAUGGACAAUGCUGCUCUAAAGAGUUAUGGGAAAUGUACAACUCUGUGUUUAAUUUGUCUUAUUGUCUCGUUCCCUCUUGAACACAUAGAGAGUGAAAGAGGAUCCAUACUUUAUCAUAGCUAUUUACUAAAGUGUGAAUUCAUAUAGAAUUUUGAAUGGAAGAUGUAUUCCUAACACUAACUUGUUCCUCAGCCCCUGUGGCCCUCUCCCAGCAAUGUAAAGGGUUAAAGAACGUUUUCUUCACUUUUCUGAUUCCAGUGCCGAGGUCCGCCUCUUUUGUCGUCAUCCGAUUGGGUGGACCUAAUGCGCACGCGCAUUGCCCAUUGGGGUACAUCAAAAAAUAGUCACAAAGGCUGCUGAUCUCUUGUCUGCUGCACUUGCAAGCUCUCCUGUUCUUCAUAGUCCAGACUUUAAAAAAAAAAUAAAAAAAUUGUGUGGGGCUUUCCAAGGUGCUCUUAGCAACUGCCUGCCUUUUGAGUCUAGCUCCACUGAGCUAAACAAACAGGAAGUAACAGGACCUGUUGUCAAACUGACGGCUAGGGGGGAUGUAGCAAGGUGAAUAGUUUAUAUAAAGUUGCCUGGGGUGACCCUUUGUCAUGGCUCCCUGCUCCUCUGCCGGCGUGGCUGCACAAAAACUAAAAAGCCACGCCGACAGAGAUAUUUCUGACUUACCUUGGUCCCAGCUGCCUGGUCUCCCUCAGUUCCGGUUCCCAGCGGGUGCGACGUUCUUGGGAAUGCCAGCCACUGCGGUUCUGACUUUUAUAAGAAACUUUCCUUCACCCACAUCAAAGAUGGCGCCAACGUGCAUGCGACGUCACGUCAUAGACGCACAUGCACAUUUUGGAGUCAGAGGUCAUAGAAAGCCAAUUACAGCCUAAGGAGGGUUAUUUAAACACAAGAUACCUUUUUUUCAGUGCCCUGUCGUGGUUUCCACUAGCUGGUUAUCCGAGAGUGUGUUCCUGAUUGUGUUUUUCUGGUAUUUGACUUUGGCUUUGUUUUGACUUCACUGAUAUCUGGUAUCCUUGACUUCUGGCUUUCCUCAUCAUUGUGUCUCAUUCUGUGUCCCUGACCUCGGCAAGUAUUUUGACUACAUUCAGGUACGUUAAGUCCGGCCAUUCUAAGGUCCAGUUCGGCGUUAUCCUUAGUCUUAGGUGUGAUACUAUUCUGCGUGCUGGAUCAACUAUAAUCCUGACACCCUUUAAUGUCAGAAGUUUAAAUUGGAUUCUGAAAGAUAACGGAAGUCAAUGUAAAGACUGGAAGAUGGGUGAGGUGUGAGAGGGGUGACCUAGAUAAGCCUGGCAGCAGCAUUCAUAAAAUAUUGGAGUGGGGCUGUAUGGGUAUGAAUAUGGGGAAGGCCAAUGAGGAGUGAGUUGCAAGACUUGAAAUGAUGAGAGUAUGAACAAGUGCUUUAGUAGCAUAUUGUGAUGAAUGGGAGCAAAUAGAUGGAAGUUACAUGAUUGUAAGAGUUUGGGGUGAAUGGGCUCAAAAUGCAGGGAGAAUGCACCCAGUCAGCCUCACCGCUGCCCGAUGGCAUCUCGCAUUUCCUGAAACUGAAAUUUCAGAAGCCGGUUGCCACCUUGGAGUUGAGAUUGGCACUGGAGGCAACUUUGGGGCAAAACCGUUCAAGAACUGUUUAACCACUGAUGGUAAGAGUGCACCCGGGAGCCUUCGGGCACUAUAACAACUUAAUGUUAACCACCCAUUACAUUUGCUUGCUAAUCCACAAAUAUACCGUAUAUACUCGAGUAUAAGCCGAGUUUUUCAGCACAUUUUUUGUGCUGAAAAACCCCAACUCUGCUUAUACUCGAGUCAGUCUGUAUUAUGGCAACUUACAUUGCCACAAUACAGACCAGGACCUGUUGGGGGCUGACAGUGAGCUGUUACUUACCUUCCUGCAGCUCCUGUCAGCUCCCUCCUCCUCCGUGCAGCUCCUCGGUCAGCUCUGUUCUGCUCACAGUGUAAACAGAACAGAGCUGACCGAGGAGCUGCACGGAGGAGGAGGGAGCUGACAGGAGCUGCAGGAAGGUAAGUAACAGCUCACUGCCAGCCAAUGCCACUGGACCACCAGGGAUUCAAUAUUAUUAUAUUUUAAUAAUAAUAAAAUAUUAUUAAAAUUAUAUUAUUAUUAUUAUUUUAAUAUUUUCAUUAUUUUUUUUAAAAUGUUUUUUUUUCCCCCCCUCACUGCUUGUUGCCUGGUCAGAGAGGGGGGACAAAAAACAUUUUUAAAAAAAUAAUGCAAAUAUUAAAAUAAUAUUAUUAUUUUAAUAUUAUAUUAUUUUAUUAUUAUUAUUUUAAUAUUUGCAUUAUUUUUUUUAUUUUUUUUAAAUUGUCCCCCCUCCCUGCUUGUUGCCUGGCCCGGGAGGGGGGACAAAAAACAUUAAAAAAAAAAAUAAUGCAAAUAUUAAAAUAAUAAUAUAAUGAUAAAAUAAUAUUAUUUUAAUAUUAUUUUAUUAUUAUUUUAAUAUUUGCAUUAUUUUUUUUUUAAAUGUUUUUUGUCCCCCCUCCCUGACCAGGCAACAAGCAGGGAGGGGGGACAAAAAAUUAAAAAAAAAAAAAAUGCAAAUAUUUAAAAUAUUAUUAAAAUAAUAUAAUAAUAUUAAAAUAAUAUAAUAAAAUUUAAAUAAAAUACCCUCCCCUCAUCCAGUUUACACACACUGCAUUAUAUACACACUGCAUUAUAUACACACACGCAAACACACACUCUGCAUUUAUUAUAUACACACACAAACACACACUCUGCAUUCAUUCUAUACACACACUGUAAAUAAAUAUUCAAUUAAUGUAAUUUUAUUGGGAUCUAAUUUAAUUUAGAAAUUUACCAGUAGCUGCUGCAUUUCCCACCCUAGGCUUAUACUCGAGUCAAUAAGUUUUCCCAGUUUUUUGUGGUAAAAUUAGGGGCCUCGGCUUAUAUUCGGGUCGGCUUAUACUCGAGUAUAUACGGUACCCAUUCUCAUUCCCUUUGCUCCGCCAAUGACCUUCUCUUGUUCUCUGUUAAAACUAACCUCUACUAACUCUGGUCUACAGGACUUCUCAAGGGGUGCACAUAUUCUGUGAAAUGCUUUACCCAGUUCUGUUAGACUUUCUCCUAGCCUCCAGUGCUUUCAUAAAGCACUAGAAACACAUAUUUUUAGCAAUGCUUACCAUCUUCCCCAGUAACUUUCUCUCAUCAUAAGAGUCCCCCCAAGCCACAGGUAUAGCCUAUGCUUCCACUGUCCACUCAGCUUUAUCUCUCCUUCCAUUUUAAAUUCCCUCUAUUCACUUCUCUCUGACUAUUUACUAAACACAAAAUAUUAUAUUCAUCAUCAUCUCUUCCCCUACCCUCGUUUUUUCCUUCCUUUUCUUUUCUCCUACAUUGUGAUCUUGUUUUUGGACAUUGCUCUCCUCACCUCUUGUCUAUGUCAACCCUAUAUUGUAUGGCAAUACUUGUUUAAUAUCCCCAACGUAUUAUCAAGUGAUGUGGAAUAUCUUGGUGCUGUAUAAAUGAUAAUAAAAGCAUUCGGAUGUGGACGAAAAACUUGUUGUUGCUACAUUGGACAUAAACUGGGCACCUUUCCAUUAGUCUUUCUAUUUUUAAAAAUAACCCAGCACUUCCCAAGUUCAAGAAUUUUGAAAUUUAGAAAUUUUCCGAAAACCCAGCAGGGCUUUGUUACAGAAAGCCUCUGAGUGAAGAAAGCCAUUAUUAAAAGAUCUUGUAUUACUCCCCUUUAUUAAAAAAGUACACAUACCAAUCUUUUAAGUAAAGGGUAACCCACCCCUACAACAUGCUCAUUUUAAAGAAAAUAAGAUUUAAUCUAUACAUUGUACUAGCAGUUUUGCUAGCAAAUGUACAGAUUGAGGGAAACAUUUCUUUAAAAAUAGUUUUUGUUUUUAUACCACUUUUCAGUCAAGUCUUCAGCUUAGACUCUGAGUUUUUGACUGACGAGAGAGCAGAGAGAUCAACAGUAGUGUCCUUCUGCCCUCCGAAGCAUAGCAAACACAGCACAUGCACUGCAGUUGCUAUGGAAACACCCUAGCUGAACCUGGUUGCGCUGGCUGGGGAGUAUAUGAACAGAGUGACUGAUGUCAAGAUGUCACUCUGUUUAGACGCCAACAUGCUGGCAACGUCACACAGGAGGCUUGCCCUGUUUAUGGAUGUGUCCCCAAGCAGGGCUAAAUAAAUAAAGGAUCUGCCGGAUACUGGACGGACCGGAGGUAGGUUGUUACAUGACAAUCUUUGUGAUAUAUGAUGUAUUAAGAGUGGACGGGGCGGGGGAGAUUUAAAUGAAGUCCAAAAUUGCACUGCAGGUUCACUGUAAAGGACCAUCCCAAGCAACAGAGACAACUAGGCUCCUAGUUUUAGAUUAGGACGCAAGGAGAUCCUCUGUCCCUGUAUGUCUAUUUUGCAAAACUCCCCAAAGCUACAAGCCAAUCUUCUCACUAAAUGUAUCACAAGUGGAAGUUUUCAGGUUUGUGUGUCAUGUCUACAGAUUUGUGUUUGUCCUCAAUAAUGGUGCUGUAUGUAAAAUGAUAGCAGUUGUGGCUGCUGUCCGUUUAGGCAUAAGUUUAAUUCUUCUUUUUCCGAUGACUAGAUCUGAUGCUGAAUUGCAUGAGUGUUCAAGGGAUAUAUUCAGCAUUCCCUUAGAAAAUGAUAGAAGGGCUAGGAUUGCUGUCUGGAUAUUUUAGUUUUUGUGUUUUUUUGUUUAACAUUAUAUAAUGUAUAACAAAACUGGGGUUGACUAGGAGUGUUCUUUUAAAGAAGCUUGCACCACACCUAAAUCCAAUUUUACGGCUUCUCUCUCAGCUAUAAUGAGGAAUAGAGUGUUGCUUCAUUGUCCAACCUCAUGUGUGGAACAAAUUACGUCACUUGCUUCUCUCCUAGAGAAAAGUAAUCUCUGCUGCACCUUCAAUGACCAUCAUGUGCGAAACCGAAUAGAUUUUUUUUUUCUCCAAAGGAGCAUUUUGUAAGAUCUUGUAUGUAAUUUAUUUCAGCUAAAGAGGCUCCGUCACUGAAACCGUGUUUGCAGUUUGAUUUCUACAAAAGCUCCGUAUACGAAUAUAUGCCAAGUGGGGGUUUAUGGGAUAUGUUCACUUGUGCAUUUAAAAAAAAAGUGUGUGUGUGUGUGUGUGUGUGUGUGUGUGUGUGUGUAUAUAUAUAUAUAUAUAUAUAUAUAUAUAUAUAUAUAUAUAUAUAUAAUGCUACUGGACUAACACAGCUAAUAUACACACACACAUAUACAUACACAAAUGGGUUGGCUAGAUAUGUCUAAAAGGCGCAAAGAACUUGAGAAUUCACAUAAGUUGCAGAAUAAAAGGACCGUCUAAAUCCCCUAAUAUUGUAAUAUUCUAAUAUAUGUCUUAUGCUAACUGGAGUUGAAAAAAUAAUUGGGUUAAAGUAGAUCAGUAGUAGUUUAAAGUAGAUCAUACCCGUAGCACCUCUAGCUUUCCCUAUGAACCUUGUGAACUUGCAUUGAUGAAAAGCACAUGUGUAUAACAAGACGGCUCAUCCAGUGUCACACAAGUUGGAGUGUGACAAAGUACUAGGCACUCAAAAAAGACUGGACAAGCCUCGUGGUUUGUCAAAGGCAACUUUUAGCCAAAACAUUUCUGUUUAGUGAUCUGUAUUAAUGUUGAUCCUGUUUUGCUUACCCAGGACUCUAAAAGGUUCAUUUCAUGCAUAACCAAUACGAGCGUGUUUGUUAAAGGGACACUAUAGUCACCAAAACAACUUUAGCCUAAUGAAGCAGUUUUGGUGUAUAGAUCAUGCCCCUGCAGUUUCACUGCUCAUUUCUCUGCAUUUAGGAGUUAGAUCACUUUGUUGAUGCAGCCUUAGCCACACCUUUUUGCGUGUAAUGGGCACAGCCUUCCUAAACACUUCCUGUAAAGUAAGAUCUAAUGUUUAGACUUCCUCUAUUGCACGGUUUGCUUUAAUUUUGAAAGCUGUUGGGCACUCCUGGCACCAUAAUCAUUACAACAUGCUGUAUUUGUUAUGCUGCUUGCUGUGUUACUUUAACAUGCUCUACAAUGGUCUAUCCUUUCAUGAUUCACAUUCUACCCUGCACAUGAGGCAUACAGUGACCAAUUUUGAAACAGGAUGGGGUGAGACAGAACACUGAGAGAGCUUCCCUUGUGCAAUAUAAAUUCAUCACCAACAUAUUUUGCAACACUGUACAAAACUAGUCUUUUGCAAACCUUAUUAUAACAUUUCUUAUUACAGUGCCGUUAAGCUAGGUACUAUAACCAUGAACCUGUUUUCCCAUCAAGAAUUUGUGACAUAGCUGGAUACACUUAACAGAGGGCAUUGCAAAAUAAAUAGUCAUGAAUUAGAUGUUUCCAUAACAACGUAUAUUGGCAGCAUCUUGAAAGCAGAAUGUAUACUGAUUUUAGCUACCAAGGCCUGCGUCACUGUGUGGGUGCGACAGUACUUUGCUAUAAAUGCAAAGACAGCUGGGAGUUUUUUUUUUUUUUUCUAAGAACACAUUUGCAUGUUGUGACUAAAUAUAAUAGUCACUUGUGUUUGUAGAACUGUGCAAAUAUCACCAUUUUAGGAAUUAAAAAAAAAAAAAAAAAGUAUAAAUAUGUUUAUAUGAUCCAUGGACAUAAUUUGUUCAUUGUUUUAUUUAUAUCUAUUUGUGUAGACAUGAUACAAAGUAUCAAUAAAAAAUAUAUAUUACUCUAGGUAAUCUAAUUUGUUUUUUUCUUGCUCUGGAAUUUUUUUUUUCUUUAUUUUACUGGAGUUAUGAUUGAAACAAAUGAUUACUUUUUAUCAAGUAUAAUAAAAAGACAAAACAAAACAGCAUAGUGUGCUGAAUAAACCCAAAUGAUUUUAGCUUCUCGUUAUCAAUGAUUGAUGUUAUCUUACCGAGCUGUUCAAUCAACUGGAAUUGAGAAGGAAUAUGUAAAUUCUGUGAGCUACCUCACAGGAUCUUUCAUCCUCGAGGCCAGUGGUUGAGAGAAGGCCAGGAUUUCAGAUAAAAAAAAAGUCUGUGCCAAAGAUUAUAGACUGAAAGGGAAUCUAUAGGCACCCAGACCAUUUCAUCUCCAUGAAGUGGUGUGGGUGCCAUGUCCCUCAGGUUUUAACCAUGUAAGUGAAAUCAUUGCUGGGUUGAAAUGCCUUUAGUGGCUGUUUCCAUUACAGCCACUAGAGGCGUUUCUGCCCCAUAACAGAGUUCAGUUUGGCUAUUUAAUCAGAUGGAUUCAUAGAGACCACUUGAUUGGCGCAGCAUGGUGUUAUACCACACAUGCGCACUAGCCUAACAAGACUGGCUCAACGAGGGCUAAAAGGGAGUAAUAGUAAUACCUUUCAAACCCUCACACAGCAGGAUGGGGGUGAUACCAUAUUAGUUGGGUUAAAACUAGUCUUGGGAAUCCAUGUCUGUAUCUCUAAUGCUAUAGUGUUAGGAAUAUAAAUUUCCCUUUUACCCUUACACUCCUCUUCCAACCUUAUUCUAGCAUCAAGGUCCCUCAGCGUUAGCUCCGUCUUUGCCUCCUCUGAUGCCAUUGCGAGGGGGAAUCUUGUGUGCAGGGAGCGCCAUGUGCAUUAGGCCUUCCCCAUAGGAAAGAAUUGAAUCCAUGCUUUCCUAUUGGGAUUUAAAAGACACUGGAUGUCCUCUACAAAGCCUGGGGACCUCCAGCGUUGUUUGACAGAGGAUUAAACUCUGAUAAACAGCAGGAUGUUCCUCUGGUGGCUGUCUGGCAGUUUCUCUAAAAUUGCAAUUUUUGCAGCUGCAAAGUAGGGGGGUAGGGACAGUGCGCCCAGACCACUUCACUGAGAUAAAUUGGUCUGGGUACCUAUUUUGUCCCUUUUUACUUCUUAAGGUAUGAUGUUUUAUUUACAGGUAAAGAUGACUGGAAAGUGCUCACGCAAGUGAAUGGAGGCCACCAGCAAAUAAUUAGGUCCUAGGUGUGUGAUUGAAAAGGACGUAGGAUUGCAAAACAGUUUUUUGUUUUUUUCUUGUUUUUUUUUCUAUAUCUAUUUUAUUGAAAAAAUCUUGCAUCUGGCAUCAUUCUGUGCCUUGGGCAGUGCACUUGCAUUUUAAUGAAACACUACUGGAGUUUCUCUUGGUCUCCCUGGAAGGAGGAUUCUUAAUCAAUAAAUUUACAGCUUUGUAUGUCCUAUGAAUUUUCUCGUGUCCCUUUAAGAAGAUUCAGAAAAGUUGAUUUUUCAAGCAUUAGCAUGCAGUAUCAGAUUGUAUCAAACAGGUUCUGAAAUUCCAGCUGUAUUUGUGAAGUAUCAGCAAAGUAUACCACAGAUUUACCAGGUCUUUUUCUCCUCUUCCCUUUAACAUUUUUAAAGGGAUGCCAAAGUCACCCAGACUAUUUCAUUUCAAUGAAGUGGUCUGGGAGCUUUUAAAAACAUUGCAGUGUUUUGAAUACACGUGUUCUGGUACACAACCAUCUUUUUUGUAUUUUUUUCUUUUUUUUUUUUAUAAGAAUUUCUCAUUGCAUUAACCACCUUUUUGAGAAGUUAAACCUUUUAAAGUUCCAACUUGUCAAUUUCAUUGGAAUUUUUCUAUAGCCAAUUCAUUCCAAAUAAUUGUAUAUCUCUUGUGUAUCCAAUAAUGGUCACCGGCUUAUUGUGUGUGUGUGUCAUACAAGAUCGGGUGCACUCAUUCACUAAACUCAAAGCUCACAAGGUUUCUGGUGGGUUUUUUGGUUUGUUUUUUGUGGAAACCUCACCUAGCCAAACAUAAUGGGGGUUUAGUUACAGUAUAUGAUCAUAAGCCUGCCACAACUUCAAUGAACCCCAUUCUUAGCAGGUCCUAUUCUAGCAAACAAAUGGCUGCUCUUAUUCCUAUUAUUAUUUCAUCUAAGGCAAAGAAAAUGUUUUUUUACAGUAAGAGCAAUAAGGAUAUGGAAUUCUCUGCCUGACAAGGUGGUUUUAUCAGAGUCUAUACAGAUGUUUAAACUGCAAUUGGAUAAAUACUUGCUAAAACAUAACAUACAGAUAUAUAUUUUCUAAUUAGUGGGGUAAUAGCUGCUUGAUCCAAGGAGACAUCUGACUGCCAUUUUGGGGUCAUUAAGGAAUUUUUUCCUAGUUUGUUGCAAAAUUGGAAGCACUUCAGACUAGUUUUUUUUGCCUUCUAUAGCGAUCAACAGCAAAAACAUAUGUGAGGAAGGCUGAACUUGAUGGACGCAAGUCUCUUUUCAGCUAUGUAACUAUUCAAUUAAUCCACUGAUUGGGAAAACCUUCCUCUUGGGGCUCUUUUGCAGGACAAGGUUAAACAGGGCCGUGAAAUGAGGCACCUGUAACAAGGAGGGUUACCAAACCAGGGAGUUGGCCCGGACUUCCAAAUAUAAUUACAUAUGAAACCAAAAGUUAUUAUAUAGAGGACCAAGUAUUAUGGGAAAACCAUACCAUCAAAAUGUUCAGAGUUCAUUGUAAUAAACCAUAAGACAGAAGGCCAAGUUUUUUUUAAAUUCCCCCUAGAACCCUGAAAUUGUAUUAUUUUUUGCCGUUCUGUAUAGUUCAUGUUACAUGAUUUUGUUAGCUUUUUGGAGUGCAUGGGUUAAUGCUUAGGAUAGGGUUUAAUGGUUAAAGUGAUAGCAUAGUAUAGUGUGUUUGAGUGGUACAGGAAUUAAGAAAGAUGUUAUGGUAAAAUCAGCACUAGGACAUAAACAUCACAGUGCUGCCUGAAAUUAGUAGGAGUUAGAGAGCCAGGGGGCUGCUACUUCAACAUCUGUCAUUAUAAAGCUAACUGUAACUCCCACGAAUCUCAAGCGGAUUAGGGACCCCAAACUGCUCCGAUACGAUUAAUGCAUUAUUAAAAUAAAUUGCACUGAUGACCUCAUGGUACUCAAAACGUGAUCUGCACGUUAUAUCAAAUAAUAUGUCAUGUAAAAUAUAUGAAAGGGAGAGAGGAUUUUGUUCAUGGUCGGGUAAGCCCAUCACAUGGGGGAUUAAUUAGAGCAAGGAAGCUGAGCUACAGACCUAUUAACGCACAAGGAGUUGGAAUACAUUCCAGUAUAUAAGUGAAGGCUGGGAUUUUUACUGAUGUGACCUACUGUAAAACACAAUCUGCGCCUCUGAGACCAUGAGUCUGUCACAAGCUUCAAUCGAGUUUAUUCAAUACAUGUCAUCCAUACCCUGAGGGGGAGAACAGAGUCGAUUAUCCUGACUGAUAACUGGUUGAUAUGUGGCAUAUUGUUAAAAUGUCAUGACACAUGAAAAAUUGGCUUCUAAUUUCCAUUUUGUAGAAAUAUUGCAUUUUUCUGCAUAACUCCCAGUAUACUUACUACUGCAUUUUCAUUUUUUUUUUUUUGUUACUGUGUAUCGAACAUGAGCUCUUCAAAUCUUUGUUCCAACAAACCCACUCCAAUCCUCUAUACAUAACUAAAUGUUUCACUUGGGUUUCUUUAGACUGGGGUUGUACAAACAAUAGGCCAGUAAAAAAAAAAAAAUAGUAUGGCACCAGGUCAUGAUACCCUCCUAAAUUUUACAAUGUUUGUCCUCUCCUCCACCUUGGUGCAUCUAGCCCCUGGGUGCCCUGCAUAGGCGUGCACACGGGGUGUGCUGGGUGUGCGUGGGCACUCCCUAAUAAUCAAGCCUCAAAAUUGAGGCUCCGUGCUGCUAUGCUAUUUAAAAAAAAAAAUAGUAUGCCGCCAUUAGGCAGGUACCGCGGGGAUGGCAAUUCGCAAUGAGAGGAUGCGAGUGUCGCUUUGCCUUUAAGAUGCUUGGUUGACGCUCAGAUCUCGCGAGAGUGAACUCUCUCCCCACAGGGGCUAGAGUUUACUCUCCACUGGACCACCAGGGAAAGCAGCAGGAACAAGAAUCCCCCCUCCCUACAUAAGGUAAGAAGGGAGGGAGGAUAUUAAGUAAUGUACCCCCACCUCCACCCCCACACAGCACCUGCACACACAGACAGCACGCACACAUACAGCACCCACACACAUACAGCACCCUCAAACACACAGCACAGAAACAGCACCCUCACACACACACACAAACACCCUCACACACACACAGCACCCUUAAACCACCCUCACACAGCACACAAACACACAGCAGUGUGUGUGUGUGUUUAUGUAUAUAUAUAUAUAUAUAUAUAUAUAUAUAUAUAUAUAUAUAUAUAUAUAUAUACAUACAUAUACACGCAGCGUGUGUUUGUGCUGUAGGGUGCACACCCUAAUGCAAUAGGCUGUGCACGCCUGUGUGUGUGUGUAUGUAUAUAUAUAUAUAAUAUAUAUAAAUUCUAUAUGUAAACAGCUGCACUCAUGUCUUUCAAUAAAAAAUUACUUUUAUUGCAAAAUGAUUAAAAUCAGGAUGAAUGUUUCAGUCCCAAAUAGGGACUUUCUUCAGGAUCAUACUUAUACACAUAACAGACAAUGUGAGUGUAUAUAUAGGAAAGAUAAAUUAGGUUAUUCACUUUACCCCAGGUGCAAAGUGUUCAGACCGGCGUCCUGACGGAUUCCGUGCACAUGCUCAAGAUGACUCCACCCCUAAUUGUGACGUCAUGAUGCCGUCGUCGUUGUUAUAGCGAUGCGGCUUGUUAGGUGUCACUAUGGGAACGUGUACAUUAAACAGUGAUCGCCCGGUGCCGGGUUAAACCAUUGUAAAAGAUAGAUAAGUGAAAGUAUGAUACUAAGUGCAAAUUCAGUGCAGUAUCUAGGAAAUCCUAUACAAUCAAAAAGAUUACAUCAUUGCUGUGUUUCAAGUCAAAGUGCAAGCAUGCAAAUUAGGCUUUUACUGUUAGUUAAAGUGCUUGUGAGAACAAAUGAAAAAUGCAAAGUGGGAGUGUCGCAGUGAAUGUGAAAAUGGUAAAGUGCAAUGCUUCUGAGUGUUUAAACCAACAGUGCUAACUACAAUACUAUAAAACGGAUAACUACAAUAUUACACAGCAUUAAAAAGCAUCAGUAGGGUGCACCCGGCCACUUUAUUUAUUUACAGCCUGAGUGCAAGGAAUCCUAGCCUUGUGUGUGUGUGUGUAUGUAUAUGUAUAUAUAUAUAUAUAUAUAUAUAUGUGUGUGUGUGUGUUUAUAUAUUUGUGCUCGGAAUUUAUCUAAUAUGUAAUGGGAUGUAGAAGGAGAAGCAAAGUUGGUUGAGGUGAGCUGAAACCAACGUACGAGUAGGCCUGUAAAAGAGGGCCCACAAAAGUGAAUUGUUAAUAUAGAUGGGUGUAGGUGGGUGGGGACAAACAGCUUGCAUGAUAAAGGUAAGUGGGGGGGUCGGGUUUAUAAAGGAUCAUAACUCCUCCCACAAAUUCAGGCCAAAUGGCCUUCCAACUUGUGCUCGGAAUUUAUCUAAUAUGUAAUGGGAUGUAGAAGGAGAAGCAAAGUUGGUUGAGGUGUGCCGAAACCAACGUACGAGUAGGCCUGUAAAAGAGGGCAAAAGAGGAUCAAAGAAAACACACUUUAUGCAAGUUUAUACAGCGUGGGUCAUCUGGGUCAUCUUUGGACCAGCAAGGCAGUGGAAUGCUGCUCUGACGACUCCUCAGCCUGCGAUUUCAUUAGCAAGGGCGGUCAUACUCACCGCCACUGUGGCUGAUUCGCAGGCUGAUUUGGCAGACAGCAACCCUGAAAGCUUGUGAGGAACUUUUACUCUGAUUGAGAUAUAUAUGUAACUGCGCUGAGGAUUGCCCGUGGCCCCAACACUUAGGAGAAAGAGGCAAAAAAUAACCAUAUUUAACUGCAAAAGUCUUAAUUCAAGCAAACUCUAAUUGUGACAUGUACAAUAUACAAGGCCCUGGCGUGAGUGAUAGAGUAGUCGUGAAACUGCGUGAUCGAGGGUACCUGUAUAUGGUGUAAUUGUGUGCUUAGUCCAAGAUUAGCUCAUGGAAUGGUGGUAUCCCCGAUGAUAUGUAGUGGAUCAUAGGGAGUGCCUGAAAGAAGACCCCCUGUACAACGUAUACUCACAGAUCUGGAUACACAAUGCUCGUAUGAGAAAGGAUUAAAAACAUUAUUCCAACCUAAUCAUACUUCCUUGGAAACAUGGGAUAUGUGGGACUCAUGGAGAUCGCGUAAUAUGUGAAUGUACCUAUAACUGUGAAUGUACCUAUAAAUAACUGUGUAUGCACCUGUCGGGUGCAGGCGAUUGUACUUACCUGGUGGGCGACAAUCCGCAUUCAGCAAACCACCGGGAGGACACGGAGAGAGAGAGCUAGAAGUAAUUAUUAUUAGGUCUCCCCAUAGGGACACGCUAAGUGUACGACCGCAGUACUUUGUCCCAUAGAGGAAGCAGAACAUACUGUUUGAUAGGUAUAGAAUGUGUACGACAUGUAUAUAUUGUGUAUAUUGUAUAUAUUUUAAUUGCCAGUUGUAUGACAGUGGAUACAGUGCAUUGAUGGAAUCUAUUUUUUACCUUCCCCCCCCCCCGCUCGAAAACAAUAAAAAUUGUCAAAUUUAAAAAAAAAAAAAAAAUGAGAGCGUGUGAGAGUGUCAGCGGCUGUGUAGUGGACACCAGGAAUGUAAAUGUAGACCAGAAAGAGCUGAGGGGUUGCUAUCUGCCAAAUCAGCCGGUGAAUCAGCCACAGUGGCGGUGAGUAUGACCGCCCUUGCUAAUGAAAUCGCAGGCUGAGGAGUCGUCAGAGCAGCAUUCCACUGCCUUGCUGGUCCAAAGAUGACCCAGAGUGAGGGAGGCCACCACGAAAGGGUAGAUCUCCAACAAAGUAGAGGUCUCUCCAAAGACCGGCAAGGCAUCCGACUCAGUGGGCCAGGCAUCCCUAACGAGUGGUUGCCGAAAAAAAGCUGCAAACCCUGUGUGUGCUGCUGCGUCUGUGUGAAUCGAAAGUGGGGGAAUGACCGAAGAGAUCCAAAUCCAUGCGGCCGAAAAACUACUCCAAUUGUGUAAAACUGCCCUGGCUGGAUCGCCCAAAUGGUUGGGCAGGGGUUGGUACCUCGUGGAGCAAAUUUAAGUAGCCCAGGGACAAGAGACCAACCCUGCAGAAUGAUACGCACAACAAAGUUGAGGGGCCUAAACCAGGACUGAAUCCCCCUCCUAUUGUGCGCAACACUCCGCAGGAGCAGGACAAAUCCAUUCCUAAUGCGGAACAGAACGUGUGGGAGGCUGGCUUGGAAAGUAGUGGAGUCCAAUACUAUUCCUCAGAAGGGGGGGCUGUGGUGGUGUAAAUACUGUUAGGUGUUUGUGAACCCGUGAAAUCAACAAAAAUGUAUCCAGAACGUGGAUGACUGAUGGACACCUGAAUAUAUUUAGGAGCGGCCAGCAGAGGGUUUCUGCAGUGGGCGGUGCGAAGAGGUCUAUGAUCAAACGUAUUUGGGUACUGUGAAUGGCUACCCCGAUGGGAGUGGUACACCAAGAUGAGAAAACGUGAAGACCGGAAAGGGCCGAUCGUGAAACCAGCAUAUGAUUGCUGUGGACAGAAGUGGGUCCACCAUACGUGAGUCAAUAGAUGUAGAUAAUAGGUUAGGGCAUACGAGUGUACCCGUGGGGUUGGCGCCAAGGCCCGUGUGAGACCUCUUUGAGAAACCCGGCAUCAGAAUCUACCAUAUGCCUAGCUGGGUGUAAAUGCAGAUAGUAUACCAGGAUGUCAAUGUUGACCUAGUUAGGUGUAUCUUGGGUGACAGACGGGCUGUAUAUGUGAACUAGGUGUGAGUUCUGGAGCAAAUGAAGUGGAUGUGUGAUACCCUGUAUGUAGUGAAAAUAGCAUACCCCAGCAUUAAAGUCAUAGCUCGCCCACGCUUUGCCCGGAAAUUAAUGGUCAGCCCCGCUUGUCCUUCUGCCCGCCUCCCAGUCUAGUGCUUGGGAUGAAGGAGUGGUAAGAGGGACUAAACAGUUACAUUUGUGACAGACCCAAGAAGCCUGGAUAUGUUAAAAGCAUAGUGAUAGGUACUGGGUUCUCGUGUGUGCCGAGAGAGGGAAAAGACAUGCGUGGGCCUAACGAGGUCGUGCGUAAUAUUAGGAAUGUAGUAUGAAAGGUUGUAUUCUUUAUCCCUCGUGUAUUCGAAAUUAGACGUAUGUAAUUGCUCAAAUGUGGGGCCGAAAUUGCCAUAGUGCCUGUAGUGGGCCGUGUGUAAACGUAUGGAGUGAGGGCCAUGUGUAGAGGUAUUGUAGUGGAAGGCAGAGUGCUUAAUGUUAGUCCUGAGCUGCUGGGUGGCAAAAUAGGGCUGUAUGAGGGUUAUGGAUGUAUAGAACGAACAAAGAAGGGAACGAACAAAGAAAGGGUGAGAGAUUCCUUCGGAGACCCAGGCCUGACUGGUGUGCUGGGUAUUUCGUCCAACAGUAGACCGAUUAUUGGGAUAGAUUCUUGUGACAUUCUGAAAAGAAAUGAUUUGGAAGUAAGGUGUAGUAAAGGUGGGAAUGAGACCUCCGGAGAACUGGCCUGCUAGCUAGUGCCGAGGCAAAGAAUUAACCUAUGACCAAGUGACAGGUGAGGCCCUGCUAUUGCCAAGUGGCGGUGAGAGGCUCUACCUAUGAUUUGGGCAGAGGGGGUUUUGUGGCCACCAGAACGAGGUGGCAGGAUGUUGGCCUCUCGGUGACAGAGAUUCAAAACGUGUGACUGUGACUUGGGAAGCCCUAACUGUAGCCCAAAGAAGAGCGAGCUAUGAUUUGGUCGUGGGGCUGAACCUCCGUGUAUGAGGUGGGGGUGUAGACCUCGCGGACCGCAGUAUUAUUUGGGAAAGCUAGGGCCAGCGCCUAACCCUGAAAGCCAGUUCUCUAACCUGACGGGGCUUGUCUCUAGAAAGGAAGUAUGUAACGUAUGUAGAUACUGACCUUAAGUGUUUGUCCUGUAUAUUUAGACUAUGCUCAGGGCGACUUCAAUAUAAAUAUAAAUAUAAAAAUAUAUAUAUACUGCGAAGAACAGGUCCAGUCCAGGAACCUAGGGGUAAAAGGAUGCUAGCAAGCCUGAGGCGUGCCACUGGUAUGCCAAGUGUAAAAAUGUAGAAUGUAUGGAAAGGAGUGUAACAACGAAACUGUAGCGUAAGAACCAGUGUAAGCUGAGGGACCUGAACGUUGGUCCAAAUAUUUUGAGACAAGCCCCUAGAUUCCAACAAAUGUGCAUCACUUGUGAAAGAUACGAAGGCAAAGUGAGGCCUUAGAAGGAACAUAAUCGUAGUUAGUAAGAUUAAUGAUACCUGAUACUGAUACGUCAGGGACCAGGUAGCCUGUUAGUUUGUUGAUGUCGUAGUGAAUCUGCGACAUGGUGCAGGUCUAAGUAAUGAUAUGUAGAAAUGAUAAAAAAUUUAACAUAUUAAUAUAAUAGUAACAUGGAGGGUGAGGCAUCUUUAGACCUGGUGUGUUUGAAGUUAGAACCCACUGUGGGAGGUGGGAGGGGAUAGUAAAAAAGGCUGUGGAGGCUGAAUGAGGCCUCAGGAGAAACGUAAAAAAUGUCAACCUUUUUUUUACCUGAUACCGUGAGACGGGAUACUGGAACCACCUCCUGGAGUUUUCUUGAAGAAGAGUAGUAGAACCUAAAACAUGUUCAUUAUUUAAAAAUAAGGAACCAGAGUAUAGUGUUUUUAAUAUAAAUAGAGAUUUAGAAAUAAGAGCUAAUGAACAAAUUGAGCGUGGAGCUGGAUAAAUUUAAGCGGUUUGAUGGGCUUGACCUAUUGACAUCAAAAAAGCGUAAGGGGGCCAACUGUGUCUUUAAGAGAAUGCACCAUGGAAUUUAUGCAUAAUUAAAAGUGACUAUGGGUGAUGAAUAGUGACCCACUGAUUUAAGGAAAACAUAGGGAAAACUGUGUACAUAUGUUUUAUAAAAGGAACAUACUUAAAAUUAUACAAAUAACUGCAUAAAACCUCAUGCGUACGGUUAAUGAAAGUGCAAGAGGGAUAUAACAGGACCGGAUGUGAUAAAUUAGGAAAAACUAAAAGCUAGUAAAACAGCCGUUUGUACGUUUUUCGGCUAGUGAACGUAUGUAAGAAACAGGCGAACGUAGGUGAGUAUAAUAGCCGCACGGACGCAGAAGUACACAAACAGCAGAAUGAUACGAACGGGUAAGUAAUAUAUAGAGCCUGUCCCCGCAUUUUUAGGCCUGAAUGUGGGAAAUAGCCGAACGCUAUUUCCCACGUUAAUGCUUACGUGUGUGUGCCCGGAAGCAAGAAAGCCUGGUAACGAGUAAGGAAUACUGCGGGGCAGUAAUACAGCGGGGCGGUGGAAGAGCCCAGAGGUUGGCGGCAGGAGCUGCUGAAGACAGAGUGUUUGUUCGAGGCAGGGCUGGCGGGAACAGCGACCGGAAGUGCAGGUAACUAUGGAGACAAACAGCUUGCACAACAAAGGUAAGUGGGGGUAGUGUUUAUAUAGGAUAUAGGAUCAUAACUCCUCCCACAAAUUUAGGCCUAAUGGCCUUCCAACGUGUGUGUGUGUGUGUGUAUAUAUAUAAAAUACAAUGUUAAACAAAAAUCUGCACACCAGUCAAGCCAUAAGACUUGCUUUUUUCACAGAAUACCCAAAUCUGCAGUGAUGUUACUACCGCAAAGGAUUCUGGGUGGGCAUAUGCAAAUUAGUUUAACAAAGAAUCACAUUUUUGCCUCAUUCCAUUUAAAAUUUAUCAAAGUUACUAACGACCUAAUCACAGCUAAAUCCAAAGGCCACUACUUCAUACUAAUUGUUCUUGACCUCUCUGCGGCCUUUGACACCGUUGAUCAUGCUCUCCUUCUUCAAACUCUUCAAUCACUUGGUCUUUGUGGCUCUGUCCUCUCGUGGUUUUCCUCUUAUCUCUCCCAACGCUCAUUCAGUGUCUCCUUUUCUAAUGAUACCUCCUCCCCUCGUCCUGUCUUGGUUGGAGUCCCCCAAGGCUCUGUCCUUGGUCUCCUUCUAUUUUCUCUCUAUACUGCCUCUCUUGGCAAACAUAUUACCUCUUUUGGAUUCCACUACCACCUGUACGCUGAUGACACCCCGUUAUAUCUCUCCUCCCCAGACCACCUUGCCCUGCAACAUGUCACUGCUUGCCUUUCUUCCAUCUCGGACUGGAUGUCCUCCCGCUUUCUGAAACUCAAUCUCUCUAAAACUGAGCUCCUUUUCUUUCCUCUUCCUAAUACUGAUCCUCCUCUUUCGCUCUCCCUUCAAGUUUGUGGUACCCACAUUAGUCCAUCCUUGCAAGCGCGCUGUCUUGGCGUCAUACUUGAUUCUGGCCUCACCUUUGAGCCUCACAUCCAGCAUGUUGCCAAAUCCUGUAGAUUCCAUCUUAAAAACAUAGCCCGCAUCCGCCCCUUUGUUGCACCAAAUACUACCAAGGAGCUUGUCCAUGCUCUAGUAAUUUCCCGCAUGGAUUAUUGUAACUCUCUCCUGAUUGGUCUUCCCAAAAGCCGUACUGCACCGCUACAGUCCAUAAUGAACGCUGCUGCCAGACUGAUUUUCCUCUCUAGUCGGUUCUCUCACACCUCACCCCUCUGCUAGCCCUUACAUUGGCUUCCUGUAUGCUAUAGGAGUCAAUUCAAGGUAUUAAUUCACACCUAUAAAGCACUGAACAACUCUAGCCCCUCUUAUAUCUCCUCACAGAUCCAUAGGUAUGUCCCUUCUCGGUCUCUCCGCUCUGCCCGUGACCACCUCCUGUCCGUUGUCCGCACCCGUACGGCCAACUCACGCUUGCAGGACUUCUCGGCACUGAAUCCAGCCCUUGCAUACCUUAGACCGUACAGAGUCCGGCCCUUUCAUAUCAUACACCAUACUGAAUCCAGCCCCUGCAUAUCUUACACCGUACUGAACCUGGCCCUUGCAUACCUUACACCAUACUGAAUCUGGGCCUCGCAUACCUUACACCAUACUGAAUCUGGCCCUCGCAUACCUUACACCAUACUGAAUCUGGCCCUACCUUACACCAUACUGAAUCUGGCCCUCACAUUCCUUACACCAUACUGAAUCUGGCCCCCACGUACGUUAUACCAUUCUGAAUCCAGCCCCUGCAUACCUUAUAAAAUACAACAUUGCCUCAAGUGGGACAGGGACACUGCACCCAAACCACUUCAAUGAGAUAAAGUGGUUUGUGUGUCUAUAGUGUCCCUUUAACCAUAAGGUGACUUUAGUUGACUGCUUAUGGCUACUUUCACCAUGCCCAUAUGAAGAAUGAAGGGUGGGCCCUGUCAACCUAUGUAGAGUCCUAUGGCAUCUUAAUCCAACUCUAGGGUUAUAGUAGCAAAGAAGGCAAAAUAAUUCACUAUAUUGCAACAUGUUAGUACAUACCACUUCAAUGUCAAAUGUAAUUGAAGACACAGACUAUCACAUUGUCGUGGUAUAAUGGAGAAUGUUGUUUUUUAUAUAUAUACUUAGUUAAUUUCAGUGUUGCAAAUAAAUUCCUUUUCGUUAUCCAGAAAAAAAAUAUUUAUAUAUAUAUUUUAUACAUUUCCCCCAUCCAAAUCUGGUAUUCACAUUAACUUAAGUGAAAUUUCAGUAAAAAAAAAAAAAAACCUUCCCCUCCAAAAAACAAUGGAUUUCACAGUAGCGCAUUUGGAAUCCUGACCAUGAUGAAUUAGCUCACAAGUGGUGUUGGUGUACGUGACUGCAUCCUGCAAGCAAAUUAAAAAAUGCAAUUUGUUGUCAAUGAAAUAAAAAAGAAACCUUUUCAAAUUUUCAUGGAUCACUACAUACUGAAAAUGUUAGAUCUCAAAUGUAAUUUACAUAUUUACAAUGCAGGAUUUAAAAUGUUCUUAUAUUUUAUUUUAACAUUCUUAAUUGGGUUUGUAUUAAAUAGCAGUGCCCUUUUAAGGAAGUAAGAGUUUCUAAUGAUAUCCCCCCCCCCCCACCUUAAUAGAAAUAACUCAUACAAUAUCUGCAUUCUUAUAGGUUAACUUAUAUACUGUGAUUCUUACAUUGUGCUGUACGUUGUGUUAGACUACGCUCCAAAGCUGCAAUAUAUUACCUACCAUAUCACAAAUUUAGUUUGCUUAAAACAGUUAAAAAGCAUAUUUUAAUAUAAUUAUUUACUUUUUUUAAAUUAUCACUAUAUAAAGUAUUAAUACAUUUUUCAUGUUGUGUGUAAAACCUUUGAACAGAAAACCACAUUUUGGGAGGGGGAGCAAAAACCUUGAGUUUGGAUAUCAGAGUUACACAUUUUUAUGUUUGUCACAAGAAUCUGCAAACUGGGUACGUUGCCAUAAAUGGUUGCUUAACAUAAAUGGAAAGAACAUAAGAACCUCCCAGACAUAAAACACUAUUAAAGGUCUGGAGAACAGGAUAUAACUUUGUAACUGUCUGUUUAUGAACAGACCAUGUACAAAAGGCAAUAGAAAGUAAAUAAUUCAGACAGCACAUUCAAAAAAGAACGAAAAUAAGUAGGGAGGAGGGCAAUGGGCGUGAAAGGAUGUGAAAUAUUAAAGAGGAAUAUCCAGGAGAAACGAAAUUCAUCUCCAUCCGUUUAUCCAUGUGAGAGAGGUUUAGCUCAGUGACCGCGAGGAGAAAGGAUCUAUAAGCUCAGUUAGGACAUUCAGUAAAGAGGGGACAUUCUGUAAACCAAAUGCAUAUUCACUAAGCCAGGAGUUGUGGAAAAUUACCAAGCAAAUUGCAAAGUUUAGGCUAAAAUAAUCAAACGUCUCCAAUGACCUUGGCUACUUAUAUAAAAAUAUAAUCGUUAUGAAAUAUUCAUGUUGACUGUGUUGGAAUUUCACUGAAAUUCCAUCCCAGUUAAAAUAUAUACACUCCUAGACCCAGGGCGGAGCCACCUCCAUCUUAAAAUGUCACCCCUCCAAGGGAAUUGGCUCUAUCUAUGGAUGAAUCCACGGUCUCAAAAGAUCCUUCAUAGACCUCAAUGCUGUACUCUCCCACAUGCAGAAGAGUAUAGUGGUGAUGUCGGCUCCUGGCAGUGAAGUAACAGCUCCUAUUUUGGCAAAGAGGACCAGCCAGAAGAAGACAGUGGCACCUGCAAGGGACAGGCUAAUGUAAGUUAAACUCACCUUUGCCUGCUCCCUCCCCCUCCCGGCCACCGGUUCCCCAGCAGCAAAUUCACCAUUGGGGCUGUUUGCAAAUUGUGCCAAGUCCACAGAUAGUGGCAGUGCCGCUUUAAUGCAAUUCCCAGAAUUAUUUGAUUUCUGAGCAAUUUUGGAACUACAUAUAAUUGAGGUGGAUGUUGACCAGAAGUCAUGAAUAGGCAACCAUGUCAAUUAGCCUCAGGUUAGCAGAGGAUUAUGGGAUGAUGUUCAAAAGCAGAAGGAUUGUAUAUGGACACCUAAAACAUGUGGAGGUAUUUAACAACCAAUAGAAAUCCAUCCCCCCUUGACCACUGUUUUCCAAAAAUUACUAUUGGACUCUGUCAUUUGUUGAGAAGCGACAAUAUAGUUAAAUGUUUCUGCAUCCCAGAAGAAAAGAUAUAUAUCUAGAGUUUAAUCAGAUGUCCCUUUUUUUUUUUUUUUUUUUCUCACCCAUAGGUUCAACAAUGGUGGAUGCAUCUUUGAGUUCCUGGCACAGCUUGCCAACGUUUCAUUAGAAAUGUUUUUUCCAAUCAGUCAGUCUAGAGCUGACUGAUUAAAUAUGGGAUGUGCUUCGGCUAAGCAUGUAUCUACAGUACAGAACGAGGAAGAUGCUCAGAAUGGCAAGAAUUUCCAGAAUGGGGAUGCAUUUUGUGGUGAGUUUUUUAGACCGUAAGCAUAGGCAGGGUCUAUCCCUAAGUAUUGGUAUGCGUAUUUGUAUAUCCAGGGUUUCCACCUUUCUUGAAAAUAAAUAUCGGCCAUUCUAAUUUGCAUAAUUGUGUCACCAAGAUGUUAAGGGAAAAAAUUAUUGGAAAUGGAAAAUUACGUAAUCAGUAAAAAACGGUUUACAAUGUGUGUACUAUAUCUGACUGUGCGUGUAGCAUUGUGUGUCUGUCAUCGUAUGUGUAUAGCACACUGUGUAUGUUAUUUGUCUACUGUGUGUGAAUGUGUAAGUAGUAAUAUGUGAUGUGCAUGAUCUGUGUAGAGCAGUAUGUGUCAUUGUGUGUAUAGUUUCUAAAUAAGUGUUUGUAUACUGUGUGUAAAGCAAUGUGUCAUUGUCUGUAUACUUUGUGUGUGUAAACUGUGUCUGUGUUCAUCACACACUGACACGCACACACAGAAAAAACCCUUUGCACCACGAUCUUUACAAUAAGCUUUAGCAGUUAUGGCGUUUUUGUAGUUUCCCUUUAAACUGCCUUUCAAUAUGUUAUAUCUACUUGUAAAUAUAUUUGAAUUUUUUGCAUCAUAUAGUCACAGGACUGAGCUUUUAUUUAAUUUACAUAAUUUUAAUGUUUAUAUAUAAAAACAACUGUAAUAAUCUGACUAAUCUGUUUAACCCCUUAAGGACCAAACUUCUGGAAUAAAAGGGAAUCAUGACAUGUCACACAUGUCAUGUGUCCUUAAGGUGUUAAUUUACAAUUCAAGUAAAAACUCUCAAAAGUCUCGGAUCUCUGAGAAUUCUCUGACUCUGUGAGCAUCCACUUAAUCCCAUUGAUUUGUUAUAGUGCCUGGAGUCCCCUGACUCACUGCCCCACUGUUUCUGAUUGGGUUGACACAGGUAGUGGGUCCCUGGCCACCUGCAGUCCAGUCCCUCUGCUGCUAAUGCAUUAGCUGACAACUCUCAGCCUGUGACUGACACCCACUGCCAUUAUAAAUUUUAUACCAGCUGAAUAUUCUGUGCAUUAGACAUGUAUUCCACAAUGAGAAGGGAUGUGCGCAUUCUGGAGUUUCUUAUGCUGUGCUAAAGUACUUGAAAACAGUUUUAUACUAAACACUUGGUAGGGGUCAGGGGACUCUAGGCACCAUAACCACUGAUAUGAAGUGGUUAUGAUGCCUAGAGCAUUCCUUUAAACAGUUCAGGACCCAGUGUAUUCAUUUUGCAUUGAUCUUUAAAGGGUACCACAGAGUAUUUGGGUCAAUACCUGAGGUGAUAAUCUUAUCUCAGUUUGAUGCACAAUAGCUAAACCCCACCAUGAAUACCUCCAAACAUUUUAUAUUAACAAAGAGAGACACUUUUAUUUUAGGGGUGUGGAGGGUGUGGCCAGGAGUGGGGAUGUGCUGAGAAAUUUUAAGGAACUUACUAAUAUUAUUUUAGUUACAUUAUUAUUUAUACAUACAGAGUUAUAAACACAUUUAUUGUAGUUUAGAAACAUUACUGUAAGUAUUAUUGCUGUGGAGCUCUGUUGUACACUAAGACACACAACAAUAUGGAGCUCCUUGAAAAGAUGGUCAGAAGGAUUUCUUUCCUCAACAUGCAACUCUUUCCUAAAAAAGCCAUCUCUUAGGGACCCAAAUAGUGAUUAGGUGCAGAGGAUGGCGGCAUAUUGUGUGAAGUGCUAUAACAUGUUAUCACUUUGUACGAGAUGGUCAGAUGAAAAGCGCUCAGCAGUAUGAGGUGGUAGUAGUGAAUGUAUGUUAUUGGGCAUAAAUCCAAGGCGCCCCUGCGCAGGGAGCAGAGAGGAGCUGCAGGAAGAUCACUGCUCUCUUGCGUGCAGGAAGAGAGCAGCCCCAUUGGACCCCAGGGAAAGAUCUACUCAGCUCUCCCAAAGGUAGGGAGGCUGAGUGGGUUAAAAUAAAAAUAAAAAUCUCUGUUUGUGUGUGUCUCUGUCAAUGGGUGUGUGUGUGUGUGUGUGUCUGUGUGCCUGUCAAAUUCUGUGUCUGUUUAGGUACCUGGCUCCCUCUGAUCACAGGAGGAGUUUUUACUCACCUUUAUUCCCACGCCGUACCGGUUUCACCACGGCUUGUCCAGCCUCCAUAGCUGAGAUCAUCAAUCUUUAUGAUCUCCGCCAAGCCAAUGCUUUCCCAUAGGGAAGCAUUGAGAGAUAUUGCACAUGUUCGCUAUGGGUAACAUUCAUUGCCUCCAUGCAGAGCACUGACACAGAACUCUAGUGGCCGUCCAUCACUAGGCAACAAUGUAAACACUGCCUUUUCUCCGAAAAUGCAGCGUUUCCAUUGAAAAGGCUUCAGGGACAGGCUAUAGGAACCAGAUCAACUACAUUAAUCUGUAGUGGUUCUAGUGACUAUAGUGCCCCUUUAAAAAACAAAAACAAAAAAAAUGGCUCCUAACUUUUUUAGCUGGCUCCUAGAUUCCCAAAAAUUUGUCAAGCCCUGGCAUAAGACAUCCAAAAAUAAAAUGGAAUAGAGUCCCUUACCAACAGUCCACUGCAAACUGGAGAAAACCUAAAGAGGAUGCAAUGUGAGUCGAAAGUGCAUUAUGUACCAUGGUCAGACACCAUUAUGCUGUUAACAGAACUGCAGUACCAUACUCCUCUGAACACCCUAUCCAAUUCCAUGUAUUUUCUUGUCUAGGUCCCAUUUAAUUCUUCUCUUUAAUAUUCUGCAUCUUUCAUUAUGUAAUUUCUGGGAUUAUCCGGUAGGUGAAGAGUAUAGAGUAUAGAGUCUGUUAGAAAUGUACUGACGCUAUUCCAGUUUAGUCUCCCUCCCCCAAUGCCCUACAUGUCUGCAUUUGAAAAUGAAUAACAUAUAAUAUAAGCACAUGUUGUGUGGGAGCUGUGUGUCCCUGCAAAUUAUUGUGUGUGCUGUUCCAAGCAAACUAAUGGAAGCUGUAUUUUUUUAAUUUGUCCUCUUUAAUUUUCAGGAGUCAUUCUUAACAAACUGCCUUUGAUCUUUUGUAUGUAAUCGAAGUCAUUGAGUUAGUUCUAAAUGGAGAAGAGUUCUGGUAUAACUCCCAAGUGUUCUGAAUCUGGCAGUAUAGUCCUGAUUUUGAAAUCCUUCCUGGGAUCUUGCAGAAUUUUGCUUGAGCAACUCUGCAGUUCCAUGUGUGUUGUCUGUCUGCUCUGAUAUGCCUUCCUUGCCAGUAACAAGUUUCACAGAACUACAGACACACACAGUAGUUUCCUCAAGUAGGCAGUCUUUGAUUAAGGAACAGUGUACAUACAGCAGCUACGUUUCGGCUUGCAUGAGCCUUUGUCAAGCCUGUAAUAUUCCUGCUUUUCAUCACGGUUAUGGCUUGGGUAGGAGUCAUCUGCAUGCAAGUUCGUGGCCAUGGGUACGCCAUGGGCAGUAGUCAUCUGCAUGCAACUUCGUGGCCUCUCUUGUCAGUGCCACAACUUGCAUAUUUCAGAUUUUAGGAAGUAUUGGUUUCAAAACAUUGUAUAUAUACAUAUUCACACUGCCAUCACAACUGUUUUCAGAAAAGGUGCAGGGCAUUUCAUUCAAAUUGGAUUAUAUUUUUAAUAUUCCUACCUCCUCUAAGGGAACAAAUGGCCAAAUUAAAAGCAAAAAUGAACACAUCUGCAGGAGUCCCCUGGCACUGUCCCUCCAUUCAGUGUUAAACCAUUUUUGAGCAGUAUAACACUAAAUUAAGGUCCCUGGAUUUGCUUAGCCCCUCCCCCAAUGGAGGUAUGGGUUAGGCAGAGAUUAUACACUUCCUGCUAGCCGUACUAAUUAAUAUCUGAACGGGCACUGUGUUUGGCUGAGAGUAUUAGUUGACGGCUCUCAGUCUAUCAUAGCUAGCCAUUGCUGCUCAGGCUAAUGCUUCCUCAUUAGAAUGAGCAGAACAUGGGGAAUGCUUGGCUGGGAUCUCUUGUAUAGCAUUAAAACAUUAAAAACGGUUUAACACUGAAUGGAAAGAUGGUGCCAGGGACUGCUGACACUGUGGUCACUUCAAUGACUUGAAGCGAUUACAGUGCCUAUAGUGUCCCUUUUAAUAAGCUUCCAAUAUGGUACAGUACUGUUAUAAAUACUUUCCACAUAAUUUGUCUAUAGAAGUCCCUAUUGAAGGGACACUAUAAUCACCAGAACAACUACAGCUUAUUGUAUUUGUUCUGGUGAGUAUAGUCGGUCUCUGCAGGCUUUUUGCAGUAAACACUGUCUUUUAAGAGAAAAGGCUAUGUUUACAAAGCAUACAUAACUUCUGUUAAAGGGACACUAUAGUCACCCAGACCACUUCAGCUCAAUGAAGUGGUCUGGGUGCCAGGUCCCUCAGGUUUUAACCCUGCAGAUGCAAACAUAGCAGUUUCAGAGAAACUGCUAUGUUUAAAUUUUGGGUUAAGCCAGCCUCUAAUGGUGCAUCUGCGAUGCUGGAGGUGUCGGACGGGGGAGCUGACGUCGGCAGGGGAGGAGAGGUCACCGCUUUGUUUUCCUGACACUAUAGUGAUCCUUUAAAAUCUCCUCAUACCUAUCCAGCAACUUGGGGACCUUGGACAAUGUCCUUCAAUAUAUCUCAAGAUAAAUUGGUCAUUCCUUAUAUAAAGCCAUUAUAACAAUUGUGUGACUGAAACUGUGAUGUCAUAUGGUCUCUUUUUAUAUUUAUAUAUGGUUUGAUCCUGUACUUUGCUUUGGUAGAUCUUGAUGGAGUUUUAGACAUAUAUCAUCACACUGAGUGUUCCUGGUAAAUUCCUGUUAUUAUAGAUAAAAACAGAAUGCAUUAAAAGCCCAUCUUGCUGAAGUCAUUUUUAAAUCUGAUGGAAAAUAUAGCUACAGACAUUCUAUGAUCUACUCCAAAAGAGUAAAUAAAUAGUUUCCAAGUUUUUGUAAAUUUUUCUUUCUUUAACAGGGGAGUGGGAGAAGAUUAUCAUCUUUAAUGCCUUGUUAGCUGUUUGGUUGUUGUUUUUGUUGUUGUUGUUUUUCAGUUUGAAUAUUGAAAGACAUGACGUGGAGUGACCCGCUUACACUGUCUUACAAUCUAUAGGGAACUAUAUAAAAUAAUCAAUAUCUCUUCUCUGUUUUGAACUAAUUUAGCACGUGAUGAUGUUUAUGUGGUUUCAUUUCAGAUGAAUACAGAAUCAAGCCAGUUGAAGAAGUCAAAUACAUGAAAAAUGGGGAAGAAGAAGAGCAAAAAAUUGUGUCAAAGAACCAAGAAAACUUGGUAAGAUUUGGAGCACUUCCAUCUUUUGUAACUGUAAGUGUUAACGUUUAUGCUGUCUGCAAGUCUGCCAUAUGAAUCUGAUUGAUCCUACUGCAUACAUUUUCUUGUUACUUAUUAUCAAUCUUGUACAAGUCUUUCAGAUGAUUGCAAUCCAUUUAUAGAUGAAAAAAAAAAAUGUUGACUUCAAAAUGGAUUUCCCUUUGGAUAAGCAAGCUGUUACCCCACAUUCACUGUCAUAUCACUGACUAUUCUGGCUUUUAAAAACACAUGGAGACAUUGUUUAUUUGUAUAAAAUCUGAUAACACACUGCCCAUUUCGGCUGAGAAUUCUACAUCACAUUUGUAUUGUUCUUAUUGCACAUUGUAGCGCAGUGCAAAAUCUUCUUUCUUAAAGUCUCCAGGUACCUUAGUGGGGUGAACUUAAACAAUGUGAAUACUGUGAUCAUUCAUUGACUCCACCUGGGAUGCUGUCCAUAGUGAGCAAAUAAAUAAAACAGAACAACGAGACGUGUCCCAAUUUGGGAGGUAUGGAAACAUUCAGUAAUUGUUCAUAAAACCAUCAUUGAUUGCUUAAGGUUUCACUCUAAUACAAGAUGCUUCUAACUUCUGCUGGCAUCAAUGGGACAAAAUGUGUAUUAGUAAGAAGGCUGCAUAUCUAUUCACAGCACAAGCAGCAUUGAGGUGAAGUAACAUCAAAGGCCCAUGAAGGUUAAUUGAGGUCAUAUUUAAGAAAGGCAUCUUGUUAGACUAAGAAAGAUCAAAGGAACACCUUCAGAGAAAAAUGUCUAAGGCAGCCAGUCAGUUGCAGCCUACAGUUCAAAAUAGGGAAAAUAAUAGUAGCUGGGGCAAGCUAUGACCCUGGAACUGAUAUUUUUUCAAAACGUAUUUCCGAAGUGCACAUUACUGGCUGAGAAAAUAUUUUGCAGCUUUAAAAAAAAAAAGAAAGAAAGAAAGAAAAAGAAAGGCAGAUUUGAUUUUUUGUUUUCUGAAGGUCACCUUGUUACAAAAAGACAAUUCAAAGCAAAUGGGGAAAAAAUAUCUGCCAGUUAAGUCACAUUUUUGUCUUGAAUAUUUAACAUUGUAUCACCAACUACCCUGAAAACAAGAAAUAUUUCCCUAAAUAUUUAAUAUUUUAGUUAUUUUCUAUCCUAUUUCCUUGUGAAGACCCAAGGCCUACAAUUUAACCAUUUAACCUAUACAUUUAUUUUUGUUUUACUUCUUUGCCAAAACCCAGAAAUUGCCGCCGUGUAUUUAAUAGGAACUGUCAGCAAAGCUUGAAUUUGAUGUAUUAUGUUUAACUCUUAAAAUGACAAAUGACUGCUUUAUUGCUUACACCAAAAUUACUUCAUCUUAAUUAAGGGCAUUUGGGAUGCAGAUGCUGCACUGCAGCCUUGCAACUUAAACCAGUGCAGUUUCUGAGAACUCUGAAUUAUGUCCAUGGCUACUAAGUGGCUGACAGACAUUAUGGGCUUCCGACACAAAUAGAUUCAGUUAUUGAAACUUUUUGACGUCUAGUGUGCAUCCACCGCUGCUUUGUGAGAAGCUUUAAAGUGACAGAGGGAUAGCUGUUAUGUGCCAUGUGUCCUCAAUGCUUCUCUAGGACAAGCAUCACAUGGGACUAAAGAUAUUAGGAUUGGUGAGUUCACCAGAGGAGGAGCAUCAGGCUGCAGUGACGAGAUUGUGCCCAGCAUUGUUAGGGAGCCCAGUAUUUUAAAAGUAAUCAGGAACACAAAUAAAAAAUAAAUGCAUAUUUAUUUGAAUUAGUUUUCUUUUAAAAAAGGCUUCAAGUUAACAUAUCAUUAAAGGGACACUGUCGGCACUGUUAACUGUCACUUUGGUGUGGUUGUAGUGUCUGGAGUCUCCAGUCACUGUCCUUCCAUUCUGUAUUAAACAUUUUUUUUAUAUAUAUAUAUAUUUUUUUGUAUUCUUUAUUUUUAUUGUGCAGAGUAUAACCAUAAAGCCUGCUACGCCACCACAACUGAUGAAGGCGUAUGCCAAACAAGAUACAAGUAUAUGGCAGUCAGAUUCAGGCACUUCAGUGGAAUUAGAAGAACCAGACUAUUGUGUCCGUGGUUAUGGGCAUCAAUUGUAUCUCGUAGAGAAAGCACAAUGGGUACAUACCCGUAUAUACUCGAGUAUAAGUCGACCCAAAUAUAAAUCGAGACCCCUAAUUUUACCCCAGAAAACUUAUUGACUUGAGUAUAAGACUAGGGUGGGAAAUGCAGCAGCUACUGGUACAUUUCUAAAUAAAAUUAGAUCCCCAAAAAAUUAUAUUAAUUGAAUAUUUAUUUACAGUGUGUGUAUAUAAUGAAUGCAAUGUGUGUGUGUAUGAGUGCAGUGUGUGUGUAUGUGUAUGAGUGCAGUGUGUGUAUGUGAUGCCGAGCCUUGGUGGGGGGGUGGGCAUUUUUAUUAUUAAAUUAUUAUUAUUAUUAUUAUUUUUUUAUUUUUUUAUAUAUAUAUAUAUAUAUUAUUAAUAUUUUAUUAAUUAUAUUUAUUUUCGUCCCCCCUCCCUGGUGGUCCAGUGGAUGGGCUGUGCAGGAGGGGGCUGGCAGAGAGCUGUAACUUACCUUUCCUGCAGCUCCUGUCAGCUCCCUUCUCUCUCCUCCAGUCCAGUCAGCUCCCUUCUCCUCCACUGUAAGUCUUGCGGCCGCGCAGAGCGUUCCCCGCGGCUCUCGCGAGAUUUACAGUGGAGCUGACGUGAGCUGACCGGACCGGAGGAGAGAGAAGGGAGCUGACAGGAGCUGCAGAAAAGGUAAGUAAACGCUCUCUGCCAUCCCCCCUCCUGCACAGCCCAUCCACUGGACCACCAGGGAAUGAGAGCCCCCCUCCCUGGCCAGCUAACACACACACACACACACUGCAUUCAUUCAUACACACACACACACACUGCACUCAUACACACACACACACACAGUAUUCAUACAUACAUGCCCGGCGGUCCUGGUCUGUAUUAUGGCAACUUACAAUGUAAGUUGCCAUAAUACAGACAGUGACUCGAGUAUAAGUCGAGUGGGGGUUUUUCAGCACAAAAAAUGUGCUGAAAAACUCGACUUAUACUCGAGUAUAUACAGUAAGUAUGCUAAGUAGUAUGAGGAGAUAAAAAAAAUUCCAUGAAAGUAUACAUUUAGGAGGUCCUAGUAUUGUUCCCCAUAGGAUAUGGCAAUAUGGGUCAGGGAAGGCACACACGUAUAGUAGUAUCCCUAAGAGAAUAGAUCCCCCUCCCUGGAUCUGGGUACAAUAUCCCACUAUCAAGCCAUUGGGGGGAGGGGUCUUGGCUAAUCUAAAUGUAGCAGGUAUGAAGCAGUAAGGCUAUAAGCAAGUAUGUAAUUUUUGCCAUAAACAUACCUCCAUUAGGGGCUGAGCUGUGGACAGCCAUCAACUUUUAUUUAAACUACUUGUAAAAGUUUGAACACUGAAUGAAGGGACAGUGCCAAGUGACUGCAGGCACUAUAACUAAUGCAAUGGGAGGAAAUGGUUAUAGUGCCUACAGUGUCCCUUUAAUAAAAUGUAAACGAACUAUACGGUGAAGUUUAAUUUAAAAAAAAUAAAUAAAAAAUUAGUUGUCGCUAGUAAUAUUAAAAACUUUAAUUUAUAAUUACCAGCUGCCAAGAUGGCACAUAAAAAUGUCACCCUGCAAUUAGGCCCAUGCUUCCUGGACAGCAUUUAACUGAUCACGCUUGGUUUUGUACAAGUAUUCUAAGCAUACUAAUGAAAUCUAACAGUUUGUGAGUAUACAGUUCUCGUUUCACUUUUAUAACUGGCACUGGGCAAGCACAGAGGUCUCGCUGUGGGGACUGUCCUUGUCAAAUAUAGACAAUCAGAUAUAAACCAGUUAGCUAUGUGUCUCACACACACCUGAAUGACGUGACUCUAUUCUAAGCAUCCUGUUUCCGUAAACCUUACAUAACCCCGCACCUGCUGAAACUGCAAUUAUUUAAUGUUUCGUUAAUGAGCUGUCUUUUCCAAAAAGUUAUUCUUGAUUUUUGAGCAUUACAAAAAAGUCUAAUUACAUUAGAAAAUGUAGUUAUGGAAUGUAGUUCAUAAUUACAUCCCUACAAUGUUGGCUAUGCUUCCCAUACAUUUUUAGCUUUAAGUAUGUCAUGUGAUAUGUCAUGUGACAGCCUCAGAUCUAUAACACUAGGAAAGGCUUAACGAAAAGAUUACCAAGACAUGUGCACCUUUACUUUCUUAUUCAGAACUACUGUGGCGCACUUAUUUAGGGCUAUUAUUUUAUUUAUUAGUUUUGUUCUAUCACCAAUAUAUUCUGCCUCACUGUGAAAUGAUGUUUGUUAUGCUUUGUUCUCAUUUGAUGUUUGUUGUGCUUUGUUUUGAUAGACAGCUGUGAGAAUUAUUGCAAGUUUCACUACUUGGGAGAGGGGAGAGGGAGCGAGCUGUAGGGGGUUUGGUGCCUUUAAAAUGUAACAUGCAAAUCUACAUAAUCCUGAGGCAAUUCAAAUCCAUCAGGAGGUAACUGUGUAUAUUCUUGGUAUUUCAGGAAAAAAGUGCCACUUACAAUGUCCGACCUAAAAGUAAUAGUGAAGCACCAGGACCAGGACAUCAGCAUCGGAUAAAGUAAGUCCGUCCCCAAGUCCUGUUUCAGUGUUACGGAGCCAGUUAGCACAUGUCAUGGACAGGAUUGUAAAUUCUCUAAAGAUUCUGUUCGUAUAUUGAAGAUUGCAUUGCAUUGUAUGUUCCGAAUACACUGAUCUCAUACUCUAGCUACAUAUAUAAUCUCUGUUUUUCUUUUAUUUAGUCAAAGCAUCAAAAUCACUCUAUCUUUUUAAAGUGAUUUUGGUGCACAGACCAUGCCCUGCAGCCUUAUUAUUGCAGAUAGUGUUGUUUCUGAGAUACAGCACCUUUUUUUUCUCAUUGGGCUCCCGAUUGAAAUAGAUUCAAUAAUUGCAUCUAUUUUUACGUUUGGCAUCGAUACGCAAGAAUGCAGACACUGGGUGCAUGUCCAAUGCUUCCCGUGUCCUGUGUUUCCACAAUGCUUCUGUAUGAAUGGUCCGACCCAUGUGCCAUGCACUGCCAGUCAUCUUCCAGUAGGGAUCGACUGAUUAUCAUUUUAACAUAGCUGAUGCUGAUGCACAUUAUCGGCCGCCUUUAGGCCGAUUGCCAAUUACCGGUGCUGAUAUUCUGUCACUCUCAGGCAUCUGGUACAUGCUGGGAUCAGGGAGAUCCAGUGUGUACGGUGCUGUUACUGAUAGAAAUGUGACUGCGGUCACCAAUCACACUCCUAUAACUCUGUCAGCCAGCCCAGUACAUUACAGUAGAUUAUUCACUGUCUCACCUCACUGCCUGCAUGUGGAGAUUCACAGGGACGUUGCAUCAUGUCGUGGUGCCUGAUUGGCUGGCUGCUGGAGUUUCUGGAUUUGGAAGACUGCGUGCGAAGACUGGGAGAGGUGAGUAAGUUAUCGGUAUAUUAAAGACUGGUGCCGAUUAUCAGAAAUAUGCCGAAAAAAAGCUCUGAUAAACUGUGGGAAUGAUGAUCAGUCUAUUCCAAUUUUUCAGCAACCACAGUGUCUUUCUUUUGACUUUUUUUUUUUUAUUAAUUUCAUAAGUUGGAAGAUAAUCAUCAGCCUUCAGCUCAUAGCAGCCAUCUUAUACACUACAGGCUUCAUUACCCAUAAAUCCCAUGGACAUCAUAAAAGUGUAUCCAACACUGAAUCUGUCAGGUUUUGUGUUAAGUUUAAAACAAAAAUUAAACCUUGGAGCAAAUUUCAUCGUACAUAAAAUAGAAAAUGUUCAGUUUGGGGAAAAAAAUGCUGCUUUCAGCUGUUUACAAUAAAGUUUCAAAUACUGGUCAUGUCCGUUUCCACACCCUUUAUUAACAAGCUUCUCGUUUCCAUUCAACAGAGAUUGCUGGUUUAUGAGAUUAUUCAUGAAUUGCCAAAAGCUUAAUGGACAUUUAUAACAAAUAGACAAGUGGAAAAAGCUGGGAUUUUAGAUUGUUUCUGGUUCUUCUAUUUUCGCCUAAAAUAUACAAAUCCCUUGUUGGUUUUCACAAGUCACGGUUUAGUGAAUAAGUCAAAGUAAUAAAGUGCUAGCAACCGAAAAUGCAAAGUACAAGAAAGUGGAACAUGAUGUAGCCCAAGUAUAAACCAUGCAGACUACUUGCAUUUGUUACUGUACUUCUGGAGCAGCUGUUCUUAGAGUAUCUUCCCUUAUCCUUCUUCCAUAUGGGUUACAUGAUUGGGCACCCCCCUACUUUCACAUUUAUUUUCCUCUUAUCCCACCUCAAUUUAUGCUCGUUAUCUCUUGUUAUGCAGUCUCUGUCUGCCAACCAAUCCAAGAGCUCUGACAGGCAAGCCUCACUUCUCUCAAGACUUGCAAGAAAAUGUUCAGCCAAAAGCUGAAAACAGUUGAUUGUUAAUUUAAUUCGUUUUUGCUUACUGAAUUAAAUUAAAGCCCAAGUUGGGAAAAAAAAACGAUACCGAUAAUGUAAAAUUAUAACUCUAGUGGAGAAAACUGUGUCAGGCUUCUGCCUUCAUGCUCGAUACAUUUGUUACUCUCCAACAGUGAAUUCCAUGCACACAGAUGGUACAGACAUUUAUUUCUAAAUUUAAGCCACCAUCAUAAAACCGAAAUAGGUUUGUUAAUUUAGCCUUUUCUCAAGGGUAUGUGUAGUUUACUAUCUUCUGAUAUGUUCAAGGAAUACUAUGACAUUACCUGUAUUCCCAAUGCUACGGUGCCAUUGUCCCUAAUUAGAUUUAGGUUCCCCCAGAUAACACAUUAACCAUUAUUCACAAAAAAUAAAAAUAAAAGGUUUUGCUUACCUUUUAUUCAGUGUAGACUCCCUUGGUUGUGCUGCCCUCAGUGCUUUAUAUCAGCUGCAUUUGUUCAUGUGUAUAUUGAUGCAGAGGAUGCACCUCUAGUGACUUCAUCCUGCAACGUAAACAUUGCUUUACAUUGCACGAUUAAACCUACAGAACUACUGGACCCAGACCACAUCAUCGUGGACUGGGUGCAUUUUGUGGUCCUGUAAAUACUAACCCUUCUGGCUGGCUGACCUUCAUUGAAAACAUAGUUAACAAAACAUUCAUGUUUCCAAGUUAGUCAUCACUGGUUUAAAAUAAGGUAUUGUUGUAUUGAAAAAAAAAAAAAAAAAAUUAAAAUACUUUUUUGUUAAUAUUUUUACCUUAAGCUUUUUUGGUAUGUGUACAAAAAAAAAGUACUUUUUCAGAAUAGACUUCUUUGAUGAUUCCCUGACGCCAUCUCAUGGGAGCUCAAGGUCUUGCAUCCAAAAGGACAUUUCAGAGAAUGGAAAAAUAAAUCUCAGUUUUUCUUAUCUUCAACUUCAUAAGUACCUAAGAUAAGCACCAGUAUGAAAUAAAUGAAUACAUAUGUUCUAAACUUUUGUAAUUAAUUCAAUCUGUAGAAUUUGCCCUAAAAUAAUAAUUUAACUUGCAUGGUAACGUUUAAUGAAUCACCAUUCUUUUGAUUUACAAAUCGCAAGUUUAAGGAAUACUAAAGGCCCCAGGACCAUUUCAUCUCAAUGAAACGGUCUAGGUUCAGUGGCCAUGUAGUUUUAGUCCCGCAGUGUAAAACAUUGCCAUGUGUAUAUAUAGCAAUGUUUUCAUUGCAAGGAGAAACAAUCCUCUUCCAGAUAACAACAAGAGGUCGCCUCCACUGCAAUAGUCUGAUUUAGUUCUUCACUCAUUUCUUCUCAUGGAGAGAUUUGAUUGGAGGAAUGAGGCCAUUCUUAUCCUCCAUGCUUUUCUUCGAGAAGCAUUGGAUUGGACGAGAAGAUGGAAGACAUCCGCAUGCUUGCUGAUUAUAAAGGUGGAGGAGUGAGCGGCUGCAACAACAGUGUCUCAGCACUGGCAACAAGGUGAGUAAAAAUAUAUUAAACUUAUUUUUCAGCAGAAAAGGGGUGGACAGCGGUCACUGUAAUGGAAGGAAACCUGUAGUGCUUAAAAGAAGAAUAUCAUUUUUGAGACUAUAGGUUCCUUUAAUUUUGUUUGUUUGUGUGUACAUGUAGAUUACAGGUCAGGGGUGUCCUGCAAAUUAAAAUUGUGUAUAUUUACAAAACUUUAAUUCCUAAUUUUGUGACAUUAGAAUGAUCUCUGUUUUCUUGUAUUAAAUAGCCCCAUCCACUAGCCAUGGGUGGGGAUAGCUGUCCACCCCCAUUAUUUUUUUUUUUUUUUAAAGUUUCCCACUUGACGCCCACCGGUCGGAGCACGGCUGUCCAAUCACUAGCUUUAAACAUUCAGCAGAUAUUCCCAACAAAAAGAAUAAGCGUGUUCUUUUAAAGCUCUCUAUUUUGUAUAAUGCGUUUGCCCUUUUCCUUUUAAACAAAUUAACGUUCUUCAUGCUUCACAAAUAGGUUGCUGAUUUAAAGUCAUGUUGGUUAUGUCUCAUCAGUUUGUAAAUGAAUCAUGUACUUCUUGUGAACUGGGAACCUUUUAUCUGUGCAAGACUUAUUAACUCUGACACCAAUAUCACUAAAACAUACUUUUGCUGUGUCUGGCUGACUGUAAUUCAAUAAUGAAAGGAAAAACACUCUGUGACGUUUCUUGUAAUUAUUUUUCUCCAGCAUACACAUCUCGGAGAGUCAGCAGGAGUUUUUCAGAAUGCUGGAUGAGAAAAUUGAAAAGGUAAAUUCCUAAACAUAACUGUAUAUAAUCCUCCCACUAGCUGCACACUAUUCCAAACCCCAUACACACUUUAAUAACAUCAGUUGGUAAUUAAAGUGUGAACUCAUCUGCCAAUAUCAAGGCAAACUUCUUAGAGGAGUCCUACUCGGACAAUAUUAUUUGCUGCUUUCAAUUUCUAAGUGGGUAUCCUCACAAACGUCUUAAAAUAGAGAAAGCAUGAUAAACAAGGCUAUGUAAAACACAAAAGCAAAUAAACACACAAAUUAGCCGUGCAAGCAAACCAGUAGUGCACAAAUUGGGGAUGGGGGGUCUUCCCAGUUGACACAGGACGGGGUGCACAGAGCAACCACUCCCAACCUCUCCCUCUUUGCAGCAUGGACAGCAGGACCAAGGCAGAGGAUCUUGUCCUGCCCUCUCUCUCUCUCCAAUUACCUUGUAUGCUGCUUGUUCUUCUGAACCUGUUGCAGCCCUGAGAGUCCUGGCAGAGGAACAAAAAGACCCAGUGGCCCGGCCUUGCUCUCCACCCUACAAUAUGGGUUGGGGCAACACAAUUAGGCAAAGGGAAAAUGGGGAAACAUUGUGAGUGAGGGGGUAAAAAGAGACCCAUCAUGGAGAGACGCACACAAGGGAUUGAGAGAGGAUAAGGUAAAAAAAAAUUACUGCAAUAUUGUUUUGGUGUUAACGUAUCAAGAAAACCUUUUACAUUUACCAGGUUUCUACCUUUUGUAUAAAUAAUCCUCAUUUUUGACCCAAAUCUUGCUUUCCUAUCCUACGAGCUCCACUUUCUUGGUGUGUCUGAGGGUAUAACAGAGCAGCAGUAUUCCUCAUACAAAGUUAUUACAAAUUUAACAUUUUAGAUCCAUAGAGUCAAUAUGGAAAAAUAUUUACAGCAAUUGGCAGUUUAAUGAAUAACCUUGACAGUGAUGUGCUCAGAAAUAAGAUAAUAAGAUUGUUUUAAAUUCCACUAUCUGUUACAUUAAUGGUUAUCAGUAUAUCAUGAAGUCACAUCUCAUUGAAGAGUUUAUGGCUCCUGGUGUCCCAUGGCUCUGUCCCACAGUUAACUAUUAAAUUGAUUAUAAACGGUGAGCAGUUUAAUUGAAUAAUUGUCCCCCACUACCUGCAGCUUGGUCCCACUAGAGUUUGGAUUAAGACAAAUUAAGACCAUUCGCCUUAGUCAUACCAACUCAUAGCAGUUAUGGGAAUCUAUCACUGCCAACCAUUCCUGCUUGGCUCAUGUGGAAGCAUUAGCCUGAUCAACAGAAACAGGCCUGAGCAGCAUUAAUGCAGAAAUUGUAUAGAUUUCUGUUCUUCCAGGUAGUGUGACAAGCAGGAACACAUAUAGUGUGGACUGCUAAUAGGAACUGUUUGCAAAACGACAUUGGUAUGUUGACUAUAGUUUAUCAUCGGGCAUGAACACUUCCUGACAUAUAGGCCACUUCCUGAUUCAUAACUGUAUGGGCAAUUGCACGGUUAUUCAAAGCACUGGAAAUUGCAAAUUCUUGACCAAAAUAUCUGUGCUGUAAACAUAGCUUCGCUAAAGAAAAGCCCUCCCAAAUUUUUCAAGGUUCUUUCCUGCUGUCCUUGUUUUGUUCCCCGCUGUCCCACUUCUGUGAACACCAGGAAACUGUUUGCCGUCACAACAUCAUUAGACGUGCUUGCACUGUAUGACGGGCACCAGGACCAUGAGUGGAGUGCUUCAAUAGUGCUCUGAGCAUGGUCUUCUGUGAGUGAGGUCGGCCUGGAGGCUGUCAGUGAGCCUGGCAUGCGCCUUAAUGCCAGGCUAACAUGCUUUCCUUUCUGAGCAGGCACCCCACCCCAUUGGCAUACCUUCACAAUCAGCAAACCUCCACUGUUGAGAGGUGUGCAGAGUAUUUUUCCAGCGCAGCUAUUUUGACCUAAAACUUGCAAUUCCUGGUCAUUUCCUGACUGUUUUUGAUUUGGUAAAUAACAUUGUCCGUCUUAGCCCAUUAUUUAAUUUUUGAAAUGCUGUUCCAUUAAAUCCCUAAUUCACAUUAAAGGAACACUAUUGCAAAUAAGACAGGUCCCCUAGCCUUCUAUCUUGCUUUUAUAUAUAAUAUAUUUCCCCUUAAUCAAAAAUAUUUUUGAGUCUUUAUUAUAGCUAAAACUUACCUCCGUUCCAGCGCUGAGAUCCUUGGCAGGCUGCGCCCCCUUUUUCGUCAAAAUGACAAAGUAGUAGGGCUCAAUCAGACGCUUCUCUUAGAGAAGCGUCAUAGCGAUCUGGUGCGCACGUGUGACUUCACGCUGCACCAGUCGCAUUCUUCAUAGAGUGGCAUUGAAUGCCGCCAUAUGAAUGAACACUGAACGCUCUACCGCGCAUAUGCGCGGUGUUCGCCAGCUGAGCUGAUCUGACUGAGAGCUCAGCUCGCCGUCUAUGCCCGCCCCCUCCUUCAGCAACCCUUCAGCCCAAGGUUUGUAUACAAACACUAUAUAAAGAGAUAUCUCUAUAGUGUUUGUACACAAACACACAUUGAAAAUAAAUAUUGUAAACACACACACUCCAUCUAUAUGUAUCUUUAUCUAUUUCUUUCUAUCUAUCUAUUUCUAUCUUUCUAUCUAUUUCUAUCUAUCUAUCUCGAUCUACUCUCACUCACUCUCUCACACUCACUUUCUGUCUCACACUCACUCUCUCUCACACUCACCCUCAAUUUUUAAAAAAGGUUUACUUACUGUUUGAUGUCAGUAGAUCCUCCUGCUCGGUCUCUUGCCUUCAGCCUGUCAGCCUGUCUGCCAGAGCCCAUGCUGUGUGCAGGAGAUCCUUAUCUCUCACACUGUCAGCUCUGAUUGCUGAAAGGCUCCGGGCUACUACAGGACACCGUAGGCCUCCUGUGUCCUGAAAGCACGUUUGAUGUCGUCAAAUGUGAUGAAUACUCACCUGAACAACUUCAUUAAGCUGAAGUUGUUCAGGUGACUAUAGUGUCCCUUUAAAACUUGCCUUUUUGUCAAGCUUUGUCUAGAGUAGGAAAACAUAAGAUAGAGCUAGCUAGUGUCAGCUGAAGAAAAAAGGCUAUGACUCUAAAGGCUCAGUUUUAAAAAAAUAAUAAAAAAAAUUAGUUUUUUUUUUUUUUUUGUAGCAGACGCUAUGUUGUGGACAUUUUAUUUUAUUUUUUUACAAAAUAAACCAAUGUUUCUUUUUCUUUUAUUUCAUUUUUUUAAAGGGUCGGGAUUACUGCUCAGAAGAGGAAGAUAUCACAUAGCUUCGAUUUACGGUGAAAUAAUCUGAUGAAUGACGCUAGAUAUUUUCUAUAAGACAAUAAACAACAAAUAGAUCUCACUUACCAUCAUAAAAUGCAGUAUUCAAAACAAAAAAAAAACAAAUGAACAUUGGACUUCUAUAAUCAUUUUGCUGCUGACUUUAAUGCUAUAUCUUUGCAAACGCUUAUUGAUUUGGAUCUUCGAUAUGGCUGUCCUGACAAAGCAGCUGGCAUACUGUGGUAAGAGAUUUAAUUGCUUCCAAAACUUAAUCCCUUCAGUGCUCAAGGGGCCCUCUUUGCAAGCAUUGCUGGCAGAAUGGGGCGUUAAUAGAUGGCUGUGCAAUGAAUUAUGGGAGUGAGUGGUGACUUGACUUGGCUGAGCCAAACUUUAUUUUUAGUCCAGUUAUCAAUAGGACUGUGGUGGAUUCUCUUUUUCUUUCUUUCUCUCUUUUUUUUGGUCCUCCCCCCCUGUUUUAGGAAGAGGUGUACACAUAGGAUGUUAUACUGAUGAUGUUUGACCUGCAGCUUGUUCUGUUUGCACAUACAAGUGUCCGCGACCAUUUGAAUCCUCCCUUUUUUUCUACUAAAAUAAAAGUUUGUGAGUUUUUAUGUUUUUGUGAGUCCUUGCCUUUUAUUUAUUAUGUAUAUAUAUUUUACACGUACAGUAAGAAC